GGUGUCUGUCAGCUGGUGGGCAGGGCCGGAGUGUGAGCAGGCACACACAGGACUGGCUCCAGCACUCACAGAGCACAGAGGCGGCUGCUGCAGGUAGGGAGGCUCCAAGGAUUGCAGGGGGUUACUGGGCAGUGCCAGCCUGGCAUGGUAACCUUAGUGAUGGCAGUGGGUGAGUGGCCACUGAGAGUGUAAGAAGGGACCAGCGACAAAAAUGGCAUCCGGGGGUGGAGGGCACUGGAUGCAGAUGGAAGGAUGUGGAGCGAUCAUGGGGGGGGAGGGGGGGGGCACAGAGAGCUGGCUGGUCCUGAGAGAUGCUGAAUGAAGAGACAUGGUCUAUAGGUACAGCCUGCCUGACUGAUUAAAGCAGAGAGUGCAGGACAAGGGGGAGAGAGUGCAGGACAAGGGGGAGAGAGUACAGAGCAAGGGGAGAGAGUGCAGGACAAGGGAGAGAGUACAGAGCAAGGGGAGAGAGUGCAGGACAAGGGAGAUAGUACAGAGCAAGGGAGAGAGUACAGGACAGGUGAUAGAAUGCAGGACAAGGGGAGAGAGUACAGAGCAAGGGGGAAGGAGUGCAGGACAAGGGGAGAGAGUACAGAGCAAUGGGAGAGAGUGCAGGACAAGGGAGAUAGUACAGAGCAAGGGAGAGAGUACAGGACAGGGGAGAGUGCAGGACAAGCGGAGAGAGUACAGAGCAAGGGGAGAGAGUGCAGGACAAGGGAAGACAGUGCAGGUAAAACGGAGAUUGCAGGACAAAGGGACACAGUAUAGGGAAAACAGAGAGUGCAGAGAACACCGAUAGUGCAGGGCAAGGGGGAGAGAGUGCGGGGAAAGCAGAUUGUGCAGGACAAGGGAGAGUUAAUACAGGAUAGGCAUUAGGCAGAGUGUGCAGGGCUUUGGGGAGAAGGUGUAGGGAAGGUACAAUGUGCAGGAUUUGAGAAGGGGAGAAGGUACAGUAAAUGCAGAUUGUGUCAGACAUGGGGGAGAAGGUAAAGGAAAGGACCUGAGUAGGAUUUUUGGGGGUGCAGGAAGAGGGGGUUAGGAAAGGCAGAAUGUUUAGGAUUUUGGUGGGGGUAUAGGAAAUGCAGGGUGUGUGGAAUUUGGAGGUAGGGUUGAGGUAAAAGCAGGGGCAGCAGAGCACUUGAAAUUUGGAGAGACAGAAUUGGAAAGAAAGGGUCCAUAUUGGGACAUGGUGCAGGUCCAUUGGAGUGUGAACCAUUAUUGGACAAACUAACGGGAACAACAACAACAACAAAACAUUGUGUCUGCAGCAGAUUUAGAACUUUGCACCAUUAGAUUUAUCAAUAAACCCUGACACAUGUAUAGGACAUGGAGAGAGAGUGCAGAGACAGACAUAGUGCAGGACAUAGAGAGAGAGUAUAUAGACAGACAGAGAGUGCAGGACAUGGAGAGAGAGUACAGAGACAGACAGACAGACUGCAGGACAUAGAGAGACAGACAGAGUGCAGGACAUGGAGAGACAGUACAGAGACAGACAGAGUGCAGGACAUAGAGAGACAGACAGAGUGCAGGACAUGGAGAGACAGUACAGAGACAGACAUAGUGCAGGACAUGGAGACAGUACAGAGACAGACAGAGUGCAGGACAUGGAGAGACAGUACAGAGACAGACAUAGUGCAGGACAUGGAGACAGUACAGAGACAGACAGAGAGCAGGACAUGGAGAGACAGUACAGAGACAGACAGACAGACAAACAGAGUGCAGGACAUGGAGAGAGAGUGCAGAGACAAACAAACAGAGUGCAGGACAUGGAGAGACAGUUCAGAGAUAGACAUUACAGACUACAAUAGUGUGCACGAUACGGGAAGCGAAUAGAAGUCGGAAAAUGCACAGAAAGUGAGUGCAGGGUUGUAGAGGACAUUUAUAGGACUAAUAGAGUGUCACCGUAUAUUUAUACAACCAGAAAGGGUACAGUUUAUGGAUGGGGUGCAGGUUGUGUUAAAUAGAUGCAUUUGGUAACAGUGAGAGAUAAUGCCCUUUAUUAUUAGACUCUGAGAGCUGGUGCAGAGCAUGUAUGGGGUGUCUAGGGUAAGGGGACCCCCCACUCUUGGAGCCAUAAAAUAGGCAGGCAGUGUAUGGUCUAUAUUCCUGACCUGCAGUGGCAAAAACAUAACCCCCAUCUGCAGAACUACAACUCAUUAUACUAAGACUGGCAUUGUAUCAUGGGGCAUGGAGCUUCUCGACACCUCUAUUAAAGACAGAGUUCAAAUGUGGAGAGUGCAGGUUGUACAAAGAGAGUUGUGGUUGUGAAGAGAGAAUGGAGUUUGUAGAGAGAGUGCAGGCUGUGGAGAGAGAAUAGGGUUUAUAGAGAGAGUGCAGGUUGUACAGAGAGUGCAGGCUGUGGAGAGAGAAUUGAGUUUUUAUAAAGAGUGCAGGCUGUGGAAAGAGAGAAUAUGGUUUGUAGAGAGAGUGCAGGUUGUGAAGAGAGAAUGGAGUUUGUAGAGAGAGUGCAGGUUGUGAAGAGAGAGUGCAGACUGUGGAGAGAGAAUGGAGUUUGUAGAAAGUGUGCAGGUUGUGAAGAGAGAGUGCAGGCUGUGUAGAGAGAAUGAAGUUUGGAGAUAGAGUGGAAUUUGUAAAGAGAGUGCAGGCUGUGGAGAGAUAAUAGGGUUUGUAGAGAGAGUGCAGGCUGUGGAUAGAGAGAAUGGAAAUUGUAGAGAGAAUGAAGUUUGUAGAGAGAGUGCAGGCUGUGGAGAGAGAGUGCAGUCUAUGGAGAGAUAAUGGAGUUUGUAGAGAGAGUGUAGGCUGUGGAUAGAGAAUGAAGUUUGUAGAGAGAGUGCAGGUUGUGGAGAGAGAGCGCAGGUUAUAGAGAGAGAGUGCAGGUUGUGGAGAGAGAGUGCAGGUUGUAGAGAGAGAAUUGAGUUUUUAAAGAGAGUGCAGGCCGUGGAGAGAGAAUGGAGUUUGUAUAGAGAGUGCAGGUUGUAGGGAGACAGUGCAGGCUGUGGAGAGAGAAUGGAGUUUGUAGAGAGAGUGCAGGCUGUAGGGAGAGAGUGCAGGCUGUGGGGGAGGAGUAAGGAAUAAGGAUUAUGAAUGGAAUUACUGAAUUUGCCUUUGCAGGAUGCAGGUUUGUUAAAUGUAUAUUUUAGGUGAUGGACACUUUGGACAGACAAUCACUUGUAGGAGGAGACCAUAAGUGACCUGUUCCUGGAGGAAACUACGGUUAUCCACUAAAGUCCGAGCCGUAACAAAUUGAAAACGGAAUUGCAAGUCCUAGGCUAAACUAGUCAGGCUGUUACCAUAGAUCAGUUGGAGAACGAUUCCUGAUCAGAGAUUUUAACUUACAUUUUGUCUUUCGGAUUUUUGUUUGUUUCCCAUAAGGUUAGGGGAAGAAUAAACCGCUGUUGGUAACAUUUAAUACUUUUACUUCUGGACUAUUCUCUUUUGAAGGAACUUAGUGUGUGUUUUUUUUUUUUAUAUUUGUUCUUUUUGGUAUGACGUACUUAGAAGAGCCCAACAAUAACAAAUAUUUAAACGAAAAUGUAUUUAGAAAUUAGUUUAAAUGUAAAUAAAAUGUUUCGGAAUUGUUCUUAUUUAGUUAAAAUGGGGUCUAUCAAGACAUCACACAAAAUGUACAAUGACGUCUCAUUCCCUUAUUGGGAAAAUUAACGUAUCCAGACAUUGCAAUCGGAAAUGUUUAUUCAUUACUUUUGUUUAUCUCUUAUUAUUUUAUUAUUUAUAUAGCGCCAGAAAAUUCCGUAGCGCUGUACAAUGGGUAUAUCAGUAUAGUAGUCCGUCCAAAGGGACAAAAUUAAAAUAGGAAGGUACAGAGCUACCAGAAUGGUUCUGUAAUUGUCCUAUUACUUCAGAUGAUCCGAAGCCGAAAGCCAGAAUUUAUUGGAAAGGACGCACACUGUGAAAGAGGAAAUAAUUCCCCCAAAUAACGGCUUGUUUUCCCAUCUGCCAUUUGGGAAGAGAGGGUAGCCUGGUGCUGUUGUAGGUCUGAGCCUUCUGCCGUUGUUUAUGCUUUACACGGAGUCAUUAUAAAAGUGAUGCUCAUGCAGAUCCUCUGAAGUGAAGAUAAGAACUCUGAAACAUGAGUUGUUAUAGUGAUUCUGAACGUGACACUUGGUCCUUCCCUCAGCCCAGUGUACCGUAUUGGAGUAGAUAUUGGGCCGGGUGGCGCAGCAGAGGUAAGUAGAAACUGCAUGAGUAUAUACGAGUUUGGGCAUUCCUUCAAUAGAGUCAUAUGUGCGCAUGGAAUGUGGGUUAAGGUCAUUUGCCUGGAAUUUAGAAUUAGUCAGAUUUUGUUGGGAAAAAAAUUAAUAAAACAAUUGAGGCAUCAUCAGCCAGCCCCAAAUGCAUUAGCUGACUCUCUCUACUAAUGAAUGGCUGGCAGGAUUGGCUUUGGACUUCUGCAGUUGUGCAGACGCUGGAUGUUGCCUCUGGCCGCCGGAGGAACCUCAAUGCCCAACAGGGACCUAGAUAAGAGGGAAAACCAGUGCAGAAUGAUUUGCUUUAUAACCAGGAAAAGGGAUACUACGGUGGGUUAUGGUGCUUGGAGUAACCAUUUACAUUUUUAUUGUGAAACACUCUGACACGUGACAUUGUCACAAUAAAGGAUAACGCUAACCCUUUCUAAAACACUCACUGUGUUAACUUAAAAUGCCCUAUUGGGCAUUACUAAUAGAUCCCCAAUGUAAUCAGAGGCGUCUCAUUGGCUGUCUCUCACACUUAGGAACACUCUAUGGGCAUUUCUGAUUAGGAGUCGGGAUGGGCGCUGCGGGUCAUGAACAGCAUAACCAGGCCUCCGUCACAUUGGCAAUGCUAAAAGGACGUUAGCUCAGGUCACAGUGGAGGGAGAGGAGGAGGCACAGGGUAGAGGGGGCGAGACAAAGGAGCAGACUCCCAUCACCCUCAGUCAGUAGCCAGAUCACACCGGACCCCAGGAAAGCCACCCUCAUGCACCCAAAAGGGUAUGUAAACAGGGAGUGGCCAUUGAAUGAAUGGGGAGCUACUAAUUGGCUUAGAGCCUAAGCUGUAGAGUGUAAUCUCUAUGCCAAUCAGCGUCAUCUCUGCCCAAGGCUUCCUGAUUCAAGCCUCAGCCAAAAGCCAAAGAUGGGCAGAACUAACCGGCACAGGAUUUAACAAUUUGGGGUUAAACCAUUAGUAAAUGGUUUGACCCCCUAAAGUUAAGUCAUUGCCAGGGAUCUUCUGGCACCAUAACAACCUCAUUACAAUGAUGUUGGUAUUGUGCCCGGAGAGUCCCUUUAAGAAAGGGCUUUUCUGAAUUUGGAUCUUUCAACUGUUAGUAGAUAGCUCCCAAAUUCUGUAUCCAUAUAUAUGGCAAUCACACCAGGAUACCAAACCAGAGAAUAGGCAGAUCCGUUAUAUGGUAUCCUUAUGUGGGAUUGACAUAUUAAAGGAUACCACAUUAUGGAGCUAUCUAUUAAAAUGCUAUAGGUGCCAAAUUAAGAAAACACUUUGCUGGAUUUUGAUCUUGUAUCUGCUUAGUAGCUAGCCCCCUAAUUUAGUAUCCUUAAGUGGGAUUGCCAUAGGUGAACGGAUGAUAAGAUCUAAACAUUUAAUCAUGAUUACGGAACCUUGCUUUAUCGUCACAGUCUAGUAUUUGGUACACAACAGAAAUUAGUUACUAUAAGAGGGGUACAAAAGUGGAUUCAGGAGCUAAUAAGUGGUCCUCGCAACACCACUGGAUAAAAGUAAAACACACACUUAUACAGAGUACAAGACAAAUUAAAUAAACAAGGGGGGGGGGGUGGAUUUCCCUUCCUUUCCCCUCUUCCACGCCUCCCCCCAUACAAUACUGUAUUACACUGUAUAAGCACUAAUCACUAAAGCUGAUCACAAAUGUUUUUUUGGAAACUUUUUGUGAUAAUCACGUCCUGUGUAAAUGGUUGGUAGUGAAGCAGUUGAUGCUAUAUUUUUUCAUUUCAUUAAGAUUUAUUAAUUGAUAUAUAUAUUGGUACGAUUAUAAAUGGAGCCGUAUGAUCCAUGCGUGGACAGACGGUAUCAGUAGGGUGUCUCGUGCAUGGCAUCUUUGUCUUCUCUGCUUACAAUAUUGGGAUGUCCAGGUAUAGGUCUGCGUGUUAUGCAUUUAAUCCAGAAAUCCCCGACCGCGGCUCUUUAAACCACUUGUUACUUUUUUUUAUCACUGUGAUGUCACCUUCCAUUUUGCCUUUUACACAGCAAUGUAUUAUAUGUUGGUUUCCAUAGCAUUAUUAGCUAAUGUUACUAUCUUGUGGGUACAACUAUACCAAUUUUUUUUUUUUUUAACUUAAGUGGACAGUCCAAGCACUAUAACUACUGUGGCAUAAUGCUGUGGUUAUGGUGCAUGGACUAAAACAAAUAGAAUGGGUUGGCUUUGUCCUCGAGUGUCCAUUUAAAGCAGAAUGGCCAAUUCCAGAGGAGUGACAGUAUCUCUUUCCUUCACCCCACUAUACGGUAUUGCAACAAUUACAGAGAUAAAUAAAUCAGCAGAGGUAAGUACAAAACGUACUCACUUUGUUUACACUUCCAUGUUUGGGGCGACUUUGCCAGUCUAAUCCCUCAUGCAUACACGGGCAUCAACAAGUUCUGUAUGAGCACAUGUGCACUUGGUGUUAACAAUAGCAGUGAUGUACACACACAUGCUCCAAAUGUACAGCUCUGCACGAGUUAAAGGGACACUAUAGACACCAGAACCAUUACAGCUUAAUGUAGUGGUUCUGGUGUCUAUACCCUAUCCCUGCAGGCUGAGCACUGUAAACACUGGACGGUUUUGCAUUAACAGGCCUAGACUUUGAGCUAGCCCUGGAGACUAGUGUAUCAGAUCUGGGUGUCAGGUUUAGCAGAAUACCGACUGUUUUUUUACUAACAAAACCGGGCUUAGACACCUAAUACCGAGAGGAAUGCCUGUGGCACAGCUCUGGUAUUUUAAUAAGGUUAAAAUGAAACUCUAUUCAUCUCUGCGAGGUCUCAGCUCUUUGUAAAUAGGGAUUAUUCUCCAGGAUUAGAACUUUACCCUCACUUCUGCGAAGGGCUCAAACUGGAACCGUGCUGAGCAGGCUGAAAUUUAACCUCAAAACAGUUAGACGUCAGCUUUCCAUUGAUAAGCAGUGAAUCAUAUAUAUAUAAUUUGCACUUACAUAUAUUUUAUGGAGCAUUGAUCUUGUAAACUGGAGGACCUUUUAAAAGUUAGAUCAAUAUGUAGAUCCUUAAAGGAAGACUCCAAGCACCAUAAUCACUACAGGAGUAGCUCUCUGUGGGACAAUUCAAGCUGUUUUAGAACUAUUUGACUUCAAAGCUGGGAUUUGCCUGGUGCUGCUCCCUGCCUCCACUACAGCCUUUAGUAGAGCCAGAUGUUUUGUGUCUGAGCUACACCGGGCAGCACAGUGCUUAUCUCAUUCUCUGAGAACGAUCAGCUGACUCUCUGAGUCAAUGAGCUAGCCCUGGGCCCCGCAGGGCCUAGCCUAGGAGAGCUAACAGUGGCCCCUAAGUAAGAGGUUCCGGGCUGUCCUGUCUGCUGAGAGAAGGUGAGAAGUGGCAGCAGGCGGACCCCAGGAGAGAAAUCAAACUGUUCACUCCUGGCACCAUAACCACUACAGCGCACUGUUUGAGUGCCUGGAGUUCUUAAAUAGUUGGAGUUGUUUAGUGUUUAGGAAUAGCAGAGAGUUCAGACAUUUUGUAAAUAAUGUGUCAGUCCCAAAGGAAACAUGGUGAAUCUAACAAAUGUAUUUAAAGUAAUUAAAAACACUGUAGCUUUAGGGAUUUAAACAUAUAUUCAAAAAUGAGCACUAUAACGUGAGGAAUACAAAGCUGUGUUCCUAACAAUAUAGUGUCCCUCUGCCCUCGCCACCCCCACCCACUGUGGCAAAGAAAGGAUUAAUGAAAGGAUUAAAUAACCCUUUAAACACUUAUUCGAUUCCAGCGCCAAAGUCUGUAAGCGCUGGCUCUGCCUUCUCUGCCAUGAUCUUGAGGGGGAACCUAUUACAAAUGCAUGGCUGGCACAUAAUAGGCCUUCCCGUUAGGAAAGCAUUGACUCUGUGCUUGCAUAUAGAGAUUUUGCAAGAUGCAAUAUGUUCUCAUGCGGAGCUCUAGGACGUCCAUCGUCAUUUCACGGAGUUUAACUGCAAGAAACGUCUCUAGGGAGGGGUGCUAGAGGGAACUACAGUAUAAGGAAUACAGAUUUCUAUUUCUUACACUACAGAAUCCCUUUAAAUAGUCCAGACCCAAAUAUAAUAUAGGACAGACUGAGAAAGAGUUCAGUAAUUACUUUGUCUCUAAGUAAACCCCAGCACACAGUGUAAGGGGCUGCAGUGCUGAUCUCAUCAGCAUUUAACUAAAACCAUGUGUGGAUCCAGGGAGAAACACUGCCUGCUGCGCAUGUGCUCAUCCAUUGAACAUUGAUUGCGGCAGAGCAUAGUCUCAGUUUUAUUUUAUUUUUAUAGUUGCAAGGGAGUGGACUACAGCUCACAUCAUCCUCAGACUGGUGGGAUACUGCUAAUGAUACAUGGAAAGGUUUAAUCACUGAGUAAUGCAUUGUAAUAAAUUAUAAUCCACAUUGCAAUUGAGGCUAAAAUGGCCAGGCUGUGACUAUAAUUGGAGAUUUUUUCAGAUUAGCUAUGUUAGCCUAAAUUUGCCAUUCAGAUUUUAAAGGGACACUCCAAGUACCAUAACCACUACAGCAACCUGUAGUUGUUAUGCUGCCAGGAGUGACAUGGGCACCUUCCCUUUGUUAGAAGUCAGACCGUUUAAGAAUGGUUUGGUAUCGUACCAUGGGGCUAUAGAAACUCUUUAAUAUGCUAAGCUCUGCCAUGCUGUGUUGACUCAUUGAUUCAGGGCAGGGAUAGGCAACCCUCGGCCCACCAGAUGUUAUGGACUAAAUCCCCCAUAAUGCUCUUACACCCAUAAUGCUGGCAAAGCAUCAUGGGAGGUGUAGUCCAAAACAUCUGGAGUGCCGAAGGUUGAUUAUGCAUUAACUGAGCCCUCUAUGCCAGUGGACUCCUCCCUGCAUUGCCAGGCUCAGCUUAGUCUGGCUGCAGAGGAGAAACCAUCCAACCAAUGAGCUAGACACUGCAUGGCCAUUCUUCAUGCUAGCAGAGAUGCAGGGAGCAACACUCCGUAAGAAGUCAGCUCAUUCUAAUCCACAAUGGGAGGGGGACUGCCAAAGCAUUCCUGCCACCAUAAACACUGCAGGGUGUUGUAGUGGUCAUGGUGUUUGGCGUUUUAUUUUAAACUAUGUUCCAUUAUGCAAAAUAUUGUAUGGAAUUAAAGGACCACUAUAGGCACCCAGACCACUUCAGCUCUAGGUUUAACCCUUUUUGCUGUAAACAUAGCAGUUUCAGAGAAACUGCUAUGUUUACAAAUGGGUUAAUCCAGCCUCUAGUGGCUGUCUCAUUGACAGCCGCUAGAGGCGCUUCCGUGCUUUUCACUGUGAUUUUCACAGUGAGAAGACGCCAUCGUCCAUAGGAAAGCAUUGAGAAUGCUUUCCUAUGCGCAUGCGCAUUCAGCCAGGGACGUCAGAAGAGGGAGGAGAGUCCCAGCGCCGGCGCUGGAAAAAAGGUAGGGGAUUAACCCCUUCCUCCCCUCUCAGCGCCAAGGGAGUGGGACCCUGAUGGUGGGGGUACCGUCAGGGCACUACAGUGCCAGGAAAAUGAGUAUGGUCCUUUAAGAAAUGGUAACCUGUUUCUUGCUGUCCUCUAAAAAUAAAAGUUAGAGAUAGUUUAUCAUAGGUAGUAAAGACCCCUAGAUUGUAAGCUCAUGGGCACUGUUGUUUUUUGCCUUCCUUUUAAUGUGUCUAAUUAUUUAUUGCCUGAAUGUUUAAUUACCAGUAUUUUACAUUAAUUACAAAUCACUCUGGGUAAGAGCGCUAUGUAAGAACUAAAUACAUUUUUGUUUGAAUUGCCACAUUCCUGAUCUUUUUAUUGUUUAUUAAGUCACAAAGUGAUAGAAUAAAAAAUGAAUACACCGCAGAGGUUACAGAAAAACACUGUAAUAGUCAUACGUACAUGAAACAAGAAAACGUGAAAUGAGCAGACAGGUUAAAUGAUAAAUGUACAUCAUUCAGGGGGGUUACCUACCCGCAGUUUUUUAUACUCAAGCAAGAAUCUAAAGAAAAGGGAAUAAGAGGGAGAGGAAAGGAGAGGAAAGGUGCACUGGCAGACCCUACACAAAUUUAACAAGGAUCAACAUUUUCCUCAGUCAGUCGAGUAAAUUAAAACAUUGCAGACUUGUCCACCGAAAUCUAAUGGCCACUGUAACAAGCAGGAAAACACCAAGCUACACUAAACAACAUUAUAAACCAUCUCAGGGAUGCUCAUCUGCAUGCUCGUCAUCCUCAUCGGGGUCUCGACCUGACCGCAGUUUGUUGUCGUAACCGACUUGAGUGGGCAAAUGCUCACAUUCAAUGGCAUCUGGCACUUUGGAGAGGUGUUCUCUUCACGAAUGAAUCCCGGUUUUCACUGUACUGUGCAGAGGGCAGACAGCGUGUAUGGCGUUGUGUGGGUGAGCGGUUUUACGAUGUCCAUGUUGUGGAUCGAGUGGCCCAUGGUGGCCAUGGGAUUAUGGUAUGGUAUGGGCAGGCAUAUGUUAUGGACAACGAACACAGGAGCUUUUUAUUGAUGGCAUUUUGAAUGCACAGAGAUACCAUGACGAGAUCCUGAGGCCCAUUGUUGUUCCAUUCAUCCACGGCCAUCACCUCAUGUUGCAGCAUGAUAAUGCACGGCCUCAUGUUGCAAGGAUCUGUACACAAUUCCUGGAAGCUGAAAACAUUCCAGUUCUUGCAUGGCCAGCACACUCACCAGACAUGUCACCCAUUCAACAAUAUUUGAGAGAAAUUGAAAUUUUGUGUACAUAGAAAAAGUCUUAGGUCUUUCAGUUCAGCUCAUGAAAAAUGGGGGCAAAAACCAAACUGUUGCAUUUAUAAUUGUAUUCAGUGUAUAUUGUAUCCCUGUGUGGCCUCCAUUCUGGUAACAGACAAGCCUAAGGAGUGGAAGGUCUCCAAUUCCAUAAAGCUAUCCCAAGCAAGUGGCUAGACCACAUAUCUCAAAAUACCCCAUUUGGAAUACUCUGGGUUGCCUACUUUUGAAAAUGGUAUGCCAUGAUGGAGGAAAUGUUAUCACCCAGGCCGCUAUACUUUGUCAAAGAUAACACAGGCCCAGAAUAUCACUUUGUCAAAUUUCCUGGUAUAAAGACUAACAUUUGCAAGCCCUAUAUUUUUCCCUGUAACUUUCUAAAACCCCAUAAAACCUGCACAUGUGGGGUACUGUUGUAUUUUAGAGACAUUGCUGAACACAAAUACAAGUGUUUUAGAGCAGUAAAACAUAUCAUGACGAUAUUAUCAGUGAAAGUGCUGUAUAUUUGUGAAAAAAGCAAAAAACUAAUAGGAACACUAACUUUGGCCAGGAUUUGUGACUAAAUGGCUACUUAAAAAGACUGUACAUACCCCAUUUUGAAUACCCUGGGUUGUCUAGCUUUGCAAAUGGUAUGCCAUGAUGGGGUAAUUUUCAUUUCUGGGCUGCUAUGCGGUCUCAAAUGCAACAUAGGCCCAGCAAACCAAUCUAGCAAAUGUGUAAAAACUGAAAUGGGCAAGCCCUGUAUUUAAUUCGGUAACUUUACAAAACCCCAUAAAACCUGUACAUUGAGGAUACUGUUGUACUUGUACGAUAUCACAGCAUACAAGUAUGUGUAAUGUAUUGCAGUACAAGCUAACAGUAUGACAUUCACAGUUAAAAUGUCACGCAGAACUUGGAAAAUAAUAUUUCUUAAUUCCUCACGUUUUAGAUUUUAAUCAUAUUAAAUUGGGUUCCAUAUAUAAAUAUUUGAUAAGAAAUGAAAGCUCUGUUUUUCUUGAACAAAAUGAUAUAUAAUAAGUGUGGGUGCACUUAAUAUGAAAGCGGUAAAUAAUGGUGGAGCAAACAUUAGUGCAAAUUCCAGGUUUUGUUUUGAGAAGAACUUGGACAAUUGUCUCCAUCCUUAAGGGGUUAAUGUUGUGGCUGAUCCAUGUAAGUUAAAGCAGAGGAUAAUCCAACUUUGAAAUCUACGACAUACAAAACAAUUUUCUGGAUCACAGACUAAAACUAAGCUGCACAGGAAAGUCCCAUCAAAUAUGUAUAUAGUUGUCAAUGACCUCUCCACACCACUGACAUUCAUUUUUUAUUUUUAAACCUAUUCUAAUAGCUUCCAUGUUGGAAAUAUGAUCCCAUAAUUUGUCACACUCUUGAGAUUGCCAUUUGUAAUACAUUAAAAGCAAGACUAAGCUUUUUUGACAUUGACUAAGCAUUCCUAUGUUCCCAUUGAAUGGAUUCUAGAAUGAUAAUUUAAAAAAAAAAAAAAAGGAUGUUAGAUACCUCCUGUCUUUAAGAAUCUUCAAAUGUGUUCAGGGUGUUGGUGGGGUGAGGGACCAAAAGAAGGCAUGUCACACCAGCACUCCAAUAUAAAGCACUGAAUGUCCAAUUUCUUCUUAUUUUAGGGAUGAGGGGAGCAUUUUUCUUCAUCGGGAUGAGACAUACGGGAUACUUUGCCUGCGUGGUAGGGGGUGGAGAAUUGUUACUUCUCUAUCCUAUGCAUCGAAACAAGGACUUGACCAGGUACCUGACCGAAGAAGAUUUUCGGGAUAUAACGGAUUUCAAUGAUCUCCCUAAUGCACUUUUUGCUUGCAACGUCCACCAGUCGGUGUUCGAAGAUGAACUAAGCAAGGUAUGCUAUCAGUAUUCAUUUAUUAUUACUCUUAACUCAUAAUGUUGGCACGUUUAUAAAUUAACCUGGUUACAUCCCCUGGGACAACUGGUCCUGUUACUACCUGGUUUGGUUAGCUCAGUGGAGCUAAUCUCAAAAGGCAGCCAAUUGCCCAGAGCACCUGCCUUGCAAAGACUUCUCAGUGAGCUGCAUCGAGAAGCCUUUGAUUGGACAGCCACAGAAAGUCUGGGCGGGCUUGGAAAGGGAGCGCUUGCAAAGGCUGCAGAUAAGAGAACUGCAGCUUUUACAAGUUAUUUUAGAUGUACUCACAAUAAAAAAAAAAAAUCAUUGGGAUAUAUCUACUAAACAGUGAUUGUUAUUUAGUUGUAUUUUGGAAGUGGAGUGUCCCUUUAACAUCUCAUUGUCUCCCUAUGCUGACUGCCACGUGCCAAGAACGCAGUUUAUAGCAAUGAUUGACAGGAAGCUCAGAUGGACACGCUCAGUUGCGGGAUAGAGUGAUAUGGAUUUCUACAUUUCAUUUAAUAUUUCAUACUUCACAAAUACACAUUAGUUAAAUGUAGAGAUAAGGAAACACGAUGUUAAAAUCCACAUGAAUGACACUUCCCCUUUGAAAAUGAUGCAAUAGUCGUCAUGGUGAAUGUUUUUAAACUGAGAAUAUAUUGUGUAACAUUGGAAUCAUAGUUUUGCUGCAGUCAGACUAUUCAUUAAGGAGUUAACUAAUGGUAUUUCUGUCUCUAAUUGGGGAGCAUUUACUAAGCAGAGAAUUGUGCUGAAUUGGAAAUAAAUAACAUUCAAAAUAGCAGACUAGAGGAAACUGCUAAAACUGCGGUUUUAUUUGUCAUUUUCUCAAGGAAUGCGUGAGAUAUAUUGAGCGCCUUAUUGGAGUCAAAUAAGUAAAAAAAAAAUACCUGUGACGCAUUUAGAACACACUGCAAGUGAGUCACUACUAUUUUAAAUCAGGUCAGUGGUGACAUCAUGAGUGAGAAACAAUUCCUAUUGGCUACGAUUGUCAUCACAGCAGUUCUGUUAAAAAGCAUCACUCAAAACAAAUUAUAAAUGUGUAAUUGCAUACUCAUCUAUAUUCUGAAUAUAUUGUCGCAUUAAAGUUUUGUAAGACACAAGACAAUAACAGCUUUCACGAUUUUGUCUAGUAAUUGUCUGAUUUGCAAUUUACACACAGGAUCUCAGAUAUUACUUAGAAAACAGGGAACGAGCGGUAGAAAAAUUGCAAUGAUCAGCUGUUUUAUUGUUUAUUUGGGUCAUUCCCGGGGAUGGAUUAAUGCACAAAACCAAUAAUAAUAGAAAGUGUUUCUAUUUAAAAAAAAAUAAUAAAUAAAUUUCAAUAUUUUUAAAAUUUUUAGGUUGGUUUAAAAAUGAUGGUGAAUUCAGAUCACCAUUUCAGUGGCAGCCAGGCAUGUGCACUGCCAACCAGUGUCCUUCACCUACACAAAAUACAGCACAUAUUGAAUAUUAGAUUUUUGCGUCUAUCCGCCAUUCUAUGGACAAUGUGUAUAUUGAGAGCGGUAACAUUAAGGCCAACCAUGUAUAAAAGCGGGUCAGUUUAAUAUUAUACCAUUCACAAUGUAAAAGUACCAGUUCUAGGGCCCGAGAGUUGCGGUAUACACAGAAUUAUAGUUCAUUCCUUGUGCUGGGGCAAUUUGAGCUGUUUGUAUUUUUAGGACGUUAUACACUUUUGCCCCUUUGUACUAUUAAUAGCUGUUGGCCUGAGCAUGCUGGAAAAAUGGCCUCAGUGUGAAUCAUAAAGUCACAGCUUGCAGCCCAACGUGGAAUGCAAGUUUCAGGAAUUGGCUGCCAGGGGGUACUUUGCAAAAAUGUUCUCUUAUCAGAAUCUCUCUACGUUUUAACGAGGCCAGUUAUUGCUGCCAGCACAAGAUCAGUUUGUAACAAGCGAGCCUGCAGCAGUUAGAUUUUGCCAAGGGUGUCGUGUUUGGUACUGCAGUGAUUCUGGACUACACUUCCCAUCAUUCUUAGCUUUGAAUCGUGGUAAACUAGCACCAAAGGUUUGCAUUGCUAACACUAACCCAUGGUGUCAUAGGGUGAUUUAUUUCAGGAAAGCUACAAGUACAAUGUUUUCAUGGAAAAAUGUAACAAAAACCCCAUAGUAAUAUGCCUUUAUCCAAUUAUACUGGUUUGAUUUACGAUUUCUCCAAUUAUGGACCACUGUCCUGCUGGCAAAACAAAUUGCCAUUAUCUAAAAGAAAAUCUAUUACCUCAUUUAUUUUUUAAAUUAAUUCAGCAGUUUCUUUAUAAAAAUACUGUCUGUCACCGCAUAUACCCAUUAAGAAGAGCGUUGAAUUUUACAAUUAGUUUGCAGUUUGGUGAACUGAGCCAUGUCUACCGAUUGGCAAAGCCGUGGUCAGCACAUGUGAGCAGAGAAAGCUCGGACCACGUUUUGCACGUGGCACAAAGUUUGGACAAAAUGUAUAUAAAGUGCCUGAUUGAUAGCUCUGAGCGUCAGACCUCUACACCAUUACGUUUGCUAUUAUGUGGAGCUUUUAUGCUGCCUGGUGAGGUGACCCUUUAUUAACCAAAUCCAGUCUACAUGACAGAUCUGGACUGGGGUAAACAAUGCCAGAUAGAGGGACUGUUCCAGGAAAUCCAGUACAUUUAGUAGCUAUGACAGUAGUGAUGGUUGCAUUAAAUAUCAAUAAACCAUGGUAUUGUCCUGUACAUUAUUAAUUGUACUAAUAUGCAUUAUAUGUUGACUCCUUUAAGAAUUAAUAACAAUUGUAUCUCAGAACAAUAUACGGGUUCCUUCACAUUCCACUUAUUAGGCUGCUGCUUUAUGCACAUAUUACAGCGAACUUAAAAAUCAGCAGAGUAUUUUCUCCGAGAGAUAUUUUUAUGUAAGGCUAUUUGUAAAUCCUGAUGAGGCUCUGCUGCAAAUCAAGGUUGUUUUUUUUUCCCCAGUAGCUAUUUUAAUUUCCGUGCUAAAUUCGUCUUUUUUUUUCCCCAUUUCAACUAGGAGAGAACUCUUGUUUCUUCCCAGACUGCAUUAAUAUGUGUCUGGCAUGGUUAAAAAAAGAAAAGAUCUGCACACUUUUCUGGCAGUGAUAGUGUUAAUUCAGCAGUUAUGUGGUUUGGACACAUCCCUACCUGGUCACUGCUCUCUCCGAUGGCAUAGGAUGCCAAUAGCUCUUCUUUCAUAACCAACCUAACUGAGCAUCAUGGGAAACUGAGUUCAAAGCAUUUGGGGUGCCAAGGUGAGCUGUCACUGGCCUAGGUUUCAGUAUCCCAUGUGGUGUAUUCAUUACAGGUUACUGGCUUUGCUUUGGAACACUGAUGGAUGAUAGGAGUUAGAGAGACUAUACACAUUUAUCAGGACACUCGGUGUAUCAUUAAUCAGGAGGAAUGUGUAUUUAGAAAGCUCAAGUACUGUGGUUCUUAACAGAUCCUCAAAUUACACAACAUAGCAAUCUGUUCUUCAAAUGGAAAAUUAGCUCAGAGAUGCAUUCUUCAAGUGUGAUAUAAUUAACUUUAAAAUAUAUUUUGUAGAACACCUUUAAAGUGGCACUGUCACCUUAGCUGCAAAGUUAGUAUUUUAUAAAGAUAGAAUCUUUACGAAAUACUCAUGUUGAGUGUGUUGGAAAUUCCCACCCAGUCAAAAGAGAUCCUGAGGACUUGGAAAGUAGGGCAAGUUAAACUUGCCUUUGCCUGCCCCCCAGCCACCGGACCCUCGUUGGUGAUGUUACCAUUGCGGUCUUUGCAAAUUGCUGCUUUAAUUAGAUCUUUCCAGUAUCCAAGGGACCUCAGUGCUCUAGGGAAACCAACAGUAAACAACAUAUUUUGGCAACUUACCUGGGGCGAGAUGAAUGUGAUAUGCCUGUUAUUAUCAAUCAUGACCCUCUGAAAUGGCAUGGGAAUCAUUUUUGUGCUUUAAGAGUUACUGUUUUAAAAAUAGGUGGUAACUAGAAUUGAACAUUUGUUUUAGGACAAAAACAGAUCGGUUUGAAUUUUUGGCAAUUGGUCCAUUUGUCCAAAAGAUCAUUUUUUUUUUGCUGUAAUUUUUGUUUUUGUCAUCCUGUCCUUUUUUACAUUUUUUUAAUUAUGACGUGACAUUAUGGAUUUUUAUUUGGCCUUUUUUGGGGCUUAAGAAGAGAAGAUGGGAAAAAAAUGGUAAGUAUGACAUUUCUUUUACAGGUAUUUAGUUUAUUGGUCCACCCUCACUAUUGUUAGGGUGAGGGGGGUAGGUAGGGUAUUAUUUGGAGGGGACCCCUAGUCACUGGGGGGGGGCUCUCAAUUCAAUUAAACAAUAUUAGCACCCACUGUUGCCAAUGGAUGGGGACUAAAAUGGACAAUAGUUCCAACCGUCUUUAUUAUCACAAUAGGUGGGAGCUGGGGGGACACCCUUAUUGAAUUUUCGACUAAAGAGCAAUAGCUGCCCAGUCGCUAGUCUUUUUUUAUGACAGUGAGCAGCCACUGGUAACAGGUAGCCCCUUUAUUUAUUAAUAUUUUUACUGUUAACAGUGGCGACUGUUUAUAACCAUUGUAGCCACUAAUGUAAGAAGGACACUAAAGUCACUCAGUGCACUCCAUUUCCUUUUAAUCUUGCGAUUUAAAACAUUACAGUUUUUUAGAAGCUGACAGCCACGAGAGGCGCUUCCGCUGCCCUGACUGAGUAAAACGUGUAAUAGAUGCAUUGAGAAUUAGCUUUUCUAAGACUUUGCAGAUGUUUUAUUGGAAUAAGCACAACAUGACAAUGUUUGGGCUGAUAUGAACAGCCUAUUUCAAGUCAACCCCCCUCAGCCCACUUGGGCAACAUUCAAGAACAUUUUUCAAAACUCCGGUUUAUUGUAGAAUAACCCUAACCUAUGAAGGAAAACAUGUAUUUCCACUUCUCAACCAGAAGAUGGAGACAGAAUUCAGCAAGUCAUGUCAGGCCAGUAGUUGUAGAAUUGAAGACCUGGCUGGGUGCUAUGUUAGACAAGCACCCUCUGUCUUCACGUGGCUUGGCUUAACAUGCUGGGAGUUAUUGCAGACUCAGAGAAUGGUGAUGGUUAUUAUUUUACUUUGCUUCUGUCGCAUUGAAUCAAUGCUUUCCUGUGGGGAAAAAUCUGAUGCUUGAUGUCCUCAUGCAGGACAUUGUCAGAUACCGGACAAAAGGUCUGUUUGGAUGCAGGAAGCACCACCUUAGUGCUGUUUCUCUGGAACUGCAAUGUUUAGCUUUGCAGCACUAAGCGCAAUAGGAACACUGCACUCCACUGGGUGCCUAUAGUGUCCCUUUAAUUAAUUAGUAUCAGAUGGUGCCACACUGUAACACCACGGCUCUUUCAUAGGACGUGGACAGGGUUGUGAGCUGAGAAGUGCAGAGUUUGGUUAUUUUUCAGAUCAGUUCUCUUAUGUUUGGCUCAUAAAAUUCCUCUGUGAUUCACAUUAUUAGCUAUCAUCUGACCUGAACCCCAUUCAGCAGAAUGUCUCCUGCUAUUUGGAAAUGGAUCUCAUUGAAUCAGUGAUGUUUGUUUGCAAGUAGCUGUAGACAAAUGUACCAAAUGGUAACCCGAUGGUAUCUGAAAAGCUGCAGAAAAAAAAGACAUACAAGUGGACCGUGCUUAGAAUGGGGCUUUAGGUGAUUUUGGAAGCAGCACAGAACUGCAGCGCCACACGAUGGCCUUGGAGGAAAAUACAUAAAACAUAUACACAUAUGUGCUUUUAUUGUCCCAGUUGCUGAGCUCUCCUGAACAUCCUAACUGUUCCUCGGUGCUGUGGCCAUUGCAGCUCAUUGGGCAAGUCCCUGAAUUCCCCGAUGGCCAGUCUCGGCCAGAGUGAUAUUACAUUACACACUACAAAUUGGGGCAGAAAGGGUGAAUAUCAUUUGCUUACAUUCCCCAUUUUGUUAGGAAAGUCCAGAAUUUGGGACCAUGACAUGUCGUAUUGUUUUUUUUAUAUAUUUUUCUCUUAUAAACUACUUCUGGAGACAGUGAUACAAAUUGUAUUAAAUAGUAAAAUUAGGUGAAAUCAACUAUAUAUUCUACUAUAUACAGUUCUUUCUAAGAAAAUACAAUUCAACAUAUAUGGGAGGGGAGGAUAUGAUCUGUAUUGUUGUAUAAGGAUAUAGGCUGUAGGAAGGAUAGGUGCUGUAAUGUAUGGCACGUUAAUUUUUAAAAAAAUAUAAAACACGUUAUUUAGUGCUGGAAUAGGGCAGUAUUGUGGGGGAUUAGGGCUUUAGUGUGGGGGCACAUACACACACAGUCAAACACAAUCAAAAACACUGUUAGACAAACAACCACGGACACAACCUCACACACUCAUAGACCUUCUCACACAAACACAAUCAAAAACACUGUUAGACACACAAACUACAGGCACAACCACACACACUCACACAGUGGCGUACUAAGGGGGGGGCGGGGGGGGCGGUCCGCCCCGGGUGCCAGCCGGGUGGGGGGUGCCAUGGCCAGCCCCCGCCCCCCCCCAUGCUGCAGCCGCCCGAGCGCUCUGUAGUGAGCCUCAGGCGGCUGCAGCUUUGCCCGGGCGGUGCGUCCAUGAGGGCGGACCGCACCGCCCGGGCGCAGCCUGAGGAGAGGGGCUGACAGGAGGGCAGCGCUCAGCCCUCCCUCCUGUCACUCCCUCACUGUAUCGUGGCCGAGCCCUGUAUAGUCGGCGGGUACAGGGAGCAGCUGUCUCCUGUACCCGGCCGGACUAACAGGAAGUGCACACACUGUGUGCACUUCCUGUUAGUCCGGCCCGGUACAGGAGACAGCUGCUCUCUGUACCCGCCGACUAUACUGGGCUCGGCCACGCUACUACACAGGUAGGGGAGGGGGGAAGAGAAAGGAGAGGGGGGGUGAGAGAAAUUAGGAGGGGGGAAGAGAAAUUAGGAGGGGGAAAGAGAAAUUAGGGGGGAGAGAAAUUGAAAUUAGAAGGGGGGGAUAGAAAUUGAAAUUAGGAGGGGGGAAGAGAUAUUAGGAGGGGGAAAGAGAAAUUAGGGGGGGAGAGAAAUUAGGAGGGGGGGUGAGAAAGAGAAAUUGGGAGGAGGAGAAGGAAAUUGGAGCGGGAGGAGAGAUUGACAUUCAUCACAUACACACAAUGCACCCCUUGCACACAGAAAAACACACAGACACACAUACACAAGCAAUGCAACCGUUACACACAAUGCAUCCCUUACACACACAGAAACACACAAUGCAUUCAUUACACACACUCAAUGCACCCUUACACACAUUCAAUGCAUCCCAUACAUACACAGAAACACACCUUGCAGUCCUUACACAUACAAACACAAUUUCACACAAUGCAUUCCUUACACACAUAUCAGGACAUCCCCUACACACUCCACCCCCUGUGAACAAACUCAUUGGUGGAACAUGAAGGUGGACCCUGGGACCCAGACCUUGAGCUGUGUAAAGGACCCCCAAAAAAUGGAGCUGCUUCCCGUUCUCCCAGAACAUUGAUUUUUGUGACCACAGUUACAAACCGCCUCCAGAGAGCCUGUUCUGCACCAGACCAGUGGAGCCAGACUGCAGCUAGAGCCCAUCAUCAUCCUCAUCUGGUUGUAAGUAGGCAAUCUAGUAUAUUAUUCGUGGCACUAAGCUCUAAUUUACCUCACAUUAAAGAAACACUAUAGUCCCCAGAACCACUUCAGCUUAAUGUAGUGGUUCUGGUGUCUAUAGCCUGUCCCUGCAGGCCUUUUAAUGUAAACACGGCGGCACUGCAGCACUGGCGUUAGUUAACAUGGCAAAUCAUAUGGGUGGGGCAUUGUGAUGUCACAUGGGGGGGGGCGGCAAACUUUACUUUUGCCUAGGGCGGCAAAAAUCCUUGCACCGGCCCUGGCUGGAGGGGGCUGUGUGAGCUGUGGCCGCACAGUGUCCCAUGGCAGUUAGGGUGCCGUGCGGCCAGUACAGCUCACACAAGCAAACAGCUGAUAAACUGGCCGCACGGAGGAAAUGUGUAUGUGUGACUGUCUGCCUGUGACUGUAUGUGACUGUAUGUGACUGUCUGUCUGUAACUGAGUGUGUGACUGUCUGCCUGUAAAUGUGUGUGUGGGGCUGCAGGGAUUUUGUAGAAGGGGGCGGGGGUUUUGUAUUGGGAUAGGAGUCUUUAUAAGGGGGGAUAAGCAGGGGAUUUGUGGAAGGGGGUUGCGGGGGUUUUGUAGACGAGGCAGUACAGGAUUUGUAGAAGGGACAGGACAGAGGUUUUGUAGGAGGUGCAGGACAGGACAAGGGUUUUGUAGGAGGGGCUGACAGCGGUUUUGCAAAGUUUACAAAUUGUAAAAAAAAAAAAAAAGAGAGCCUUUAAAAUUUUUUACAGGUUUUUUUUUUUUUGGGGGGGGGUGCCAAGCACAGGAUCCGCCCCGGGUGCCAAAUGCUCUAGGUACGCCCCUGCACUCACAGACUUUCUCACACACAUACACACUCAAAAAUGAGUUUUCUGGGGGGAUUUUUACAUCCAUCCAGUCUCCCUACCUUUAGGAGAACUGGAGUGGAUCCUCUGCCUGGGGUCCAGUGUGGUCUCCUUGAAGGAUAUGUGACCCAUAUGUAUAUCGGCUGCAUGGCUAGUCAUCAUGUGCGCCCUGUAGUAAUGCUUGGGCCAGAGUAAUGUGACAUUCCAGCUUCUAGCAUCUCUAUAGGGCACAUGAGGAAGCUUUGCAGGCAAUGUGCAUAUGGAGCUCCCUCGCCUCCUGUACCACUGCUCCACAUUUAUGCAGAGUAACAAGCAGAAGACAUUUGGCGCAGCACAGCGUAUUUUGAGUGGCUGCUCAGUGCCAAGCAAAACCAACACAGUACCCCCUGCAACUUUAAGAAGGGCAUUUUCAAAUCUAUAUUAUUAUUGAAAUCAAUCAAAAAGUGUUCUGUUACUCUUUUUUCAAGCAUUAUUGCACUGUGGUUCGUUUUGUUUAUAUGUUUUAGAGAUAUCAGUUGGAUCCCAUAAUUUUAUACUAUAUUCUAUGGAUAUUCUUGUCUGAAGUCUCCGAAAUCUUUAUUUCCUGUAUUGAUUUUCUCACAAGACAAUAACGCCAUAUUGAACACAAAACACGGCCAGUUAAAUAUAUUCAGAUAAAUGAACUAUAUAAGCUGGCAGUGUAAGACAGCUACAGUUAUAUCUGCUACGUGAAGAUUAACAUCUUCAGCCUCUUGGUGCAUUUGUUUCCAAUUAGUUUUAUAAAACGCAAUCAUUAUCUGAUGUAGUUUAUGAUGCAUGGAGAGCUUCCGAGGUAUAAAUGUUGUGUCUCUCUGGAAUUAGUUGCGUCAAAGCUUUGGCCGUAGACCAUGUAAGCAGGCAGGUGUAAUGGGAAUCCUGUGCUGCGCUGUCAAGCCUUUCUUAAUGUUCUGCGCUUUUCAGGGACUCCGCAUGCUCAUCGGGACAAUGUUGCCAAGUCCUUGAAACCAUGCAAUCAGUUAUGUUGUGUCUCAGUGCAAUUACUAACCUGGUGGUACAUGAGGUUAAACUCUAUAAAUACAUCAUAACUGGUUGAAGAAAAACGUAAACACUAAAAGAUGAAUUGUCACGUCUCACAGCUGCAGUGGUUUUUGGGGGAUGAGGAGGACCGUUUAUGCAGCCCUAGUCACACCUCCCCUGGCUGUGACUGACACAGCCUCCAUAAUAAAAAAUAGUUUCAGAUCUUAUUUACCGGUACUUGAGAAGUGUUCCAAAUGUGUUUAUUUGUGCUAUAGGAUGAGGCAUGUAUUAUGUUAUGACCUGCACUCCAAUAUAGUCCUAUAUCUUAAUUACAUGCAGCUACCUGGUGUCUCCUGUACUGGCUUACGGUCAUAAUACCUUAACAAAGAAUGUAAACAUGCCCCUGUGUGCUGAGUGUCUGGAUAGAUGUUGUUUUCAGAAUUCCCAGACUCCUUUGUGCCUGAGGUUGUCCUAAUGAACAAAUCGAAUGUAUUUGUAGAAUAGUCCGCUUGAAUGUUAAAGCAGCAUUGUCCCCCGAUGGUGACAUUGCCACUGGUGGUCCGGUGGCCAAGGUGGGCAGGUUAAGGUGAGAUUACUUACCUGAACCUGUCCCUUGCGGGUACUGCCAUUUUGGACAGGCAUGGUCUUCCUUGGCGCUGACGUCACUGCUGUACACUGCGGGAUCCUCCAUAGACAAAGCCAAUUCCCUGCAGCCGUCACUGAUUGACACUGGGGUUCCUACUUUGUCUCAGUAUACCUUUUCACUGGGUUGGAAUUUCAGUGAAAUUCCAAGACAAUAAUAAUGAGUAUUUCAUAAAUAUUCUAUCAUUAUGAACUACUCAUUUUUCUGGGGAGGGAGGGCGCGGGGCAGUGGAGCUUUAAGUGCCCUGAAGAGCAUACAUGUUAAAUGCCACCAUACAGUCUCAGUUCAGUCUCGUAUGCUUUUUGUCUGUGGGAUUUGUGUGCUAAGACACUCCUGAUUAACACAGUCAGGGUUAUUAACUAAAGUGAGAAUUUAUAGGAAAUUCAUAGUAAAUUUGAAAUUUAAGUUUAAAAUAGCCAUACAUUCUCUAAGUCAGCUAUUUGAAAUUCACUUUGAAUUCUCACGUUAGUAAAUAAGCCUGUGUUUAUUCCAGAUGAUUGGAGUGCAAUGCUUUUUUUGGAUCAUUCAUACUCCUUAUAAGCGAGAACCUUAUAGCUACACCUAAAUAAUCUGCUCGUUCACAUUGAAGUUCAUAGAGAACCGUCUCAUUCAAUCUGUGAUACAGAGGGGUUUAGUAAUAAUGCUGUGGAGGUAGGUAAAAAAAAACAUAGCUACCUCUGCUGCAUUUUGGGAGUUUGCUGCAACAGAUUCCUUUUUUUUGUGCUCAUGAGUUUUUGGAAAUGUACUCAAAAUGCUGUCAUGAUUGACAUUCCUCCACUAAUGUUGUCUGAGUGUGAGUGCUGUGCAUCUGGAACUGCAGGGGUUAAUCUAAUUAACAUAUUGUGCCCUGCAUGGCAAGUACAGUACAAAAAUAUAAAAGCCAAACAAACCUGUGACAUUUUCCAAAAAUCAAUAGCAAAUGCUGCAAAGGUAAUCAUCCCCUUUUGUGGCGACAACUGCGCACCCCCCCUCUCAAGUGCUGGGUGGAGGAGGUGGAAGACACGAGGAAAUUCGAAGACUUGAAAGUAAUCUCACCAAAUGACAGAGACAAGUACACACAACGAUGGUUUCACUGGCUCCGCCAUAUUGCUUCUGAUGCCUUCGUACAACAUCUGACCAACCCAUGAACAGCUGGAGGAGAGCGAUAAACAUUAAGAUCGGCGACUUCCGGGGGAGAGAACCGCCAGGCGCGGUGGGCUGGGGUGGUGACGGAGGGCGAUGAGAAGAGUUUUUUUUAACCCUUUAACUGCUGGGGUGAGGGAGGGGUUGCAGAGUGACACUAUAGUGUUAGAAAUACAGCUUUAUAUUCCUAACACUAUAGUGUUUCUUUAAUCAGUAAGAGAAUAGAAAAAAGUUAUGUAAUAGCCUUGUGAUAAUGAAACUGUCCGGGAAUGGAGCUAUAGAUGAGAUACAGCGGUCACUUCAUUUUAUAUAUUAAAGGGACAUUACAUGCACCCAGACGGCCCCUUCAGCUCAUUGAAGUGGUCUGGGUGCAGUGUCUCUCUUGCACCUAGUACUGCAAUGUUAAACAUUGCAGUUCCAGAGAAACUGCAGUGUUUACAUUGCAGCACAAAGUCUGCCCUCAGUGACUGUCUACCCUUUAAUCUCCAGACAGCCGCUCGAGGCGCUUCCUGAAUGGCUUCCUGACUCGCAUGAGGACAUCCGAGUCAGAUUUGUCAGGAAUAAAGUUAUCCUAACAUGCAAACCUAAAGGUAAUAGUAAAGGUAUACAUACCGGUCCUUAGAGUGGCCGGGUUAGUGCCUGAGACAGAUAAAUGUCUGCAAGCAGACAGAGAAUAAACGAGAGACAAAUCAAGGUCAGAAUUACAGAAAUACACAGAAUCGAUAGCCAGGCCAAGAUCAGGAUAACAGAGAGCAAGAAUAGUCAAACAAGCCAAGUUCACAAUAACUGACAGACUAACACAGACACUCACUAACACACUCACUAACAGACACACACGCACACACACUAACACAUUCACUAAGACUAACACACACACACACACACUAAGACUAACACACUAACAGACACAUACACACUAACACACUCACUAACACACUCACACAUACUCACUAAGACUAACACACACUAACACACUUUUACAACAUUUUUACAUUUCAUUCCACCUGGCCUCCAUACCUUGGGAGUGCUGGAGUGGAUUCUUCCUGGGGUCCAUUGGGGCCGCUGCUGGUAGGGCUGGCAUGCACGGGCGCGGCGGCUGGAAUGGCAGGCUCAUAUUGGAGGUGGCGAGGGAGCUCUGAUCCUCCUGCUAAGCUCCCUCGCGCACCUCUCAGUGAUGCCGGGACCGGAGUGACAUCCUAAUCCGGCUCCCGGUUUCCGGCAUCAGUGAGGUGCACGCGAGGGAUCUGAGCAGGGGAGAGUGCUCCCUCGCUGCCCACCUACAUCAGCUCAUUCCAGCCUCUGAGGGCCCUGAGGUGGCCAACUCCUGGGCCCCCCAGGACAAGAGGCUGGCAAGGCAUUUGCCAGGGCGUUUGGGGGGCGUCUUUUUUUGCCGUCCCCUGAAAGUGCCGCCCAAAGGAAAAUGCCUUGUCAGCCUCUUGGUAAAUACAGCACUGGGCACAAGGGGGGGCACUGCAUUAUGUAGGGGGGGCCAUGGCCCCCUCUGAACCCCCCAGUGACGCCACUGUUUCCCAGGGGGAUUUGAAGAUGCUUGGCGUCCUCGUGCACAGCUUGGAGACAUCCAGUGUCGUUUCACUGACUCAAACUUCAUGAAACAGCUGGAAGUGCCUCAAGUGGAUGUCUGGUAGACAGCUACUAGCAGCAGUCUUAGCACUAAAAGUGUUUUACAUUGCAGGGCUAAGUUGGGCAGAGACACUGCACUUCAAUGAGAUUAAGUCUGGGUGCCUAUUGUGUCCCCUUUAAUGUCCAGUGCCAGCUAUUCUCCAGCCUCCCUGAGUGAUCAGUAUAUAGGAGCUAUGAUGAUAACAGGCUCGCCGCAGGCAGACGGAGCAUAUGAUUGCUCGCAGGGGGCUCUCUUCCACCUGCUGAAACGCAGCCUAUUUAUGGGAACAUUAAACAGUCUGGUGUAGAAACGUGACAAGGGCAUAGAUUUAAACUGAUGGAUCUGGCAGGAUAUUUAUUGCUCCUUAUGUUUGUUUGUGAUAAGAAGGUAUUUAACGCACAAGGUGUAAGCCUGUUUAUCCCCAUUAAAGCAUGUUUUCAUCCUCCCACCCUAUGAGUGCUAAUGGCUGGUUAGUAGAUUGGCCGAAUGGUUCUUAUCUGCCGUCACAUUCUACGUUACAGAACAUGGAUGGAUUAUGUCAAACUUUUCUGUCGCUGUAUGAAAGUGAUACUUUUAUUUAAUUGCUGAGUUACUUGGGGGAGAGGUGUCUUAAUUUUCAAUUUCAGUUAAAACAAAACAAACCAAAUAAUUACUAUUUCACUGUUUUUAUAUAUUUGUUGUCUUUGUUGUGUCUGGGGAAAUAAGGACUGUAGUUAGGCCUGUGAGGGGCUUAGGGACUGCAAUGGAUAGCUCCUUCCCUCUGGUGCUGGGGAGAGUAUUAGAGUGUUGCUCUGAUACUAUAAAAGAAGUGGAAAAUUUGGUCUGUAACAGCAGGAAUCUCAGCCCAAGUUCUCCCACCAACCACAGGCAUCAGGGUAUGUGGCCUGGCAGGUAACGGAGUUCUUCGAUCCACCAGUUACCACUGGACUGGUGCUUAAGUAGUGCCGCCAGCCCCAUAGGGCCGGCCUGACAGUUUAAUAAAUAGGCAGUUUUUUUUUUAAUGCUGUAUUAUUUAAAAGAAACAUUUUGAAGUUGUAUUUCUAUCUAGCAAAGAGAGUAAAGAUCAAUCAAUUUAUUAUAUUUGCAAUAGUUUUAAAGUGACAUUGAAAUGGUGCAAUUUAAAAAAAAUAUAUAAUAUAUACCAUUGUUUAUGCACAAUGAGCUAGUCAAAUAUAGAAAAGUAUUUCCAAGUUUUUCCUGCCUUUGGCUUUAACACAAUGCCAUUGGCUUUGUGGAACUGAAUGCAAUUAUGAUGAUUAAUAAAUGGCAGAGAAUUGAGCGGUGAGACCACAAGGGCAUGACCUAUUCACCCAAACUGCUUCAUUAAGUUAAAGCAGUUUGGUGCUUACAACAUCCCUUUAAUUUAAUUUAUAAUCCGAUUUUCAUUUUAUCUUGCAUUAUUGUCAGCAAUAACCAUAACUCUAAGUAGUAACCUUAAACCUGGUUGCAAAUACAACCUCUAACCCUAAAUUCUGUCCAUAAUCUUCACACGAAGCCAAAUACUAUGGCUAAACUUAAAGGAACACUAAAGGGUCAGGAACAAAAACAUGUAUUCCUGACCCUGUAAUGUUUAAAACAACCAUCUAACAACCUGCCCCCUCCCUCCCCCCCUGAUAAAUAUAUUACAAAUCUUACAUUUAUUUUAGUCGGCUGCUGCUGGCUCUGCCCCUGAUCCACCUGCUUGGCUGACAUCGUCAGAAGUGAUUCUCUUAGCCAAUCACAAUGUUUUCCCAUUGAGAUCAGGCGCAGAGCCAGCACAAGCCAAACACAGCUCUGGCCAAUUAGCAUCUCGUCAUAGAAAUGCAUUGAAUCAAUGCAUCUCUAUGAGGAAAGUUCAGUGUCUCCAUGCAGAGCGUGGAGACACUGAAGGGAAAUACCUCCCACAGCCAUCUGAGGAGUGGCCAGUGGAGGUAUACCCAGGCUGUAAUGUAAACACUGCCUUUUCUCUGAAAAAAACCCAGUGUUUACUGCAAAAAGUCUGAAGGGAAUGAUUAUACUCACCAGAACAAAUAAAAUAAGCUGUAGUUGUUCUGGUGACUAUAGUGUCCCUUUAAUAUUAUGCCUAAUCUGUCCGUCAUCCAAAAUAGAAUGCCUAUCCUUAAUAAUGUCCCUUGUUCUAAAUACUGUUCAUAAACUAAAAUAUUAUGGUAAACCCUAAUUACUCUCACUAACUGAAACUACUCUGCUUGCCCCUAAAUACCAUGUCAGACAAUAUAUGCUAUGCCUGGCAUAAGAUACUGUGACUAACUUAUAAUACUAUGAAAUGCCACCCUACUCUAUUUCUCCCCUAACCAGGUAGCAUGGCCUGGGCCAGCAUGGUUCCUCUGAGCUUCGGAGUUUAGGACCUUGCGGUGGGUUACCAUGACAACACUCCAAACAAUGGAGUUUGUAAGAUCAGAUAUAGAGGAAGGAAAGAACUAGAGGCUCGGGGAAUAAAGUGUGUACGUGUGUGUUAUGUCUAACAUUGUGUGUGUAUAUGUGUAACAUAUUGUGUGUGUAUAUGUGUAACAGUUUGUGUGUAUCUGAAUCUCUUUAUUAAUAGUGUAUCAGAACUGAAAUGUAUUAAAGAUGACUCAAUCAAUUAUCCCAAAUUAUUCCUGUCGGCUUAAGAUUCUGCAUGUUAAUUACCACAUUUGAUGAAAGGCAGACAGUGGAAUGACAGGUUAUUAAUAUUGUUAAACCUGGGGAGAUAGCUGAGUGGAUAGAAUCUGUAACUCACCUUACGAUUCCAUUGAGGUCACCCUGUAUUCCUUGCAGGGGCGUACCUGGAGCAUUUGGCACCCGGGGGUGGAUCCUUUAUUUGGCACCCCCUCCCCAAAUGUAAAAACAACCACAAUUUUUUUUAAAUGUAUUUAGCACUGAGCAGUGUUUGUAUAUUUUUAAUGUAAGCAUGUUUUUGUAUGGAGUAUGUGUGAGUGAAUGUACGGGUGUGUUUGCACUUAUUGGCAUUUGAAUGCAGCCGUGCAUUUUUCUGUAGUGUGGUUUUUGAAUAUGGUGGUGUGUUUUUAUUUGGUGUUGACAUUUGGAUGCAGGGUUGUAUUUGUGUGUAGUGUAGAUGAAAUGUUGAGAUGUAUGCACAUAUACUCACAUAUACUCACAUAUACACACACUGGCACACAUACAGAUACACAGACACAUAGGUACACACAUGGAGUUACAUAGAAACACAGUCAUAAACAGAUACAGAAAAAUACUGACACACAUACACAUUCAAACACACAUACAGGCACACAGAGAGAGACACACAGGCACACAUACAGAUACACAGACACACCAAAACAAACACAGACACACAAACAGAUACACAUACAGAUACAGAGACAUACAGAUACACAUGUAUAAGUGUGUUUAUGCAUAGUGUGUUUGCGUAGUGGAUACAGUGUGUGCAUUUGUAUAGUGGAUGCACUCUGUGUAUAGUGUAUGCAGUGUGUGUAUAGUGAAUGCAGCUUGUGUGUAUAAUAUAUGCAGUGUGUGUAUAGUGUAUGCAGCUUGUGUGUAUAGUGUAUGUAGUGUAUGGAGUGUGUGUAUAGUGUAUGCAGCUUGUGUGUAUAGUGUAUAUAGUGUAUGGAGUGUGUGUAUAGUGUAUGCAGCUUGUGUGUAUAGUGUAGUGUGUGUGUAUAGUGUAUGGAGUGUGUGUACAGGGAGUGCAGAAUUAUUAGGCAAAUGAGUAUUUUGACCACAUCAUCCUCUUUAUGCAUGUUGUCUUACUCCAAGCUGUAUAGGCUCGAAAGCCUACUACCAAUUAAGCAUAUUAGGUGAUGUGCAUCUCUGUAAUGAGAAGGGGUGUGGUCUAAUGACAUCAACACCCUAUAUCAGGUGUGCAUAAUUAUUAGGCAACUUCCUUUCCUUUGGCAAAAUGGGUCAAAAGAAGGACUUGACAGGCUCAGAAAAGUCAAAAAUAGUGAGAUAUCUUGCAGAGGGAUGCAGCACUCUUAAAAUUGCAAAGCUUCUGAAGCGUGAUCAUCGAACAAUCAAGCGUUUCAUUCAAAAUAGUCAACAGGGUCGCAAGAAGCGUGUGGAAAAACCAAGGCGCAAAAUAACUGCCCAUGAACUGAGAAAAGUCAAGCGUGCAGCUGCCACGAUGCCACUUGCCACCAGUUUGGCCAUAUUUCAGAGCUGCAACAUCACUGGAGUGCCCAAAAGCACAAGGUGUGCAAUACUCAGAGACAUGGCCAAGGUAAGAAAGGCUGAAAGACGACCACCACUGAACAAGACACACAAGCUGAAACGUCAAGACUGGGCCAAGAAAUAUCUCAAGACUGAUUUUUCUAAGGUUUUAUGGACUGAUGAAAUGAGAGUGAGUCUUGAUGGGCCAGAUGGAUGGGCCCGCGGCUGGAUUGGUAAAGGGCAGAGAGCUCCAGUCCGACUCAGACGCCAGCAAGGUGGAGGUGGAGUACUGGUUUGGGCUGGUAUCAUCAAAGAUGAGCUUGUGGGGCCUUUUCGGUUGAGGAUGGAGUCAAGCUCAACUCCCAGUCCUACUGCCAGUUCCUGGAAGACACCUUCUUCAAGCAGUGGUACAGGAAGAAGUCUGCAUCCUUCAAGAAAACAUGAUUUUCAUGCAGGACAAUGCUCCAUCACACGCGUCCAAGUACUCCACAGCGUGGCUGGCAAGAAAGGGUAUAAAAGAAGAAAAUCUAAUGACAUGGCCUCCUCGUUCACCUGAUCUGAACCCCAUUGAGAACCUGUGGUCCAUCAUCAAAUGUGAGAUUUACAAGGAGGGAAAACAGUACACCUCUCUGAACAGUGUCUGGGAGGUUGUGGUUGCUGCUGCACGCAAUGUUGAUGGUGAACAGAUCAAAACACUGACAGAAUCCAUGGAUGGUAGGCUUUUGAGUGUCCUUGCAAAGAAAGGUGGCUAUAUUGGUCACUGAUUUGUUUUUGUUUUGUUUUUGAAUGUCAGAAAUGUAUAUUUGUGAAUGUUGAGAUGUUAUAUUGGUUUCACUGGUAAUAAUAAACAAUUGAAAUGGGUAUAUAUUUGUUUUUUGUUAAGUUGCCUAAUAAUUAUGCACAGUAAUAGUCACCUGCACACACAGAUAUCCCUCUAACAUAGCUAUAACUAAAAACAAACUAAAAACUACUUCCAAAAAUAUUCAGCUUUGAUAUUAAUGAGUUUUUUGGCUUCAUUGAGAACAUGGUUGUUGUUCAAUAAUAAAAUUAAUCCUCAAAAAUACAACUUGCCUAAUAAUUCUGCACUCCCUGUAUUGUGUAUGGAGUGUGUGUAUAGUGUAUAGAGUAUGUUUAUAGUGUAUGGAUUGUGUGUAUAGUAUAUGCAGUGUGUGUAUAGUGUAUGGAGUAUAUGGAGUGUGUGUAUAGUGAAGCAGCUUGUGUGUAUAAUGUAUGCAGUGUGUAUAGUGUAUGCAGUGUGUGUAUAAUGUAUGGAGUGUGUGUAUAGUGUAUGGAGUGUGUGUAUAGUGUAUGCAGUGUGUAUAAUGUAUGCAGUGUGUGUAUAAUAUAUGGAGUGUGUGUAUACAUGGGCGUCCGCAGGAAUUUUUCCAGGGGGGGGGGCAUAAUUGUAAUGACAUCAAUGCUUGGUACCUUUUUGACAGUGUCAUGAAAGGGAAGGGGCAUAGCCAUUAUCACAUAGCCAGGGUGAAUAGCGUUUUCACAACUAUGGUGUCAGGAAUAUAUGUUUGUAUUCCUGACACUAUAGUGUUCCUUUAAGCAAAUUAAAGGACCAUUCUGGUCACCAUAACAACUUCACCUAAAUGAAAAUGCUAUGAUGCCAGGAAGCCCCUGGGUGCUUGCUUUCCUUUAAGGGGUUAAAUCGCUCUCUGAUGGAUUAACCCCAAAGGCUUCCUCCAGCUCCAGGUCGCUCAGUGGUAUUUGGCUUCUGAAACAGAGUGUCAGGAAGUGCAGAUUGACGUCAGGCAUGGGUGCCGCUGAUUGGCUAGAGUGGACAGUUGACGCUCUAAGCCAAUCGCUAUUUCCCGGUUCAUAAACUAUUUUUACUUUUUUAUGAAUGUGGAGCUACUGAUUGGCUUAGAGUGCCAGCUGACCGCUCUAGCCAAUCAGCAACACCCCUACCCAACGGCACUCUGUGCUUCCUGACACUCAGUAAAUAAAAGUGAACACAUUAAUACUGAUAUUUUUUUACCUUUGGAGAUGAGAAGGUCCAGCGUUUUCGUGCCUGGCCCACAUACCAAAGCCUUAUGAUGUGGUGUCCAGAAUAAAGUGGAGGGUUCACUUCAUUUGUCCUUCCUGCUCCAAUCUCCUUUUCCUCUCCUUCAUUUGACAGUCUUUUUUUUUCUUCUGACACUGUUUUCUAUCCUUGGCCCCGUCUGCUCUUUUACUUUUCUGCUACUUUCUGCUUAUUUUGCGCCCUUCUGCUCCUUUCUCAUUCUGAUCUCUUUCUGCUCCUUGCAGACCCUUUCUGCUCCCUUUUCUACUUUACCUUUGUGCUCCUUGCUGUCCCUUUCUGCUCCCUUUUCUACUUUACCUUUGUGCUCCUUGCUGUCCCUUUCUGCUCCUUGCUGCCCCUUUCUACUCCUUGCUGCCCCUUCCUGCUCCUUGCAGGCCCUUCCUGCUCAUUCUCCUACUUUACCUUUUUUUUACAAAGUGCUCCUUGCUGUCCCUUCCAGCUCCUUGCUGCCCCUUUCUGCUCCUUGAUGUCCCUUCCUGUUCAUUUCUGUUCCUUCUCCUUUUCUUACCUUACCUUCCUGCUCCUUGCUGACUCUUCAUGUAGGCUGUCUCCCCCAUCCCUCACUUCUAUAGGCGUGCGCACGGGGUGUGUCGGGUGUGCCUGGGCUCACCCUAAUCCCCGCGGCACGCCAAUGGAUUGAGACCGGCAGGGGAGAUCUUUGGAUCUCCCCGGUCGGCUCAUGCAGAGCCGACGCUAUCCGAGCGGCCGGUCUGGUCUAAGCCUCCAUGGGCCGGUGGGGAGAUCAAAGUUCUACCUCACUGGUCCACAGCAGCAUGGAGGGAGGCAGCAGAGAACCCGGGCUAGAGUUCACUCUCCACUGAACCACCAGGGAAGGCAGCAGGACUGGGAUAUUAACUAGUAUGCCCCCACCUCCACCCAAACAUACAGCACACACACAUACAGCAUACACAGCCCACAAACAGCACCCACACACACACACAGCACCUACACACAUACAUCACCCUCGCACACACAGCACCAACACACAUACAACACCCACACACACCCAGCACACUAACAGCAUCCUCACAAACACACAAAACCCACACAACACCCACACAGCACCCACACACAAACAGCACACUCUCAUACAAACAGCACCCUGACAAACACACAACACCCGCACACAAACAGCACACUAACAGGACCCGAACAAACACGCACACACAAACACCCUCACACACACACACACACACACACACACACACACACACAGCACACUACCAGUUCCCUCACAAACAGCACACUAACAGCACCUCACACACACACACACACACACACUUUACACACCAACAACACACACACACACCCACACAAACAUGCCCCCCCCAUGCCUCACUCCCCUAAUCUAUAGGCUGCUGUCCUCCUCCCUAAUCUAUAGGCUGCCCCUAAUCUAUAGGCUGCUGCCCCCCGUCCUACCAGGCUGCCUUUAGUCUAUGAGCUGCUGCCCCCAAAAUCUAUGGAAGCGCUUUCCACUUUAAUCUAUAGGCUUCUGCCCAAAAUCCUGGAAACGCCUUUAAAAAAAAUCUAUAGGCUGCACAAAUAUAUAGGCUGCUGCCCAAAAAAAUCUAUAGGCCAUAGCACCUCCCCCUAAAAGUCUAUAGGCUUAACACUUUAAAAAUCUAUAGGCUAUCUCAAACCCUCCCCCCACUCCCCUGAUCUGUAGGCUGUCUCUGGCUGCAUGUGUUGUUCCCCUGCGGUUUCAAUCAGCAGAGAGAAGCAGGGAUAAGAUGCAGCUUCCUAUCCCUGUCUCUCUCAUACACACGGCGCCGGUAUUGCAGUUUAUUCUAAAUCUCACACGAAAAAAGCAGAACAAGCUGAAAAAUCCAGGGGGGGGCAAGUGCCCCCCCUUGCCCCCCCCUGCGGACGCCCAUGUGUGUAUAGUGUAUGGAGUGUGUGUGUAUAGUGUAUGCAGUGUGUGUAUAAUGUAUGGAGUGUGUGUAUAGUGUAUGGAGUGUGUGUAUAGUGUAUGCAGUGUGUGUGUGUAUAGUGUAUGCAGUGUGUGUGUAUAGUGUAUGCAGUGUGAGUAUAAUGUAUGCCCCUCCCUGACACUUGCCUGGUCCUCGUGGUCUGGUGGCACAGCAUAGAUGGGCAGUGAAGAGGGGCCCAGAACUCUGCAUGCUCGUUUCCCAUCCAGCAGCAGCAGGCUCCUCUGUUCUCGUGAUUCCCGAGGAACCUGCUGCAUGGGAAAACUCCAUGGAUACUCGAACACGGCACACCGGUCCCUUUUCAUAAGACACAGGGGUGGUGAAAUGCCGCCCCUGUGAAAGUGUGCCCCGGGCACGCCCCUAGUGAGUAGCACCCGGGGCAGACCGCCCCCGCCGCCCCCCCCUUAGUACGCCACUGAUUCCUUCCAAGGUUGAUAAAACAAGCACCAUAAAGUUGGGUAAUAUUAGCAAGUAGAUCCCAUAAGAUACAUGGAAGACAAGCUAAAUGUACGGGUCCUGAUUAAAUAGUUUGAUUUCAUCAUUAUUAUUAUUAAUUUCCAAAGUCUUAAGGUGAGCUGAUCUAGAAAUUUAUCAGGAAUGCUGAGGGACUCUCGACUAUGAGUAUCAAGGGUCUUCCCAAAGCAUCAUAUAAUUGCCGUGUUCUACAGGCUCUAAGAUAACUCUAGAUAUAGCCUUACAUGUGCAAUGCCCCAGCUCUGCUUUCCCGUGAACACGUUGCUUGUUUUAAAAAAAUAUUUAAAGGGACACUAUAGUCACCGACACAACUUUAGCUUAUUGAAGCCGUUUUUGUGUAUAGAUCAUGCCGUUGAACUUUCACUGCUCAAUUCACUGCCAUUUAGGAGUGAAAUCACUUUAAACGUUUGUUUUUUCCCUACUCUGUAAAUGGAACUUUAAUCACACACAAGGCUCUUGCAGCAUCUAGUAAGCUAUUAACAGAGCAUAAGAUAAGUAGUUUUAAAGUAAACAGAAUUUUGCAAUAAAGGAAGUGUAAAUAUUAGAUGAAUCGUUACAGGAAGUGUUUAGGAAGGCUGUGUAGGUCACAUGCAGGGAGGAGUGACUAGGGCUGCAUAAACAAAGUGAUUUAUUCCCUAAAUGGCAGAGAAUUGAGCAUUGAGACUGCAGGGGCAUGAUCUAUACACCAAAACUCAUUAAGCUAAAGUUGUUUUGGUAACUAUAGUGUCCCUUUAACCUUUCUGCUGACUGAGAAGAAAGCUUUCUGUGGUUUUCACAAAUCAGAGUAACAAACACAUAUAACAAUUGUUAACCCAUUCACUGUUGUCUGCAAUAAGUAAUACAGCAUUCUGCAAUGGUUAAAGGGAGCAGUCUUUUCCCAGAAUCCCCAGAAUAUUUUGUUUACUUUUCCACUAGUUUCACAAUCAUCCCCCACAGCCAACCCCCACACACAGUAACCCCAUCAUAGACAGAAACAUAGAAACAUAGAAUGUGAAUGCAGAUUCGGCCCAUCUAGUCUGCCCAAUUUUCUAAAUACUUUCAUUAGUCCCUGGCCUUAUCUUAUAGUUAGGAUAGCCUUAUGCCUAUCCCACGCAUGCUUAAACUCCUUUACUGUGUUAACCUCUACCACUUCAGCUGGAAGGCUAUUCCAUGCAUCCACUACCCUCUCAGUAAAGUAAUACUUCCUGAUAUUAUUUUAAACCUUUGUCCCUCUAAUUUAAGACUAUGUCCUCUUGUUGUGGUAGUUUUUCUUCUUUUAAAUAUAGUCUCCUCCUUUACUGUGUUGAUUCCCUUUAUGUAUUUAAAUGUUUCUAUCAUAUCCCCCCUGUCUCGUCUUUCCUCCAAGCUAUACAUGUUAAGAUCCUUUAACCUUUCCUGGUAAGUUUUAUCCUGCAAUCCAUAAACCAGUUUAGUAGCCCUUCUCUGAACCCUCUCUAAGGUAUCAAUAUCCUUCUGGAGAUACGGUCUCCAGUACUGCGUACAAUACUCCAAGUGAGGUCUCACCAGUGUUCUGUACAAUGGCAUGAGCAUCACAUUGUCACCUUUAUACACACAGACACAGACAUCCCCGCACACAAUAACCCCAUCGCAUUUUCACCUUUAUACACACAGACAUAGGCAUCCCCCCACACAGUAACAUUAUCACCUUUAUACAUACACACAGACACCCCCCGCACACAGUAACCCCAUCACAUUGUCACCUUUCUAACACACAGACACCCCCCGCAUACACUGUGACCCCAUCACAUUGUCACCUUUUUAACACACAGACACAGACCUUCCUUACACACAGUAACCCGAUCACAGUGUCACCUUUAUACACACAGACACCCCCCGCACACAGUAACCCCAUCACAUUGUCACCUUUAUACACACAGACACCCCCCGCACACACAGUAACCCCAUCACAUUGUCACCUUUAUACACACAGACAUCCCCCACACACAGUAAUCCCAUCACAUUGUCACCUUUAUACACACCGACACCCCCCGCACACAGUAACCCCAUCACAUUGUCACCUUUAUUUUUACCCAAAACAACUGAUUUGACACUGCCAGAAGCCAGCCCUGCAGCCGUGAGAUUUAAACAUGUUUCCGUGGUGUUCUCAUUUCUCUUUACUAGCCUAGCUUUAUCUCCAGCUCUCUGCUUUCAGUACAUGAUGUCCUUAUCGGAUAUUUGUCUGUUUUGUUGCUGCACAAAGGACUUAGAAGGGAAAUAAUAUUGAUGAUGCAUCCAUGGCGAUAACUGGUUUUCUGCAGACUUUCUAAUUCUGGUUUCCAAGGAAGCAUUUAAAACAUUUCUUAUAAAAGUCAUUUUGUGUGGCCCAGGGGAUACGUUGAGCAUUGCGAGAUGGCUUGACCUCUCUGUGCAUCAGACACAAUGUGUGCUGUCACCUGUCACCUCGCAGUACCUAGCGUGGGGGCAUUGUGUGUGCAGAGCGGCCGCUGAGUACCUAAGCCCAAGUUAUUUCUGCUCCGGUGUUUUAUUAAAUCUGAUUAAUCUGGUGAUGCGUAGCCUACUGAAACCAAAAAUAUAACUAUUAAAGCAGAGAACCGCCAGCAAAAUACUGGUUUAGGGGCGUUAAGCCCAAUUAGGACUUUUGGACAGAAAGAUUGUGUUCAGACCUAGUUAAACACCUUAAAGAAGGGGCUUGCGAGCGGCACUAUACACACACACAGCAUUGCAGACCUCAUACCCACGGGCAUCCGCAGGAAUAUUUUCGGGGGGCGGGGCAUAAUUGUAAUGACAUCCAUGCUCGGCCCCAUUUUGACAGUGUCAUUAAGGGGAGGGGAUUAGUCAUUAUAACAUGAAGUGCAAGCAGGCAAAGAGUUAAGAAACCUGAUGCAAAAUCUUAUUAGAAGAAUCAAGUUGACAUUGUCUGAUUUAAGUAUUGCAAUGUCUAAUCUGUUUUAAUAUUAACACUAUUCAAUGCACCCCAUUAGUACACCCAUGAUCAAGGCACUAUCACUGAAUUAAAAAAAUAAACAUUUGUAAUCUAAAUUUAGCGUUACAUUUGGCCACAGCAAUAGGUGGCAUGCACAGCACCAGAUUGCACCCACAGCACCAGAUUGCACCCACAGUACCAGAUUUCCCUUGCCACAGCACCAGAUUGCACCCACAGUACCAGAUUUCCCUUGCCACAGCACCAGAUUGCACCCACAGUACCAGAUUGCAUCCAAAGUACCAGAUUUCCCUUGCCACAGCACCAGAUUGCACCCACAGUACCAGAUUUCCCUUGCCACAGCACCAGAUUGCACCCACAGUACCAGAUUGCAUCCAAAGUACCAGAUUUCCCUUGCCACAGCACCAGGUUGCACCCACAGUACCAGAUUGCAUCCAAAGUACCAGAUUUCCCUUGCCACAGCACCAGAUUGCACCCACAGUACCAGAUUUCCCUUGCCACAGCACCAGACUGCACACAAAGCUAUUGCCACAUCAGAAGGUAGCAUACACAGCGGUUGCUACAGAACUAGGAGACACUCACAGUACCAAAAAGUACCCACAGUAUCAGAUUGCACCCACAACACUUCCCACACCUAAUAAAUGCCAGUACUACUACUACUAAUAAUAAUAAUAAAGGGAAAAAAAAUUGUGUCCCCCACUUCUGCCCCUUCUCUCAUAUCCCCUACACACACACCUUCAACUUUCUUCAUAUUCUCCAUGUUUCCAUUCUCCAUGUGUCCAUUUUCUAAUAACUCCCUACACCCACCUUCAUAUUUCUCCAUAUUCCCCCCUCUCCCACCCCUCAUUCUGUCCCUUUCUCCAUAUAUUAUCCCUGUCUGUUCAUUCCCAGUUGUAUACAGGGGAGGGCUGGCAGCCUCAGGCCUGGGGGGCAAAUCCAGUCGAAUGGCCCAUUGCACCCCCGAAUCAGCUCACCAUCCAUGCCAACCUUUUCCUGGUCUUAUAAAGGAUAUUGAUGUUAUGCUAAUCAGUAGCUCUUUUGCCAUACCCACUCCUUUGCAGCUCAGACUGUCAAUGUUGUUAGAGCGCAGGCUGAGAAUCUCUGAGCCUGUGCUCUGACUCACUAGAACCACGAGGGAGAGGAUAUGAUCUGACUGCACCUACUGCUUGUGCGCACCAAUAGAUCACCAGGGAAUCGUUUAAAUUAAAUAUGCUGGUGUCCCAAACUUGUGAGCUGUGUUGGCCGCCGGGCGUGUCUGUUGUCAUGGUGCCCUACAUGACCGCACAGCUUGCACACCUCAAAAGCUGGCCCUGCUGACAGACACACUGGCACUCACUCUCAAUAACACACACACACACACAAACCCUGAAAGACAAACAGUCACUGACAGGCAGACACAUACACACACACACACACACACACACACACUGACAGGCAGACACACAGAUUCACUGAAAGACACUUACUUGACAGAUACACUUACUGACACACACACUUACUGACAGACACCAGUGCCAUCUUAACAUCAUUAUGGGCCCCUGGGCAAAGCAGUGCACUGGGGCCAUGCCUACACAACUUACAGGAAUAAAAACGUAAAUUAUAGAUACAACGAAGAAUAUAUUUAGAAGUACCUCCAACAAAUGCAAUGCAUACAUACACACAGGCUGCUGAAUACAGUCACACACCGACUGCUGAAUACAUAUAUACACGACGACUGCUGAAUACACGCAUACAGACUGCUGAAUAGACAAACACAGACAGACUGCUGAGUACACACAAAGACAGACUGCUGAGUACACACAGACAGACUGCUAAGUACACAUAGAGAGUGCUGAAUACAUGCACACAGUCCGCUGAAUACAAACACACACAAACAUACACACACAGACGGCUGAACACACACACAGACUGCUGAAUACACACACAUUGCAGUAAGGGGUUCAGUGUAUGUGUGUACGGGUGCGGUGUGUGUGGGGUGCUGUGUGAGUGUGGGGUGCAGUGUGUGUGGAGUGCUAUGUGAGUGGGGUGCUGCGUGUGUGUGGAGUGCUAUAUGUGUGUUGGGUGCUGUGUGUUUGAGGGGUGCAGGUAGCAAAUGUUUUUGUUUAUUUAAUACUAUUUUUCAUUAAAUAAAAUCUAUAUGCCCCCCCCCACCCUUCUUCUUACCUUUGGUGAAAGAGGCUGGGACACAGCCAGCCCUGGUGGUCCAGUUGUGAAUUCUGUACAACCUGCAGCUUGUCUGGCUGCAGGCUGUCUCCUGUCCUCCUGCGCGCAGAAUGCUGUGUGGAGCAUUGCCAUGGUAAUGCGCAGAAUCGCUCCUCACAGCCUGCUUGCGGGAGGAGCGACCUGCCUUACAGGUCGGCCUGUCCUGCUGCCCUGGGUCCUAGCUACCUCUCUCCCCGAUUGAAUUGAGAUCUCCCUCACCGGCCCAAGGCCAGAAAACAGGGCCACCUCUCCAUUGGCCGGCAGGGGAGAUAAAAGGAUCUCCCCUGUCGGCCGGGCAUGCUGGGCAGCGCGGUGUGUGGCCCACGGGCAACUGCCCAGCGUGCCCAUGCAGAAAGACGGCCCUGACAGACACACACACACACUUCCAGACACAGACACACACACUUACUGACAGACACACACACUUACUGACAGACACACUCACUUUCAGACACACAGACUCACUGACAAACACACACACACUCACUCACUGACAGACAGAUACACACACUCACUGACAGACAGAUACACACACACUUACUGACAGACACACACUCACACUUCCAGACACACACUGUCACACACACACACACUCACUUCCAGACACACACACACUUCCAGACACACACACUCACACUUCCAGACACACACUGUCACACACACACACUCACUUCAUGACACACACACACACUUCCAGACACACACACACAUACUCACUUGUUCCAGACACACACACACUCACUUCCAGACACACACACUCACUUCCAGACACACACAAUCACUUCCAGACACACACACACACACACUCACUUGUUCCAGACACACACACACACUCACUUCCAGACACACACACUCACUUCCAGACACACACAAUCACUUCCAGACACACACUCACAAAUUAAUUUUAUUUCUUGUUGCUCCUGCCUUUAAGAGUUCUCUGGGGCCUCUCCCUGGGGUCCAGUGUCUUCGAUGAUCUUCCUGCUCCUCUCUGCUCCCUCGCGCAGUUUAGUGAUGUGGAAGAUCAUCAGCAGAGGCAGUGCUCCCUCGUCGCCACCUGCCUCCUUCCUCACGCGGCCGGUAUAUUGCUGCAGAGUAGGCACCUGCCAUCUGGGACAAGCAGGUGCCUACUCUGCCUUGCUACCGGGGCACCCUAGAUGGCCAGUUGGCCACCUGCUGGGCUCCCUGUGACAGGCCAUUGGCCAGCUCCGCGUGACGCCAGGGACCGGCGCUGCAGCGGCUGUUUUUCUAAUUAUUUAGGGCAGCCUGGGGGACAAUUGCCUCCCUAAAGUUAUCAAAAAAAAAGUACCCACUUCAGGUUAUCCUGCAUGGGUACCUGUGGGGAAGAUGGGCAAAUUGAAAUUUCCUCCGGACGCCCAUGCUCAUACCAUCAAAUCUCCCAACAUUUCAAGUGGACAAAGAGGGACACAUUCAUUUUUGGACUGUGAGUGUGUGUGUGCCCAGGGUCGGGGCUGUUAUGAGACAUUUUAGGUGACUUACUAAUAGCAAUUUAAACAACUACAAUGUAAUUUAAAACAAAAUCAAUGUAUCUUAUUUACACAGACUGAUUUCUAAACACAUUUGUUGUAGUUUAAAGGAACACUAUAGUGUUAGGAAUACAAAACUGUAUUGCUAAUACUAUAGUGUCCCUCUAAAGAUACCCAUUCCCCCCCAACCCAGUCAAGAAAUCGUUAAAAACCUUUUUUUUCCACUUACCUGAUUUCAGUGCUAAAUCUCCUUCGGCAAGUGCAUUAGGCCUUCUCCAUAGGAUAGCAUUGAAUCAGUGCUCUCCUAUGGGAAUAUUUAAAGAUGCUGAAUGUUCUCAUGCAAAACGUGAGAAUGUCCAACGUCGUUUCAUGGAGUUAAACUGGGAAAAGGAGGUGCAGGAGACAGCCACUAGAGGCAGUCUUAGCCCUGCAAUGUAAGUAUUGCAAUUUCUCUAAAACUUCCACCAUCUCCCAUCCUCCCCCCCCUCCCCCCCCGUGCCCCCUUCCUCCCUAGUACUCCUAGCAGCUAAAGGGUUAAAAAACUUUUAGUCAAGUACCUGAUUCCAGCACCGAUGUUCCUUGAGGCUCGGUUGGUGCUCCGCCUCCUCUGACGUGAUCCGAUGGGGGGACCCAUGUUGUGCAAGCACAAUAGGUUUUCCUUUGGAGAUUUUACUGACACUGGAUGUCCUCAUGCAAAGUAAGAUCCCAGAAGUGCCACUAGAGGCUGUCUUAGUGCUGCAUUGUAAACAUUGCAGGUUCUCUAGAUUUGCAACAUUUUACAUUGAAUGACUAAGUGUGACUGGGACAUUGCACCCAGACCACUUCUCUAAGAUGAUGUUGUCUGGGUGCAUACAGUGUCCCUAUAAAGGGGACAGGUUCACUACACCUAGAUCACUUCAAUGAGAUAAAGUGGUCUGGAUCCCUGUAGUGUCCCUUUAAAGACACAUUACUGUCAGUAUUAUUGCUAUGGGACUGUUAUUCACUCAGACAUACCAACAAUGUGGACAAGAGGGACAUUCGGUUAGAAAAAACUAACAAAGGGAUUUGGACCAAAAAUAGGGACUAUUGGGAGGUAUACCAUUAAAAAUUCCAUAACCUACCAGACUGUACAUGUAUGGGACCCCUGCUGUAUGUGUACAGCUUUAUAGAAUAUGGACUGUUGAAUAGUCUUUAUUUUCUCUAGUGUCCGCAGUAACAGCAAGACAAAAGCAUCUUGUCUCAUUGUUCUUCUCCAAAAUCUAGGCAUCAAAGAUUGAAGGUCACCUUUAUCAAAGGGAAGACAGGUUCUCCUCUGGAGCAAGGUGCAAUUACCAUGGAAACCAGGAGAAUGUUUCACAAGAUAAAGCACUAUGCCCUGGAAUUGUUUGUCUUGAUAAAUCUUGCUAUUUGUGUCAUUGUUGCUUUUUCUUUCUGUAUUAUUUUUGAAGACGUCAGAGUGUUCUUUUCUUACAUUUAGUUAAAGAAUAGGACCAGCAAUAAUUGCACAAUUUGUGAAACAAAUUAAAUGAUUAAGAGUGCUGCAAUUUAUUUGUGCUCAGACGGAAUCUGUGUCAAUGACUCACAUUUUACAUAAAACCUUUUUUUCUGGAUUAAGACACAAAAUUAUUUACAUCCCCUGUAUAGUGAUUUAAUGGCCAGUUGUAUAAUCCACUUAGAAUUAUUGGGCAGAUCUGGCACACUAAGUACGAUCUAGUUACAUCAUUGUCACCAGUAUAAAAGAUGGUAUAAAUGAUUUGGUACCCAGGCUAGCUCGGCCAGCACUGUGACUGCAUUGUUAGUGACUAAGUCCCCAAUGGAUUGAAGUCGGUGUUUUAGAUUUAGUACAUAAUCAUUUUCAAUUUGCUCCACUGCACAGCCUGCAGAUAAAAGGCUUCAAAAAAUAGAUUAAGCUUAUGUCAGUCUCGGUGGUGAUGUCAUUCCUACGAGAGACGGUCUGGAGCUGUUACUAUGCUCUGCCUGUUCAGUGUGAAAGCACACACAGGGAGAAAGGCACGGCACAGCUGUCCCUGGCAGAAACUGGCACCAGAUUUCACAUGGUCAGUUUACGGAGAAGCUAAGGAGAACCAAUCUGGAGAAUCUGAGAACAAUCUGGAGAAUUUCCAUCAACUUUUAGGUUUUAGUAGUUUGCUGGCUACAUUGUAACGGACAGAAAAAAAAAUGCCUUCUCGAAGUGUGGGCUACGACGUGUGCUCUUUGGUCGCCUGCCUGGUAGAUAUUGACAUUUUCAACAAUGUACAUGUCAAGGUAAGCUAUGAUGAUUAUUCUUUCUUGAAGCAGGGAUAAGGGCAUGGAUGAUAUAUAUUGACUUGCGUAGCUGAAUGACCUAUAAUGGCACUCAGAAGGUGAGUAUAUGGAAUUUAAUCUUUACCACCAAAAAGCAACAUCUCCUGCUUGAGAAAGGCUGUGAUGAGUCGAAACUUUGUUACUAGGACUUAAAGAAUGAAGUGCAUAUAUUUCCCCUCUGUGUGUCAUUAUCUGGGAGGUUGUACCAGACCAUUUAGGUGAAUGUCUAUGAAGUGUGUGUCAUUAACCUUGUACUUUUAAUAAGCUGAGCAUCAUUGGGAAGGCUCCUUCGCAAUAUGUUACACACAUUCCAUUGACCCUAUUGAUCAGAGAAGCUCCGUUACUCUGAGGAGCAGUUCCGUUACAAUACGUGUGUAUCUGGCUGAGGCUGGACUCGCAUUGGUUUUAUCAUUCUCCAACCCUUUUAAAAUUUUAGAAAUUUUGUAAUUUGCCAAAUGGCAUGAAAAGCGUCUUUAGGUUUUCUGCUAAUGUAAAUUUUCCCCUUCUAAAACGUACUUUUUAAUAUCGAAACAAUAGUUAUUAUUUCCAGAUUAAUUGUAUAGGCCAGUAGACUGAGACCUGGAUAGCAUUCAUUUUAUGACUAAAUUAGUUUUUCUUGGAGUAAUUCAUAUUCUUUUUAUUGGCAGAUUGACUAAACUGCCAACUGUGGAGAGUCGACAAGCGAACGGGGAAAAAUAGAUGAUUUGGGGAUUUAUUUCCAGGCUAGAUGCUUACAUUUAAAUUUGCAAUUUCUUGUAAUUUAUCCACUGUUCUCAAUUUAGAGAAUAAACUGACUAUGUUUACUAAAGUAUCCUGUUUUAUACAGCCCUUCUUAGUAUGUUGGUGUUUGGGCAAAAGGAAUGUAAAGAAUAUAUUGAUUUCUUCAGUAUCUGUUAUGGAGAGCUGGUCAAUACCCUUUAAUAUCUGUUAUAACAUUAUAGGCCAGGCAUAGGCAACCUUCGGCAUGCCAGAUGUUUUGGACUACACCUCCCAUGAGGCUUUGCCAGCAUUAUGAAUGUAAGAGCAUUAUGGGGGAUGUAGUCCACAGCAUCCGGAGUGCCAAAGUUUUCCUAUCCCUGUAUAGGCUGAUUACAGUCCCCUUCAAGAUCUUCAUACAUAUUUCAAAUGGAUAAAGGUGAAAUGUCUAUAAUCAGGUAGAGGGCAAAAUAAGACAUUAUAUUUUAAUCGUAACUACUAUAACCACUUCACAUCAUCACCAAACGUGCAGAAAGUACCCCGCACCCACUCUUACUGAUAAAAAAGGGCUUAUAACUGAAGAUAUUGUCACUUAUUACUGCAGCUAUGCAGCCUGCAAACCUGGCUGCAGCAGUAAAAUCUAGUCCGUUCCCCCAUUGCUAUUCAAGCGUCUGGUCUGUCUGGAGUCUGUCAGCUGCAGUGUUUGCUUGUGCCAUGUGAUACAAUUUUUCAAGUAUUUUUUUUUUACAUUUUUUUAUUUUAAUUAAAGUAAAUUUUGCAUAUUUAUUUUUGAACUUUAUAUAUGAUGAACUAACAAUUUGAUUCUGCUUAUUGUCUCUUUAAAACAUAUUCGUCAUGUUUUAUUUUCUAGCAAAAUGAAAUGCCUUCUCUUUUAUAGGGUUCUGUUUUAAACCUAUUGUUGUGUACAGCGGUAUUUACUUUGUAUUGUUUUUACGAGUAUCUCUUCCUGUUUGCAAUAUCACAUGGCUAACUAGCUGUCCCUGCUGUGUAACUUGAUUGAUGGCUAAGGUCACCGUGAGCGCACACAGCUAUACAUUUAGUUUUCAGAAUGUACCCAUAUUUCCUUACCAAAGCAUUCAUUUAAAAAACUGCCAAAUCCAAAAUGUGCUUGUUUCCACAAAGGUUACUGGCGAUUAACGCACACCAAAACUUUUCCAUUUUCACCUAAUGUGCCAUUAUCUGCUACUUACACUGAUCAGCCAUGACAUUAAAACCACUGACAGGUGAUGUGAAUAGCAUUGAUUAUAUCGUUACAAAGGCAUCUGUCACGGGGUGGGAUAUAUUAUGCAGCAAAUGAAGUCAGUUCUUGAAUUCCAUGUGUUGGAAGCCGGAAAAAUGGGCAAGUGAAAAUAUCUGAGUGACUUUGACAAGGUCCAAAUAGUGAUGGCUAAACGACUGGGUCAGAGCAUCGCCAAAACAGCUAGUCUUGGGGGUGUAACUUACCAUAUGUGGUGCAAAAUAGGACAGCCGGUGAACCGACAUCAGGGUCAUGGAUGCCCAGUUAGAUCAGCUCUAUGUGAAACUAUGUGAAACGUGUAGGAAACAUUUUUCUUGUUGGGUAGUAUCAAUGUUACUAUUUUCAUACAGAUUUUGGUAAAAGUGAAGGUGCAACUCAUGCUUCGUAAAAAUCUACUUAUUUCAGUCCCAGUCUUAGCAUUAGGUGAGCAUUCUGCAUGGAAGACGUGCUCAUUAACUCAUACGUACAGUGUAAGUAACGCACUGAUAGCCAGUGAGUGAUUACUGGUGUAACGGACCGUUGUGCACACAAGAGGUUAAAAACAGUUUAGGCGAUAUUCCCCUUUUCAGAUGCACAGACAGCUACUGCAAUCACCAAUCUCCCGAACUGCAAACACAUGAAUUCACCAAUCUCCCGAACUGCAAACACAUGAAUUCACCAAUCUCCCGAACUGGAACCAGGGGAAUGCUCCAAACUCCCGAACAGGAAACACACGAAUGCUGUAAACAGCCGAACAGGAAAAAACAUAUGAACAGUUUACACUCCUGGCAAUUGCACUGUAACAGCGUACAAUCCAAUUCCCCCCAAGAACGAGACAACACUUCGUUUGAGGGUCAAGAAGAACUGAUUUACUGGGGCUACCUGCCUGGCUUUUAUGCAGGUCUCCCACCUGGUGGACACUCCCCUAGGGGACCAGAUGGAAGACUGGGAAACAUAUUGGACAUUGACCAAUCACAAGCUUACAAUCCCACAAUGCAUCACAAUCCCUCCUAUCUGUCCUGGAGAUAAUUGGGAAGUAAUCCAAUAAUCUCCAAGGACAGAGGAAAAACUCCAUUAACCACAUGGCAGACAAAGGUCAAUAAAAGACAUAAAAAUACAUACUGUUACAUUCAUCACAUAGAACAUACACAUUCUACCUGUCCCCAGAUAGCUUAGAUCUGAGCGCACAUUAUUACCGGAUGGCGCUCAGAUCACAUACAUACAGUUCAAUCGCCAUGGAGCCAAAGUCUUUCAUACAGUCUUUCAGUAUACGGCUGGGGUAGCAUGGUUUAAACAUAAAGUACCGAAUGGACCGUUGUUCUGAUAAUUGAUUGCAGGUAGGAGAAGGGAGGUUGGCGGAUCAGCUGUGUUCGUGACUUUAACAGUCCACAGAAAGGCACGAACCAGCCUUUCUGCAGGGAAAAAGAACAGUGUUAAACAUGGGGCCAAAGUCCAGCGGCAGGAGGCGGGCGACCAGGCUCCUCCAGUGGCCAGUGGUGAGGUUGGUUCCGCCACAACUGGCAACUGAGAUAUAUUACUGAUUACUGGCACCCAGGAAAAGUAAAACACUUCAGACAGACAGCAAAGAUGUAAACCUAACGAGCUCUGGGAUCUCAAUCUGUGUUGUGAUCACAUUUACACUAUGCAGAUCAACCGUGGUUUAUCUCACAGGUUUAGUCUCUCUUCAUUUAGAAAUGUCUAUGUUUCUGUUUUGAGCUUUCCUGAUUAGAUUGGGUUUGUCUUCAUCAUGUCUCUAGAAUCAUUAUACCGCCUCAUGCAAAACCGUGGAAAGUCCAGUAAGCCGGAUUCUCCCCUCUUCUUACACCCCCCACCCAGUUAUCUGAUAUAAUGUACAAUGGGCAGAGAUAGUAAAAAAAUUGUAAAGUGAAAAAUAAAAUAAAGGAAAAGUGAUACAAAUCAUGAUUUGAAUUCCAUUGGAUAGUUUCCAUUAUCUGUAAUAUCUCCUUAAGAAACAUUGUAACAGUUGUAUUAUCCUCUUAAAGUAACACUAUAGGGUCAGGAACAACAGUGGAUUGCUGACACUAUAGUGUUAGAAACACUAUUUAGCCACCUGGCCCCCCUUAUCCUCUUUAGAUACAGUGAAAACUCACCUAAUUCCAGCACCACAUGGCUCCAUAGGGAAGCAUUGGAUUGGCUGAGAUCUUCCAUUCUGAUGAAUCAAUGCAUCUCUAUGGGAAAUGUUCAGCACCUCCAUGCAGAGCGUAGAGACGCUGAACAUCAGCGAUGCACACCCAAGAAGCACUGCUAGUGGCCAUCAAGGAGACUGCCACCGAAUGUGUCCCUAGGCAGCAAUGUAAAGACUGCCUUUUCUCUGAAAAGACUGUGUUUACAGCAAAAAGCCUGCAGGGACUGACUAUAUACCCCAGGGCAGCUACAUUAAGCUGUAGUUGUUCUGGUGACUACAGUGUCCCUUUAACAAAGUUAGUUUCUAUGCAACUCCAGCAAACAGAGUUCAAGAUGUUUAUCUCCUGGGCCCAUACAAAGCACACAAGCGGUUUGAAAUGGUCAUGGUGUCUGGAGUCUAUAUGUGCAGUAUUUCACUGGGAAACAUUGCAUAUACAUUUAAACCCCUUUUCUGCUGGAGGUGAAACUCCACCACCGGUGCAAGGUAUUUAGGGUGUCAUCAUAAUUCUAAUUCUAUGCAGGUUUCUAUAUACAGAGUUCCAUUCGUGGUCUGAGAUGGGUCAGCUGACACUCUGAGUAAAUGAAUGGCAAUUGGCUUCUGGCUUCUACAGAUCUAUAGAAACUGAUCUUGUUACCAGUGGGGUAUCUCAGGGAUCUGUACUUGGACCCAUUCUCUUUAAUAUUUUUAUUACUGAUAUUGCAGAAGGUCUUGAUGGUAAGGUAUGUCUUUUUGCUGAUGGUACUAAGAUAUGUAACAGAUGUUCCAGGAGGGGUAAGCCAAAUGGCAAAUGAUUUAAGUAAACUAGAAAAAUGGUCAGAGUUGUGGCAACUGACAUUUAAUGUGGAUAAGGGAAAAAUAAUGCAUCUUGGAUAUAAAAACCCAAGGGCAGAGUACAGAAUAUUUGAUAGAGUCCUAACCUCAACAUCUGAGGAAAGGUAUUUAAGGGUGAUUAUUUCUGAUGAUUAUUUCUGAUGAUUUAAAGGUAGGCAAACAAUGCAAUAGAGCAGCUGGAAAUGCUAGCAGAAUGCUUGGUUGUAUAGGGAGAGGUAUUAGUAGUAGAAAGAGGGAAGUGCUCAUGCCAUUGUACAGAACACUGGUGAGACCUCAUUUGGAGUAUUGUACGCAGUACUGGAGACCGUAUCUCCAGAAGGAUAUUGAUACUUUGGAGAGAGUUCAGAGAAGGGCUACUAAACUGGUUCAUGGAUUGUAGGGUAAAACUUACCAGGAAAGGUUAAAGAAACUUAACAUGUAUAGCUUGGAGGAAAGACGAGACAGGGGGGAUAUGAUAGAAACAUUUAAAUACAUAAAGGGAAUCAACACAGUAAAGGAGGAGGAGACUAUAUUUAAAAGAAUCAAAACUACCACAACAAGAGGACAUAGUCUUAAAUUAGAGGGGCAAAGGUUUAAUAAUAAUAUCAGGAAGUAUUACUUUACUGAGAGGGUAGUGGAUGCAUGGAAUAGCCUUCCAGUAAAGGAGUUUAACCCCUUAAGGACACAUGACAUGUGUGACAUGUCAUGAUACCCUUUUAUUCCAGAAGUUUGGUCCUUAAGGGGUUAAACAUGCGUGGGAUAGGCAUAAGGCUAUCCUAACUAUAAGAUAAGGCCAGGGACUAAUGAAAGUAUUUAGAACAUUGGGCAGACUAGAUGUGCCUAAUGGUUCUUAUCUGCAUUCACAGUCUAUGCUCAUCACGAGCCACUGGCCCACAUGACCAAUAGCUGCCACUUCUGUUGAAGCCAAGGUAAAAUAGAUAGAAGGAUUUAUAUGGAUAUUCUCACCCAACGAUCUGCAGAAAAACCCAUGCAAUGACAGCAAGCAGUGUUUUGUAGUGUUCUGCCAUCCUGUUCAGAUGAUCAUGUGCUCGCUAUAGCUUUCAUCUUGCUCUUCAUAGUAGAUCGGACUGGACCUUUCGCACAGUGAAAGGCUGUUCAAUGACCCACCUUCCACAUGCUAAUGUUUGGUCCAACAGCUGCUCAUGUGGAGUGUGCCAAGUUUAUCGAGUCUACAUGGUUUUCGGCACUAAAUAAUAUCUCUUCCACAUUUCGAGUGUUUUGCUGACUAAUGUGAAUGCUGACUUGCAGACGUAGAGUGGAUCUUUAUCCUAGCACGCAACAUGUAGUCUCUUAGUCUGGAGUAUUUUCUGGAGUGUUUCUUUGGCAGACCCAAGUGUAUUUUGCUAGAAUGUUCUGCAUGAUCUGGACUGUAAUAAUGACUCAUCUAGGAAUAUUCUACUACUGUGACUACUGCACUGCCACACCAGCAUGUUUUCUUCCCGUGGUUAAUAAGGCAGCACCUGGUCCACGAUAACAGGUAUCAGUUUGUUGUCCUUAUAUUAGAUGUACCAUUUGCCUUGGCAUAUAUGGACAACUUGCCACCUGUAACUCCAGUCACUUCACCCAGCCAGAAUUAUAGAAGAUUUUUUGUUAAACUUUUGUGGAAGACUGACUUAUGAUAUUUGAAGCUAUACGUCUUCCCAGUAAGUGGUCUUUUUGCACAGAUUAUAUUUUGACACUAGUAACAUUUUGUCUUUUGUGGAUGUCGUGACCCACUGGACCAAGUCACUGCUUCCAAGUAGCAAAUCUCUAUCUGCAGUUCUGUCACAGUACUGCAAAUCACGCUAGAAUGAUUUCCUUUGUUUGCUUGCGUCUAUUCUUCUUCAAUGAUUCCCGCAGGCAAUUGCACGCUAAUGAUCUCAAUUAACUUGAUACGCCAAUCUUUUUUCUUUUGACAAAAGCAAUGAGAAGAAAAUAGCACCAAUUUAUUUCCAGAUGUAAUACUAAUUUUUUUUCUGGAUGAUAUGUAAAUAGGUUAGAAAGGAAAAUAGGCAACCGUCAGUGUGUGGAGAAGGAACUAACAUAGAAUUUAUGCAGUAGAAGAAGACAUUCAUUCAAGGAAGGAUACUCUGAAUAUGAGUAUUCAUAGUACUGGUAGACUGCAAGAUAGUAUCACAACAGUUACAAAAUAUCAGCGGUGAUGUGGAUUAAGAUAUUUUUUUAAAUAUCCAUUGUAAAAUUGAAGAUCAAUCCAGGAAAAGAUUGCCAGAAGAAAAAGAAAGACAGAGCCAAAAAUUAGGUACACUAAAGAAACGGGGGGUAACCCCAAGUAGGAAAUAUCAGAAAGAAGGGUGGUGUACCUACACAGUCUGAAAUUGGAGUCAAAGAUGCAUGACUUAUUGUUAAAUCUCAGAAAUAACGGACUGAUCACUGCCAGACAUUGUACUGGAUUAAUAAAAUGCCUCAAUCAGAAGGCAAAAAAUAAAUACAUUUUAUUAAACAAAAACCUUAUGACAAGGAUAAUGUGUAAUGAAUGUGCCUGUGUACAAACGAUUAACAAAUAAUGGGUAUUAGAAAUCUAUACCCUGUUAAAAAAAUACCUAGUGGUAUGAAAAAAUCACAAUGUAAGCUAUGGUAUAUUCUAUAAUUGUAUGCAACAACCGCUAACAAAAAUCUAGGAUAUGGUCUCUAAUUAUGUGCGACAGCCGCUCACAAAAAUAAAUGAACUGUCAAGACUAUCUAGUCUAACUAACAAUUUGUUGCCAAAAAAAACAGGACUGAUAAGGACUGCACAGGUAGAUUGGCAAGUGUGGCGUCCUAACAGUAAAAUAAAUCGAUAAGAAAAUGAGCUGCUGGAUGUAAAACUAGCAAAAUGAUCUAUUAGUCACUAAGUUUAUAUAUCUCUUAGUGUUCUCCUUAAUGUUCAUUAGAUUCAGCAUACAACGUGCUCCAACAUUGGAAGCAAUAUAUCUCUUACUACAGCUCAAAUCACUGUUGGGGAACGCCAGACCAGAGUUAUACUUGGUGAAACUGGUCGGUCUGUAGAUUAAUGCGGAAGGGGGAUAAGUAUUAGUGGGUCCUAUAGUUAGGAUCACUAAAUGCAAAGUUCUAAGAGUUUCUAAUAGUGCUGCUCCUACAGAUGAACUAAAUACGAAAACCUUAUCAGGGUAAUGACAGCUGCAUAGUAAAGUAUCUAUGCUAAAAACUUCUAACACUAUAAAUCCCCCUGUGCCUUCAAGGGCACCUGCUGCUUGUCCCCCUAGGCUAGUGCCGCUAAGGUGGUGGCAAAAAAUAGAAUUAAAUAAUAAAAUGAUAACGAAGUAAGCUAAUCAAUUCAGUGGCUCGGUUGCAAGUGUGCCACUGAAUUGAUUAGCUUACUUCUUUAUCAUUUUAUUAUUUAAUUUUAUAGUGUUAGGAGUUUUUAGCACAGAUACUUUACUAUGCAGCUGUAAUUACCCUGAUAAGGUUUUCGUAUUUAGUUAAUCUGUAAGAGCAGCACUAUUAGAAACACUUAGAACUUUGUAAUUAGUGAUCCUAACUAUAGGACCCACUACUACUUAUCCCACUUCCGCAUUAAUCUAUAGACCGACCACUUUCACUAAGUAUAACUCUGGUCUGGCGUUCCCCAACAGUGAUUUGAGCUUUAGUAAGAGAUAUAUUGCUUCCAAUGGUGGAGCACUUUGUAUGCUGAAUCUAAUGAACAUUAAAGGACCACUAUAGUGCCAGGAAAACAUACUUGUUUUCCUGGCACUAUAGUGCCCUGAGGGUGCCCCCACCCUCAGGGACCCCCUCCCACCGGGCUCCCACUUACCUCUUUCUCCAGCGCCGGGCGGGGAGCUCUCCUCCUCUUCGGCUGAAUGCUCAUGCGCGGCAGGAGCCGCGCACGCAUUCAGCCGGUCUCAUAGGAAAGCUUUCCUAUGGACGCUUGCGUCUUCUCACUGUGAUUUUCACAGUGAGAAGCACGCAAGCAAGCGCCUCUAGCGGCUGUCAAGAGACAGCCACUAGAGGCUGGAUUAACCUAUUUAUAAACAUAGCAUUUUCUCUGAAAAUAAUCAGUGGGGUAAUAGCUUCUUGAUCCAAAGAGAUUCCAUUCUGGAGUCAAGAUAGAAUUGUUCCUAGUUUUUUGUCUUCUUUUAGAUCAACAGCAAAAACAAAUGUGAGAGAGGCUGAACCUGAUGAACACGUGUCUCUUUUCAGCUAUGUAACUCUAUAAACUAUUUAAAUGUAAUUAUUAUCUAAAUGUGGCUUUCGCCCUUGGUUUAUUCUAUUUUCCAGUUCUAGUUUUUUCUAUCCUGUUUAUGAUGAAAAAAACUUAUAAACAUUAAAAUUACCAAAAAAUAGACUCUACCAUGUGGUUAUGUAAAUGGUUAGUAAAUGCACUAUUUGUGUCAUAAGAUAUAUAUAUAUGGUAAAGAUGUCUUAAAAGGAAGGCUUAGCUCUUAAAGACACACUAAGCACCAUAAUCACUAUAGCAAUGGAGAAUAAACCAUAGUGAUUUUUUGGCUUUUGAAAAUUGUACACUGAAAAUGUAGCUGGAGCAUGACUCCAUCCAUCUUGCUUGGAAUGACAGAGCUCCUGUACUCCGACCUAGUACCUCAGCCCAAUCUGCUUCCUAGCCAUUGUGGAGGUAGCCUGGAACGCUUUGGGCCCAGUCGCCAAAGUUUGACUGGGGUCUCUCCGGAACUCUUCCCCCGACCUGACUCUUCUUCCAGGCAGGUAUCGUCCCCUCUGCCUAUUCCUCUGCAUCUCUGCUUAUAGUUAUUGCUAUUGCCUUUACAAUUGCAGCUCUCAGGCCUAACUCUCUCGAUUUAUCCCAAGGCUAGAGGGAUUGUGCAAGCAGCCAACAGGUCCGAAGACUCUGUCACUGGGAUCCCUAAAAAUCCACACAGGACACACAGUUCCAAAAGGAACACACAUACAAUGCUCUAUUUUUAAGAAGAGCCUGGCCUUCAAGCCUCUCCAAAAGGCCACAACAUAGGAGUUUCUGUCACACUUGGUACUGAGGGAAGCUGCAAAUUAGAAUUAUGUUAUAUAGGGUUAAUGAUGGACUUGCCAAAUUGUCUUCUAUUUUUCUAGAGAAAAGACUCAUGGGUGAAUAAAAUAGAACUAGGAGCUUAGACUUCAUAAGCUUCAUUAAUACAUGUUCUGUAAUCAAGUGAUUUUUCCCUACAAUUUAUUUUGCAUUUUUCCCCAUUACUUUUUAUAUAGUGUAUUCCAUUCAUUAUUAGUACUAUGUAUAUUAUUUGGCAGCCAUGUUCUGUCCUCCUCUGUCCUCAUGCAACAUUUCAAUUUUGCCAUGGAAACAUUGCGCACAUUAUUGCCGCAUUUUUUAUAGUUAGUGGUGCCUAAUAGUGUAGAAAAUUUGGAGGGGAAUAUACAAAGAAAUGAAACACUUCUUUUUUUGACUCCUUUAAAAACAUUUUAAUUGUUACAGAUUUUAAACAUCCAUUUUUGGGAACACAUACUAAAUCUCCCCCUGUGUGUCAAACAGCAGGUCUCCUAUAGAUGUAACUGUGAAAUUAUCCGUGAACCUGUAAUCAAGAGAUGUCUUCUAGACCAGUGUUCUGCAACCUUUUAACACCCGUGGCCCGGCGAAAAUAGGAUACCAAUGGUAUGUGUGAGGAAUGCAGUGUAUGUGAGUGCAGGGUGCUGUGUGUGUGAGGGAUGGAGUUUGUGUGUGGGGGGAGGGUAAGGAGGUGCAGGGUAUGUAUGAGGGAUGCAGUGUGUGUGUGAGUGGUGCAGUGUGUGUGUGAAAGGGUGUGUGAUGUGUGCAGGGUAUGUGUAAGGUGUGUGUGAGGGGUGGAGUUUGCGUGUGUGGGUGAGCAAGGGGGGGAAGGAUAUGUAUGAGGGAUGCAGUGUGUGUGUGAGUGGUGCAGUGUGUGAUGGGUGCAGGGUAUGUGUAAGGUGUGUUUGAGGGGUGGAGUUUGUGUGUGUGGGGGAGCAAGGGGGUGCAGGGUAUGUAUGAGGGAUGCAGUGUGUGUGUGAGUGGUGCAGUGUGUGUGUGAAAGGGUGUGUGAUGGGUGCAGGGUAUGUGUAAGGUGUGUGUGAGGGGUGCAGGGUGUAUGACGGGGCGCUGUGUGUGUGAGUGGUGCACGGUAUGUGUGUGAGUGGUGUAUGGUAUGUGUGUGAGGUGGUAAGGUAUGUGUGUGAGGGGGUGCACGGUAUGUGUGUGAGGGGCUGCUGUGUGUGUGUGAGGGGUGCUUUUUGUGUGUGUGUGUGGUGGGGUUUCAGGGUAUGUGUGAGGGGUGCAGUAUGUGUGAAAGGAUGCAUGGUGUGUGAGGGGUGCAGUGUGUGUGAAAAGAUGCAGGGUGUGUGAGGGGUGUGUGGGCGUGAGGGGUGCAGAGUAUGUGUGAGAGGAUGCAGGGUAUGUGUGUGAGGGGGUGCUGAGUGUGUGAGGGAUCUAUAUUGUGGUGGGGGGUAAUAAGGAAGCUUUAUGCCCAUCUUCUUACCUCUGGCCUGGAAGGAGUGGACAUAUCACUGCAAUCCCUGGUAGUCCAGUGGUGGUACGUGCAGGCCAAAUUCGAUAAUUUCUUCCCGCGAGCACAGUGCUGUGUCGGAGCAUUGCCAUGAUACCGCACAGCAACGCUCCAACCUACCUGUUCGCGGUAGGAUCACAACUUCCUGGAUCCUCCUCCUGCCCUGCAGUCUCCCGGGUCCUACUUCCCUCCCUCUCCCUUAACAAACAGCCAGGAGACCAGUGAAGGAGAUCUUUGAUCUCCCCUCCAGCCCGAGAAAGGCAGACAGCAGGGCCAGCUCACCCCAGGUGAAAGCAUGGUAAAAACUUUUGCGGACCAGCAAUAAAUUCUUGCUGUCCGGCCCCGGUCCGCGGACCACCAGUUGAAGACCACUGUUCUAGACAGCUCAAUGAGCACUCUGUGUUAUUUUCCUUUAUUUUCAAGCUGUAUAAUCGAGUUGGUUGUUCUCACAGAUUGUCUGAUGAGAACAGGUUGUGUUGAAACAUAAACAAGUCUGGAUGUGUGAGAAAAUCAGGGCCGAUCAGGAAGUGAGCUUAGAUUUUAAGGACUUACUCAAAAUGAAAAGGUCACUUGACUCUCUUGAUCCGUACAAGCUGUCAUACUAAAUACCAUCUCACCCUGUGGCUUCGCCACCCUUAGGAAAAAGCAGCCUCUUUCACUGUAGACUAUCGUGACCUUACGUUUGAUGUGUGCUUGGCUGGGCUGUUUGAUGGAAAUCACAGUCUUCUAAAUGACUGUAACACUGAGCAGUAUUCACGCUGGGUUUUACUCUGAUGAAAAUUGCUCAGUGAUAUGAACCAGUCUAUAUUUUCUCUUCUUUUGUUGAGGGACGGUUUUUGUCCCCCUGUGUACUUACAAGCAGGCAACGUUCUUAACACACCAGCAAUCAAAGGGUUAUACAUAUUGCCUAGCUGUUGUAAUUUUGUCUUUUUUUUUUAUGAUUUAAAAAAAAAAUAUAUAUAUUAAAGGACCACUAAUGGCACCCAGACCGCUUCAGCUUAAUGAAGUGGUCUGAGUGCCAGGUCCAUCUAGGAUUAACCCUACCUGCUGUAAACAUAGCAGUUUCAGUGAAACUGCUAUGUUUACAUAUGGGUUAAUCCAGUCUCUAGUGGCUGUCUCAUUGACAGCCGCUAGAGGCGCUUCCGCACUUCUCACUGUGAUUUUCACAGUGAGAAGACGGCAGCGUCCAUAGGAAAGCAUUGAGAAUGCUUUCCUAUGGACUGAGUUAAUGCGUCCAAUGACGUCCAAAGGAGGAGGAGCAUGGUGCUGGAGAAAGGUAAGUGUUUAACCCCCUUCCUCCCCCUUCAGCCCAGCGGGAGUGGGACCUCAGGACACUAUAGUGCCAGGAAAACGAGUUUGUUUUCCUGGCACUAUAGUGGUCCUUUAAUGAUUUCGUGGUCCUUUAAUGGUUUCAAAAGGUAAAAUGCCUUUAUAUUCACAAAUCACUCUUCCACCCCACCUUGUGCGUAGUACAAAAUGCCCAAUAAUUGCAUCUUGCAUGUUUGACAGUGUUUGCAUCUUGCAUUUUUUAAUAGUUAUGUGCAAACUGGAAAAAGUAUCUUUCCUAAGAUCUCAUAAUGUGCAUUUGCAUAUAUCAUAUACCUGUGUACAUGGCAUUGUGUUUUAUGGUUAGGGUUAGAUAUUGAUAAAUAAACACAGUUUGUGUUAUACAGGUACGCUCUGUAGGAGGCUUCUAAACAUUUUUUCUUCCAUUUUCUGAGGUCUGGUGGCAUUUAGACUUGGAGAUUUGUUUCGAGCCAAAGUGCAUUUCGGACUAAUGUGGGCCAAUCUGGUGUUCGGAAGAAUUCUAUAAUUCCGAGCUGAAAUGUGCCAGACAUAUUGAAUAAACGAAACGCGCCAUUCUGAAUAUGUUCAGCUGGGUUUAAUAUUCUAAUUUCUGAUGAUAGUGCCUAUAAAAAAGAGAUGAUUGACGGGAAAAAAAAGAUUAAUGGGUAGGCGAAGGUCACUAAAUGUUGAUUUUAUUCACAGAUUAAGUGAAACGUGAGCAGUAGAUUGAAAAGCAGGAGUAAAAAAAUAAAUCUAUACAGUAUAUGUAUUAAUAUACAUAUGUAUUUGAUAAAUGUUCCAAUCAGUGUACUGCUACGUAUAUACAUAAUGUUGUAUGUUAUAUUAUGUAUAUAUUUUGCACACACUGAUUGGUCCAUUUUUGUACCUUUUAGGUUUGUUUUCCUGACUCGAUUCUCGAACAGACAUCUGACUAAAUUUUGUGUGUCCUGAAAAAUGUCCCAUCUCUGGAAAAAUUGAUUCCGCACAGGUGAAAUUUCUCUUUUUAACAAGUCUAAUGGCAGUGUAGAGGCCACACUCUGAUCGAUAAACGUGGAUAUAGCUAGCUGCACAUUAAGCUGCAUUGGUAGUUCUGAUGAAACCAGAGAUUUUCAAUUUACAAAUGUUCUCACACAACUUGAAUCAGCAGUUGUAACGCAUGGAAGUUGUAGAUUAGCCGUUGAUCAAUUCUGUACUGAGUAAAGACAAGGUGCUGUGACCUGGUAUUAAUUAGGAAAGUUAGUAUCUCCCUGGACUGAAAAGGAAGGGGGGCAUGACUGCAGGCCAGCAGUAAGGAGGGAUGGCUAUACUGGAUACUUUGUUGCAAUAUGGAAUAUAAAGCAGGACAGAGGAGGGGCCUUGACAGUUGCUCAGUAAAUUUAGGAUUGAGAACUUGCUAAGGGGAAAAUCAGUGGGCUCAGAUGUUUCUCUGGUUUGAUAUCUUACAUUAAAGGGACAGCUAAGUCACAUGAAGGCACCAUAACAACUACAUCUACAUGAAGUUGUUAUGGUGCCAGGAGGCCACUGGCACAUUCUUACCUCCAGGGGUUAAACAGUUUUGGAACGGUUUAACCCAGAAGUUGGCUCAAGCCUUGGAAGAGGUAGGUUUCUUUCAGCUCCAGUUUUGUGAAUGGGGAGUCAUUGAUUGGCUGAGAGUGUCAACUGAACGCUCUCAGCCAGUCAGAGGCACCCCUGCCCGGCCUUCCUGUAAGUAAAAUUUCAAAAGCCGGAUGCUGUGUGUGGGGACGGAGGGUGUGGAGAUCGGCGCUGGAGGCAACUUCUGGGUUAAGUUCUGCUGUAAGCCAAUCAUCAGAGCCCCUGCCCGGCAGCACUACCUGCUUUCUGAAACUGUGAUUUAGAUUAAGUUGUUCUGGUGACACUUUAAGGUCGUGAUCUCCGCAUUAUUUAUUGGUUGUGACAGUCAUUGUGUGUGUCUUUGUGCGUGAAUGUAUGUGUGGUGUGGGAUCUCAUAUUGUCCUGUUUCUGAUGAAGGAUUUUUGUAUUUUUUCUAAAAUUGGGUGAAUGUUUUGCUGCUAAAUGGAUUAUAAAAGUAUCUCCAAAAGCCUUGCUGUUCAUCAGUCCACGGUAAGACAAAUUUUAUAACAUGACAGGAGGCUUCGUAUUUGCAUCAACUUUCUUUACUAGCUCCAUAGCAGCAAAGAAAAAAUCAUUAAAGAAAGAACCAAUCAGAGUAGAACAGAGGAUAUAUAAGUCCCAGCGUAGCCAAUCAUUUCCUCUUUCUUUGCUGCUCCAUCACAAGUCAGGUCAGAGUACUGAUUUCUUUAAGAUUCCUGCCAGGUUUCUUUAAGAUGUUUUGACUGUAUGUUUUGGCUUAACUGUACUUUAUCUUACUGUUUUAUUUACCUAUAUGCUGUAGUGGAUUAGGGGGGCCAGGGGAAACCUGAGUGGGACUACCCUUUCCUGUCAGGGGAGCUGUGCUCCCUUUGGGGCAGGGUACUGGGCUGAGGCUCUCCUCUCCCUGCUCGUACGGACUGUUUGUCCGACUACCUCCCACCCCCCCUUCCCCACCCCUCCCUUCCUUUUCACCUAUUCCAGGGUGGCUACGCUCGCCACCCCCCCUUUUUUCUCUGCUGUCUUGCUCUGCUCGCGCUCUAGUAGAGCGAACAGGCGAGACCCUCGUCUCUCAGGGCGCCGGGCUUUCGCGGCCCGAUCCGUUCGCGCCGUCAGCUUCAAAGGCGCGAACGGGCGGACCGUUACUGCUCGCGCCCCCCUCCCAAGCCGUUCGCGGGGUUUUGCCGCGAACGCAUUUAAUUUGCGAAUGGACAGUUUCCCGAAUUACUCAAGGGAAUUCAGUCCGUUCGCGGGUUUUCUUAUGCGCACAGCGUUCGGCGGUUUCAGCCAGGCGAACGGCCGUUCGCGGCUAAUCUGCCGAACGCUGGAAGGGCUCCAUUUUCGCGGGCUUUGUGCCUGAUAGUCUCGCGAGACCCGUGCGGCCAUUUUGUGGGUUACCGGUUUCGUGGAGUGUAACACCUAUCAAGAGAAGGCUCUAGCUCUAUCAAGCUUAUUACUAAUUCUGCUGUGGUGGAAUUCGUUUGGGACCUACACAGGCUGGUGUCAUUGCCCCUGGGGAGUGGGACUGCCAGUAGGGUUUAGCCCAAUAUCCUGGCUAGGGGUGAGCCCCCAUUGAGUGCUGCAUAGCGGGAACUGUUGAAGCAGUUCCCUGUGAACCUGGGUGAGCCCCAGCGACUCGGAGUCCAGUACCACGCCACUGCGCGUUUUUUACCUUGAGUCCCUCCCGUACGGUCCCUCACCUCUCGUAGCUAUACCUGUGCCUGUUAGUGCCCACGCCAUGGAGGACACAAUUAAUACCAGUGACCUUCAAGCAAUGAUCAACGCGGCGGUAGCUGCGUCUUUGGAAAAAGCGUUAGCAAAAGCGGCUCCUGCCCCCGCUGAAUCUCAUGCGCUGUCUAACAAGCCACACCAGGCUCACGAAGACUCAGAUGAGUCGGAUGACUCCACUAGAGAAAAGAAGCGCCCGGCGAAACGCCACUGGAAGGGCGAAGCUUCCAAGCGAGCUGCCUUCAAAGGCAAGGCCCCUAUGAAGCGCGAUAAACGCACUAAUCAGAUACCUCCCGUGUACGCUGGGGAGGCCUCCUCAGAUGAGGAGCAGGACGUGCCCCACUCUCUCUCCAUUCUGGAUGAGUGGCAGGCUGAAACCUCCGACUCUGACGAAGGCGAUUGGGGCCCCAACGCCUAUGUCACCGAGACAUUUCUGGGUGAGCCCCAGCAAAAAGGAGAUGCGGAACCCCCCGCCACGGCCACGCAGGAGCAGGAAGUAUUCCUGGAUUCCACGGGCCAGAGAAUGUUUGAUCCUAGGAAGAUCCGCCACCCCCGCUCGGGUGAGUGGGCCCCUCCUGAUCAUCUCAUCCGCUUCAUGCAUUUUUGGAUCAGAAAACCUUUGGAAAAACAUAUCCGUAAGAGGAUGCGGGCAGAGUGCCCGAGACCUACCCUGCCCGAUAAGGUGGCCUAUACGCCGGAAUUUGAUCAGCUUAUGCUGACCUUUAUGGAACAAGGGGGCCGCGACCCACGGAGGGGGAUUGAGAAGAGUUUUAAGGGAGCUCAGGAUAAACUCCUAGACACAAUGGGCCCGUUGGCCCGAGUUAUGUACCUGGCGGACGAAGCAUACGCCAGAGCGGACUCCUUCACGGCAGACAUGGUACGAGAAUGGGCACAUAAUAUCCGAGAGUGGGCCCAGAGGGGCUUUUGUUUCCUCGGUAAUACAAAUGCGGCCCUCUCUACGGAGCGGCGCCGGGCAGCACUUUUUCGUAUCGACCCCAAAUUAGCUGACCUCGGGGUCAAAGAAUUGGGCCCACAGGCACAGGGCAAGCUCUUUGGUGAAGCUUUUAUGAAGGAACUGAAUAAGCACGUAAACGUCUUUACCUCCUUGAAUAGAGCCCGCACGUCCAUGCGUAAGGUCUUCCGAGGUUCCUCCGCAAAGGGUGUUUUUUCAAGGGCUGGUCGGCAGCGGGGCCGUGCCGCCAGCCGGUUCUGGCCUUCAGGCCCCCGUAUGGGCUUCCAGCACCAAUUCUUCCCUCAACAAGGCUACCAGGGCAACGGAGCCAAACAACCAUUCCCCUAUUACCAAAGGGGUUCUGACAGAGGACGGGGCGGUCGAGGACGAGGCCGUGCACGCUUCCCUACAGGUAAGAGACCACCUUUGUUUGGUACCUCAUAUAACUAUGAUUGCAGGCCGUGUUUCCCUGUUUUCCCAGAAUUGGGCGCAACUGUCCACGGACGCUUGGGUGCUACAGACCGUCCAAGGAUAUCGAAUAGAACUCCGAUCACAGCCCAUUCAAAGAUUUCCCCCUUAUCCUUUACGCCUUUCGGCUGCGGACAAUCGCCUCAUAAACGGGGAACUCCGCGAGCUUCGCAUAAAGGGCGCUAUCGAACCGGCGCACACAAGGGGAGGAUUCUUCAGCAACAUGUUCCUCGUCCGCAAGAAGACCGGGGACUUCCGGCCAGUGAUCAAUUUGAGAGGACUAAACACGUUUGUGACCUACCGCCAUUUCAAAAUGGAGGGCAUCCAUUUACUGCGGGAUCUCCUCCAAGAAAGGGAUUGGUUUACGCGGCUAGACCUCAAGGACGCUUAUCUGACAAUUCCAAUCCACAUGGACAGCCGUCCAUUUCUCCGCUUCCUCUGGAAUGGCACGCCAUGGCAGUUCACGUGCCUUCCGUUCGGACUGAGCUCGGCACCGUGGUGCUUCACAAAAAUGCUCAAACCGGUGGUAUCCCACCUCCGAACACACGGGAUCAGAUGCAUAAUUUAUCUGGACGACAUUCUCCUGUUCUGCAGAACAAGGGAACUGGCCAUCCGGCACACUAUGUAUACAGUACAACUGUUAGAAUCCUUGGGCUUCGUGGUCAACAAGGCCAAAUCCGCAAUGGUGCCUGCCCAACGAAUCCAAUUCCUGGGCUUCGAGAUCGACUCCAGGUCUUGCACCCUACAUCUCCCCUCAGCCAAAGUGACGGCUAUCAAGAAGGAGAUCCGCAGGGUUCUCAAAUUGGAUUCCAUUCCGCUCCGUCAACUGGCACGGAUUGUGGGACUCUUAUCAUCUUCAAUACAAGCCAUAUUUCCGGGACCCCUUCACUAUCGAGCGAUGCAACGGCUGAAGGCCAGCCUCCUCCGCCAAAAUCCCACAUACAACCAACCAGUACCACUGUCGGAAGAAGUAUACCAAGAACUCCAGUGGUGGCUCCACUGCAUGCAGGCCUGGAAUGGUCGGGCCAUCUUCGGCAGUCAACCGGACUUCGUCCUAGAGUCGGACGCGAGUCGCCUAGGAUGGGGCGCCACGGACGGAGAAACGUCCACAGGGGGCACGUGGACACCACAGGAAUUAUCGAUGCAUAUCAAUUGCCUCGAACUCCUAGCGGGUUCCUUUGCUAUCCGCAGCCUCACAAAAGGGCAGUCCAAUUGCUGUAUACUGUUGAGAAUGGACAAUGUAUCCGCGGUACGAUACAUCAACCGCUUGGGGGGCACCCGGUCGAGAACCCUGGUGCAUCUGACGAAGGAAAUCUUCGACUACUGCCUCCCGCACAAUAUCACACUACGGGCAGAACACCUGCCGGGGGAGACGAACCUCACGGCGGAUUGGUAUUCCCGUCAUUGGAGGGAUGCCAGCGACUGGCAACUGGACCCGCGGAUAUUCGCACACCUACAAGACCAGAAGGGACCCUUUCGACUGGACCUCUUUGCCUCACGAAACAACCGGCAGGUCCCACAAUUCUACAGCUGGCUACCGGACCCGGAUUGCUUAGCGGUAGAUGCCUUCACUCAGCACUGGCCACAUCAAGGGGCAUAUGCCUUUCCCCCUUUCGCCAUGAUUGCCAGAGUUCUCAAUCACCUUCGCAGACGGAGGGUCCGACUGACCCUGCUGACGCCACUUUGGCCGAGUCAGCCCUGGUUCCCGGACCUUCUCGAAUUGUCUUAUCAGGACCCGAUCCUCCUACCGAACAACGACAUGUUACUCAGGGACCCGACGGGGAACGCACAUCCGAUGGUGUCAGACGGCCGUCUGACCUUAGUGGCCUGGACUCUUUCAGGGGAACCUGGCGUACCGACGAAUUAUCGUCAACGGCUAAAGACCUCCUUUGGGAUUCCUGGGCCCCGGGAACACGGAGAAGCUAUCUAUCCGCAUGGAGAGCUUGGACCAGUUGGUGCGUGGGACGGGACUUGGAUCCCUUUACAGCCCCUGUUUCCGAUAUCAUGAAUUUUCUCUCAACCCUAUUCGAGGACGGGAAGUCGUACCGCACCAUAAAUGUCACGAGAUCAGCUAUCUCGGCAGCGCACGUGCCGUUUCAAGGAAGGGCAGUUGGACAGGAUCCGCUAAUAUGCCGCCUGCUACGGGGCAUCAAACUAAGGAGACCGCCAGCACCUAAAUAUCAACAUCUCUGGGACGUGGAGAUAGUCCUUCGUUUUCUCAGGGACUGGCCUCCCAACGAACAGCUGUCAUUGAAACAACUGACGGCGAAGUUCACCUUCCUGUUGUGCAUGGUGUCCUUCCGGAGAGUGGCUGACGUUCGGACUUUCGAUAAGGACGCUUUCUCCAUUGGACCCGAAGGAGUCACGUUUCACAUAUCUCAGCGUAACAAAUCCAAUACAACAUCAGUGUUCUAUCCGUUUUUCAAUUCGGAUCCCCAGCUAUGCGUGGUCCGGACCCUCCGAGCCUACGUGUCGGCAACGGAAGGCUUACGCUCACCGUCCGCACGACAACUCUUGGUAUCAUAUGUGACUCCACACGGCCCGGUCUCGGUCAUCACAUUGGCCAGAUGGGUCAGGUGGAUCCUGGCUCUAGCUGGGGUGGAGGCCUCAUUUGGCGCACACUCCGUUCGAGGGGCAGCGGCAUCAUCGGCAUUUUUAGCAGGCGCCUCUCUGGCGGAUAUCCUACACACGGCAGAUUGGUCCCGGGAAUCUACCUUUCGGACCUUCUAUUUUCGCCCGUCAUCCAAUGCCGCUUUCGCUCUUCUACCUAAGCGUUAAAACUGCAAAUACGAAGCCUCCUGUCAUGUUAUAAAAUUGAAGAUUAUGCUAGCGCAGUGUACUAAUAAUCUUAAUUUUAAUUAUGACAGGAGGCGAGUAUUUCCCACCCUUUCUUUCUCAUAGAAGUUCCCGCCCAGAUGGAGGUAAGUAGUUGGUGGGAGUAGUUUGGUUGUAUAUCGGGACUUACUUACUUGAAUUAGCUUGUUAUGCUGUUAUAUGUAUUAUAAACUAUUAGACUAGUUGGUAUGGUGAAUUUUAAGAUGUCUUAUUGACUAGUUGAUUCGUUACAGAUAAUUGGUUUUCUUUGGUCAGUCCCGUAUCAUUGAUACUACUCUCCCUCUCUUUUCAGUUUGACAAACCACAAGGAUGAUGGGAAGGCUGAAGAGGCCAUUGUUAUGACCAUGUUGGAUUUCGUUAUGACGGUUGGAAUAAAGUUACUAAGGACUUAUUACUACAUUUGGAUCUUGUGAUGUCGCAGUAGUCAAGAGGAAAUGAUUGGCUACGCUGGGACUUAUAUAUCCUCUGUUCUACUCUGAUUGGUUCUUUCUUUAAUGAUUUUUUCUUUGCUGCUAUGGAGCUAGUAAAGAAAGUUGAUGCAAAUACUCGCCUCCUGUCAUUAUUAAAAUUAAGAUUAUUAGUACACUGCGCUAGCAUAAUCUUCAAUUGUCUAUAAAUGGAGAAAGGUCAUGACAGGCGCACAGUCGGAUUUGCCGGCAUAUACGCUAACCUUACCCCAACCCCCAUUAAAACACGGACACAGGUUAUACUGUUGGAAAUAAUUUGUCCACAGCUUUAUUAAAUUAUUAAUAAAUAAUUAAGGAAUAACAAAUGGGGUCAUUGCCAAAAAAUCUUAAUAAUGUUAACCUCCCCCAUAUACAUAACAUACCCCUAGCAAUGACCCCACAAUAAUAACAAUAGAUAACAAUAUAAAUAACAUGUUAACACAGAAACUGGCCGUCCAAUUUGACCACAUUUCCACCAGGUUAAAUUGUAGGGGUGUACCGAGACACCGCUACCCACCAUAUCCAUUGUAGGGGUGUACCAAGACACCGCUACCCACCAUAUCCAUUGUAGGGGUGUACCAAGACACCGCUACCCACCAGUUCCAGUGUAGGGUGUACCAAGACACCACCACACCCCCAGGUUCGGAGCCACCGACGGGCUCGAACCUACCAACCACGUGCAACACUGCCCAAUCCACACUAAACCUCAGGAUGCCCACUUUCUCCUCCAUCUACCCUCCGAUUUAACCAGGCCAUUCCCCGCCGCUGUGAAAAAACGGGAAAUCAACUAACCUAACCAAAUACAGGGAGGGUGGGAGGGACAACUGACAGGUAAGCUUAGGUUCAGUUAAAAUGGCCACUUCAUAUAAUGGCUGGUAUAAAUACUCCCCUUAUGGCUCCGCCCUACCCAGCAUGCUGGCUGUCACUAAAUUCCUGUGGCUGCUAUGCCUACCUCCUGGCUCUGUCAAGGCCUAUUCCUCUUAGCUGCGCUGAUCCAUGGGCUACAUGACAGGCGCACAGUCGGAUUUGCCGGCAUAUGCGCUAACCUUACCCCAACCCCCAUUAAAACACGGACACAGGUUAUACUGUUGGAAAUAAUUUGUCCACAGCUUUAUUAAAUUAUUAAUAAAUAAUUAAGGAAUAACAAAUGGGGUCAUUGCCAACAAAUCUUAAUAAUGUUAACCUCCCCCAUAUACAUAACAUACCCCUAGCAAUGACCCCACAAUAAUAACAAUAGAUAACAAUAUAAAUAACAUGUUAACACAGAAACUGGCCGUCCAAUUUGACCACAUUUCCACCAGGUUAAAUUGUAGGGGUGUACCGAGACACCGCUACCCACCAUAUCCAUUGUAGGGGUGUACCAAGACACCGCUACCCACCAUAUCCAUUGUAGGGGUGUACCAAGACACCGCUACCCACCAUAUCCAUUGUAGGGGUGUACCAAGACACCGCUACCCACCAGUUCCAGUGUAGGGUGUACCAAGACACCACCACACCCCCAGGUUCGGAGCCACCGACGGGCUCGAACCUACCAACCACGUGCAACACUGCCCAAUCCACACUAAACCUCAGGAUGCCCACUUUCUCCUCCAUCUACCCUCCGAUUUAACCAGGCCAUUCCCCGCCACAGCUCAGGACUUGACACCUAAAGCUCCUGAGCGACCCCCACCACACCGGAAUAAGGCCUGUUGAAUGCCUUCCUGAAGGCCCAAUUUAAACAGAUCACACCUUACAUCCGAAAAUGUACCCCAUCCCACCUGGAGUACCCAGGGAGCUUUCCUCCCAAUUCGUUGUGUCUCACUGUUACACCGCCCCCACAUCUGAUAAAUACCGCCAUCAAUUUUUUAUUAAGUCGUCCUCGACACCGAGCUACCACGGCCGGGUACGUAGUAUGUCUCCAAUUAGGGAUCGACCGAUAUUGAUUUUUUAGAGCCGAUACCGAUACCGAUAUUCUGUGAACUUUCAGGCCGAUAGCCGAUAUAAUUUGCCGAUAUUCUGUACAUUUACCAUUUUGGAAAAUAAAAACUAUUUCUAAAGGUAAAUGCACAAAAUAUACAUGCAAUGUGCAGUGGAUGCAGUGUGACAGGGGAGCUGUGUGUGUUUGUGUAGUGUGUGUAGUGGAUGCAGUGUGUGUUUGUGUAGUGUGUGUGUUGUGGAUGCAGUGUGUGGAGGAUGCAAUGUGUGUUUGUGUAGGGGAUGCAGUGUGUAUUAGUGUAGUGUGUAUAUAAUGAAAGCAGAGUGUGUGGGUAGUGUGCGUAAAGUGAAUGCUGUAUAUACUAAAUUCAAAGUGUGUGUGUAUAUAAUGAAUGCAGAGUGUGUGUUUAUUUGUGUAGUGUGUUUAUAUAAUGCAGAGUGUGUGUAUAUAAUGCAGUGUGUUUGUGUAGUGUGCAUUAUAUAAACACACUACACAAACACUGCAUUAUAUAAACACUACACAAACACACACACUGCAUUAUAUAACACACUACACAAACACACACUGCACAAACACACUACACAAACACACACUGCAUUAUAUAAACACACUACACAAACACACACUGCAUUAUAUAAACACACUACACAAACACACACUGCAUUAUAUAAACACACACUAUACAAACACACACACUGCAUUAUAUACACACACUAUACAAACACACUGAAUUAUAUACACACACUACACAAACACACACUGCAUUAUACACACACACUAUACAAACACACACACUGCAUUAUAUACACACACACUAUACAAACACACUGAAUUAUAUACACACUAUACAAACACACACUGCAUUAUAUACACACACUACACAAACACAGACUGCAUUAUACACACACUGCAUUAUAUACACACACACACUAUACAAACACACUGAAUUAUAUACACACACACUAUACAAACACACACUGCAUUAUAUAAACACACUACACAAACACACACUGCAUUAUACACACACACUAUACAAACACACACACUGCAUUAUAUACACACACUAUACAAACACUGAAUUAUAUACACACACUAUACAAACACACACUGCAUUAUAUAAACACACUACACAAACACAGACUGCAUUAUACACACACACACUAUACAAACACACACACUGCAUUUAUAUACACACACUAUACAAACACACACUGCAUUAUACACACACUACACAAACACACACUGCAUUAUACACACACACUACACAAACACACAUAUACACACACUAUACAAACACACACUGCAUUAUAUACACACACUAUACAAACACACUGAAUUAUAUACACACACUAUACAAACACACACUGCAUUAUAUAAACACACUACACAAACACACACUGCAUUAUACACACACACUAUACAAACACACACACACUGCAUUAUAUACACACACACUAUACAAACACACUGAAUUAUAUACAUACACUAUACAAACACACACUGCAUUAUAUAAACACACUAUACAAACACACACUGCAUUAUAUAAACACUACACAAACACACACUGCAUUAUAUAAACACACUACACAAACACUGCAUUAUAUACACAGUGUGUUUGUAUAGUGUGUGUAUAUAAUGCAGUGUAUUUGUGUGCAUUGUAUUCAAACACACACACACACUAUACAAACACACACUGUAUUAUAUACACAGUGUGUUUGUGUAGUGUAUGUGUAUAUAAUGCAGUGUGUGAGGGGCAUUUUUUAUUAAAUUAUUUAAAAAAAAAAGUAUAAUUAAUUCUUAUUUAUUUUUGUUGUCCCCCCUCCCUGCUUGUUACCUGGCCAGGGAGGGGGGAUAUGACAGUCCCUGGUGGUAUUGGCUGAGCUGGGGGGGCGGAGAGCAUGCGCUUACUCACCUCCCAGCAGCUCCUCCAGCUCCCCAAUGCAACUCUCGCGGCCAGCGUGUCGCGCGGAGCGUUGCCAUGGUGAUCCAUGGCAACGCUCGGAAGGCCGCGGGUCUCGCGAGAGUUGCAUUGGGUAGCUGGAGGAACUGCUGGGAGGUGAGUAAGCGCUUGCUCUCCGCCCCCCCAGGACCGCCGGGUUUGUAAUGAGCCCGGCGGUCCUAGGAGGUAUUAUCGGCAAUAUCGGUAUCUGAAUUGGCCGAUACCGAUAUUGCCGAGAAUACCGAAUAUCGGCCGAUUAUAUCGGUAAAACCGAUAAUCGGUCGAUCCCUAUCUCCAAUGUAACCAAGGAACCAUCUCGGACCGCACCACCACCACACCCGUGGCCAGCUCCCAUAGCUGGUCCACCUCCCUCUGCCUCCACCUGAUCAAUUCCUUUUCCGGGACCAUACCAAUAUCCAGAAUGUCCUGGAAAGUACCCCUUGUUACCUCCCGGAAAAAUUUCUCCCCUAAUGUCUUGCCACCAAAAUCCCUGAAAAACAAAACCACUCCUGCUCCACCAAUUUCAAAGGAAAGCCCAGUUACGUUUGAACUGAAACGCAGCUCCCAUCUGUGCCCCUUAGAUAUAAGAAUGACCCACCAACCAUGUCACCAAACCUGAAACGAAAGUAAUUAGCGACACGGCAUAGCCCCAAACACAAACCCAUACGUCCAUAGCCAUUAAACCAAAUAGACUGGCCUGAAACAGGACUUAAACCGUACUGACUCCCACCUGCCUAAACGUUUCCCUAGGUCCUCACUUAAAACCAGGUGGGGUGCCUCUGUUACCGCCAUCAUGGGAAGAAUGGGUCCCAAAGUGCCCGGGAUCCAAACCCAACAUUGUCAAACCCCUUCGAACAAACACCUGCGGGAAUUGAAUCGUGACAGCACCAAUCUGUCCCCUUUUACCAGUAAGCCACCCGGGAUGUCCGGGCAAAGCUCCAAGUAGCAUGAUGCGCUUAACACCGGGCGUACCCCUGACCCCGGCAGGGAAUAUAGCUUUACCAAACCUCCUUUACCAGACACAUUCGUUCUUGAACAACCCUACUGAAUCGUUACCUUAACCGACUAAGGUUCGACAACCAAGUGUAGAACUCCCCAACACCUGCCCGAAGGCACUCACCAGUUCCCCAAUCCAAAUUGCCCCAAGCCUCCGAAAAGGCCACCGCAAGCAAACUCACUGCAAAAGUAGGGUAAUACACCACCAGGCGUUGCGUUACCCAAGGAAACCCGCCACCGACAUAUUUCAUAUCUCUCCGUAAGACCCGCGAUGCCUGACGGACGUGACAACGUUCCGUCACUUCCUCCCAAUCAGUCAGUUUAAACCCUAACGACAAUGCCACCAUGCUCCUGUCCAUUGCUGAUGGAGCUAACGCUGAACAAACAAACGGCUUAGGAACCACAGCAAGGUAUCCCUUCGCCCCUCCUUUGACUGGGCCCCCACAGUGAAACCAACCGCCUUGUCCCACAUAUCUCAAACGUUCACAUAGGCAGUCCCUGUGCCCGGUGCCAUAGGAUUCUGUAUCGAUCCUCCAAGCAUGGCGUCUCGAGCUGCCACAUUUCCUCCAGACUGGACAGUCCCUCCUCCCGCGCCCCCUGGGGCCGCCAUUCGCAGCUUGUCCCCUUGUGCGCGAGCCAAGUAACCAGCCCUACCUUCCGCCAACCAGGCACGUGGCGUGCCUGCACCCGAUACCUGAACAGUGAUACGAAUCGCCGCCAUCGGCGUACCUCCUGAACCGAGGACCCGGCUGGAUGGUAAACCACACGAACCCCGCCGUAUUGUGCGUGAAUUAUGACUUUUCAUCCCUUAAUCCUUCACCUUUUAGAGCCACAGCCACUCCCAAUUGAAAUAACUCAAAAGAUGCCAACGUCGAAUAAGAAGACUUACCUUUCAUGCCUCCCACCACCGCUCUGCUCACCACCUGCCUUCCAGGUAUGCCCCGGAAUCUAUGUUCCCAGAGGUAUCUGUGAACAACUCGAUACCACCCGCAAAGGCUCCCCAAGUAGCCUUCGCCAUGAAAUGGCUACCGACCCAGUCCUCGCGACAAACCCGACAUGCAACUUGAAACUGCCUUAUGAACAACUGCGAUUUCUCAGUGACCUUCUUGGACCUGCGAACCUUCAGCCUGUCGGUGGCACUAAAUUCCUGUGGCUGCUAUGCCUACCUCCUGGCUCUGUCAAGGCCUAUUCCUCUUAGCUGCGCUGAUCCAUGGGCUACAGCACUGCUGCUACUCUCCCUAGGAGUGGCCGUCCUGUAAGAUGACUGCAAGAGCACAGCGCAGACUGCUCAAUGAGGUGAAGAAGAAUCCUAGAGUGUCAGCUAAAGACUUACAAAAGUCACUGGCAAAUGCUAACAUCCCUUUUAGCGAAUCUACAAUACGUAAAACACUAAACAAGAAUGGAUUUCAUGGGAGGAUACCACAGAGGAAGCCACUGGUGUCCAAACAAAACAUUGCUGCACGUUUACAGUUUGCACAAGAGCACCUGGAUGUUCCACAGCAGUACUGGCAAAAUAUUCUGUGGACAGAUGAAACCAAAGUUGAGUUGUUUGGAAGAAACACACAACACCAUGUGUGGCGAAAAAAAGGCACAGCACACCAACAUCAAAACCUCAUCCCAACUGUGAAGUAUGGUGGUGGGGGCAUCAUGGUUUGGGGCUGCUUUGCUGCGUCAGGGCCUGGACGGAUUGCUAUCAUCCAAGGAAAAAUGAAUUCCCAAGUUUAUCAAGACAUUUUGCAGGAGAAUCCUUAACCCCUUAAGGACACAUGACGGAAAUAUUCCAUCAUGAUUCCUUUUUAUUUCAGAAGUUGUGUCCUUAAGGGGUUAAGUCCAUCUGUCUACCAGCUGAAGCUCAACAGAAGAUAGGUGUUGCAACCGGACAAUGACCCAAAGCAUAGAAGUAAGUCAACAACAGAAUGGCUUAAACAGAAGAAAAUACGCCUUCUGAAGUGGCCCUGUCAGAGUCCUGACCUCAACCCGAUUGAGAUGCUGUGGCAUGAUCUCAAGAAAGCGAUUCACACCAGACAUCCCAAGAAUAUUGCUGAACUGAAACAGUUUUGUAAAGAGGAAUGGUCAAGAAUUACUCCUGACCGUUGUGCACGUCUGAUCUGCAACUACAGGAAACGUUUGGUUGAAGUUAUUGCUGCCAAAGGAGGUUCAACCAGUUAUUAAAUACAAGGGUUCACAUACUUUUUCCACCUGCACUGUGAAUGUUUACAUGGUGUGUUCAAUAAAAACAUGGCAACGUUUCAUUCUUUGUGUGUUAUUAGUUUAAGCAGACUGUAAUUGUCUAUUGUUGUGACUUAGAUGAUGAUCAGAUCACAUUUUAUGACCAAUUUGUGCAGAAAUCCUUAUCAUUCCAAAGGGUUCACAUACUUUUUCUUGCAACUGUAUAUAGAUCGAUAUUGUAUUAUUUUUUCCAGUCAAGACAUAUUUUUAGAAUUGUUAUUUUAGUCACCUAGCAACGUUCAUAUUCGUAAAAUAAAAUAUACAAUUAAUUGAGUGGAAUGUCUCCUAAAAGAUAAAAAUGUUUUUUGGAAGGAAUACGCAACCUUUGUCCCUUCAUUUUUAUACAUUUCAGCUGGUGCCAUGAAAGUGCACAUUCUUAUGAGUUUAUUUUAAGAAACAUGAGAUAAUGAACUGCCAAAUGCGAAAAUAGAUUUAGAGGAGCAGUAAGGUCAUCAAAACAACUAAACAACUUUAGUUUAAUGAAGCAGUUUUUGUGCAUAGAUCAUGCCCCUGAAGUCUCACUGCUCAGUUCUCUCUCAUUUAGGAAUUAAAUCACUUUUGUUUCAGUCCAUGCAGUCCUAGCCACACCUCCUUUUUACACAGCCUGCAUGAAAACAAAGGAUUCAGUUUUCAAUAAGACGUUAACUUACUCCAGAUGUUUUUUUCUCCUGCUCUGUAAAUUGAACUUUAAUCUCACCAGGAAGCUCCUGCAAGGUCUAGCUAGGUUUUAACAGAGCAGGAGACAAGACAUUCCAAAAUUAACAGAAUUUGCAAUAAAGGAAGUGUAAACAUUAGAUGACUCUUUACAGGAAGUGUUUAGGAAGGCUGUGUACGUCACAUGCAGGGAGGUGUGACUAGGGCUGCAUAAACAAAGUGAUUUGACUCCUAAAUGACAGAGAAUUGAACUGUGAGGCUGCAGGGGCAUGAUCUAUACACCAAAACUGUUUCAUUAGACUAUAGUUUCCCUUUCAGUAGAAUUUGUUGACCUGUGGAUUAAGAUGUGGCUAGAGAACUCAAAUCUGUCUGACAAGCAAGGCAUUCCUUACCCCUUGAGCAAGUUCUGAUUCCAGUACUGGGCAUUUCAUCUUCCAAUUUCCAUAUACCAGAGAUUUCUCUUACAGUUAUCUACACUAAAAAAGAAAAUAUGUGCCAGCAGUUUCAAUGUGGCUAGAUAUUAUUUUAUUUUAAAGAAUGUAGCAUUUCAUCUAUAUAUUAUACUAGUGGGAUUGACAACAAAUUAUUACAUUAAAAUAAAAAACUACACCUGUCAAUCAUUUCUAAUCACUGAUGACUGAUAGCAGGGUUAUGUACGCCAAGGAUUAAUUGAUUGCAAUAGCAGAGUCCAUCUCUCCUACAAGACAUUCGACUACUUAUCGAACAUCACAUCAAAGACGGUAUAUGUUCAAUAGUGGCUGUGAUUAUGCCCACAGGGCCUGUUGAAAUUGCUAGAGUCUCACACUUUGCCUAAGGACCUGGGUCAACAAAAAAGGUCACUGUGCUUCUGUGACCAAUAGGGAGACAACUGGAGAAACCCACUAUAUAUAUAUAUAUAUAUGAGAGAGAAUAUAUUAUAAACCAUAUGUAGCGGAUGGCACUGGGCUGUCCUGGGAAUUGCAUAGGUUUUAACUGUAUUCGUGUAAAUGGCAGGUUAUAUGUGUAGAAAUGUGUUGUAUUCGUCUGAUUGUUCGGUAGAAUCAUUCUAACAACUAAGGGAAUGAAACUACCGAACAGUCAGACCUCCUCGGUGUGAAGUGUGCCUUUAAUUACCCGUUGCAACAUUGUUGCAAACGGGUAAUUGACAAGCUGGGCAGUAAGUCCUUUGUUCUCGGGGGUGGCCGCCAUUCGGGAAACGAACACGUGGUGGCGGCCAUUUUAAAACUCCCGAACAGUGGUGUUUUGCCGCCGAGUGUCUAGAACCCAAAUCGGACACUCGACUAGGCGAACACCGCUGAGACCUCCACAAACCCGGUCCGUUCGCUUCCAAACUACCGAACGGCCCCUCGUUCGGUAGAUAGAAACAACCGAACUUGGGGAUUCAGGCGAACCCUCCCUGGUCUCUGUAACUGGAGGCUUUCGUGCAAUUUGUUCCCUUAUGCCAGGACCGACCGCAGGGCCCCAUCGCAUGGAACCCAAUUCGGCUGUUCCCUCCAGUGCGGUCGGUCUUUUUAUUCCCUCCAUAAAUUUGCCGAACCCCUGGUCUGAUCUGGGUGAUUUUUGGAUAUGUUGUUCACCCAGAUCAGGGCUACUAGGGGAUGUAUCAUUUAAACAGGUACCCCUAGGUUUAGGGGUACAUCCAGAAACGGGGGGAAUUGGUGUCCUGGAUAAGGGGAUUAUGAGUCAGGCUGAGGGGAGGAGAUGUGUGGGAGGUUACCAGAACAGGAUUGGCUACUCUACUGAUUAAUGGAAAUCCCUCCCUUGCAUGGGAGCAUGCUUUAUAAGGCCACUGUACGAAUAAAAGUUUAGUUCUGCUCCUGAUACUGUGUGUCGUCCAGUUAUUGGGAGUGCUGUUGGGAUACUGCUGUAUUGUUUUGCCUGCUGGAUACUUUGCCUAUGGAUUUAUAAUUACUUGUUCCUGAGCCUCACUGGGAUCCACAAGUGGAGAUAGGCUAUGAAAUACUAGCUCUCCGCUACACCAUAUACCGAUAAUAAUAUUACUCCCAUUAACUGUGAUUGGGUAUUACUGGUGUGAUUUGAAAUGUUUGCAGCUUUGUUAGCAUUUUGCAAUCAGGUGGCCUGGCCUUGUAGAAGGGUAAAACAUUGUAGUAGCUCUGUUUUUAUUUCAUGCUCUAUAUAAAUAGGUAAAUGUUACACCAGCACUCUGGAAUUCCAAUACAAUUAUUUCUUUAUGUCAGGAUUCCAUAGGUCGACAUUUCAGUUCCUAAACAUCAACUUAUGGAAUUUUAAUAUAAUAAAGAAAUAAUUUUAUUGGAAUCCCAGAGUGCUGGUGUAUUAUUUACCUAUGUAUGCAAGUGUUACUAAGCACGGGGUAGUAAGUGUUUUAAGUUGGAAUCCAAAGCCACUUGGAAAAUAAAAUUUAAAUUGAAUAUAUAUAUAUAUAUACAUACUGGAAAACGAGAGAAAUCUCAAUGUAUCCAUCCUGGUAAAAUAUUUUAUAAAUAAAUAAAUAAAAUCACGACGCUCGCCCAGCAGUAGAUAAGCACGGCGAGAUCAGUAAUCCAUUUAGACUGAAUGCCCGAUGCCCUCAUUCUGAACUGGUGACAGCAGUUCCCUAUUAACUCCAUGUACAUAUUGUGUUUCAAGUGUCUGAUGGGAGUGACACUACAUUGAGCAUCAGUUUUAUACUCAAACUAAAUGGAUUGACGGUGUCUCCAUCCCCACCCAUUUCGUUUUUUUUCUUUUUAUAUGAUCAUAGCGAUAGUUUUUGCCUCUUUUCCACUUAUCCAAGCUCAAACAAUACUCUAACAGCCGUAAUGCAAAAGGAUAAUGAUUCAUACGCAUUCCAAAAAAGCAGAAUAUGUUAAAAAAAGGUAACAAUCUCUGUAUGAAUGAAAAAUGUGUCAUCUGUGCAAAUAGCUUGUGGAUUUCAGCUCAGUACAUUGGUUGAAUUUGUUCCGCAAUAAUAGAUUUUGAUAGUAGAAAAUUUAUAUCCAUUACAUUUAUUUCAUGCACUUUUCAGUACAUCUAUACCCCUCUCCCCCCUUUACUAAUUGACUGUGUUUGUUGCGUUCAGAAAUUUUGCAUUGGGUGUAACUGAUUUUAGAUGUAAGGAUCCAUUAUUUCACCUUGAAGCCCUUAACCUUGCCACAAUUUAUUCACUCAAGUCUCUUAUCUUUUCAGUCAAGUGGACUUGAGUAGCAAGAUGCAUGCGUCAUAGCGUGUUGAAUAAAAGAGGCAGGGAGUCAAACUGUGCUCCUUGACAGUGACGCACAAAGCACCAAAUAAGAUCUUGGAAAUUAAUGAGUCUUACCUAGAGGUAACGUCUGCACUGCACAACUUGUUAGAUGCACCCACACUUCUCUCACCACGUCAGCAAUUUACUGGUUAACAUAUGCUAAACCUCAGAGCAGAGUAUUGGUUAUGAACAAUUCUUUUAGCUAAAGUGAACCUGCUUUUCUUAUUCUUCAGUUUUGUUUGAAUGGAAUUUUGUCUCUGUACGUCCAGCAAUUCUGCUGAUCCCACCUUCCCUUUCCUUGUGUCUGGUUUGAUCUAGCAGCAGUGUGUCUUUUUUUUAAACUGACACACUGAGAUUGAAAAAUAAAUAAAAUAAAAGAUAAAGAAAGAAAAUCAAAAUAUCCAUCACUCCUUACAAUACAUUUUGUUUUAAUUUUAUCUGGUAUUUACGAGUGUCAACGUUUUAACAUGCAGGUCUUUUCCAAUCCACGGUGAGGUCAAAACAAUGCUAGUUUGAUGAAAGCACCAAAUGAAGAAACUCUCAAUAUAUUGGGAGGAGUGUUUUUGUAAUUGAAUUGCUUGGCAGCGCUCUUUGCAAUUAUCAAAAAACUGACAUUGAGCAUCGGGCCACUUGGCAUGCACCCUAGACCUCCUAUAUGAUCAAAAACGCUCUUCAAGUCAUCUACCAGAAAUGUGCACAAGCAGCUCAGUAUUCCUCAACAAAAUGUCUUGCUUGUUUCUCUUAAGGACAAAAUUCUAUUUGUCUGUCUGUCUGUGAACAUAUUGUGAUGGUAGCGUAAAUUACAUCCCAGCCAUGGAUGGAUGCGAGUUACAUUCUAGAUCUGCCGUCACAUUCUAUGUUUCUAUAUCAGUGCAAGGUGAUCUGUCCCUUUGUGUGGGACAUCGCUGAAUGCAACGUCAGUUGAUUUCUAUUCUAUUUUUUCCAUUUAUACUUAAAAAAAAUUAUAUAUAUAUAAUUUCUUUAGUGCACAGAGGAACAUACAGGCUUGUAGUACCACAACAACAGGACAAGCACUUCGUGAGUUUACAUGCAAUUACAGUGUCAUGGCAUAAGCGAGAUUUGCACUAUUUUUAUGUCAAUAAACAAGCUAAGUUAUAGGUUGAAACCUAAGACUGGCAGGUUAUAGCAAAUAAAGUUAGGUUAGGUUUAAGAGCAAACAUGUUCAACCUAAGGUCCAACAGGACCUUAGGCAUAACAUAUUAAUCGUCGAUUAUUGCUGGUGCCUUUUACAUGUACAUAACUACAGGUGAAAGACCUAUUCAGUACGAGGCAUUGAGUCUAGUGCAUAACAAAACAUUGGCGUUAUAGAAACUUUAACUUUAUAGAAACCUUAGCCGUAGCAGUAAGGCUUAGGGGGAUCCCAGUAGUAUGGGUCAGUUGCUAGGCUUAGGUGCUUUAGCGUUUUGCCACAUGGUAUUAUAAAUCAUUGUAGGGCGCUAGCAGGCUAUAUGUAUUGCUAAAUUUUUACACAGAGGCAAAGGUAUACCCUAGACGAGGGGUGUCCAAACUUUUUUCAAAGAGGGACAGAUUUGAUGAAGUGAACAUGCGUGAGGGCCGACCAUUUUGCCUGACAUUCUUUGAACCAUUAAAAUUAAAUGCAAAUUAACUAUUUUAUGCAAAAUGUAUUGCAAGCGCCAUACUUUUCAUUUCAUCUCUUUUAUUCUGUCCCUUCUCUCUUUUAUUCUGGGGGGGUGGGAGAUGGCAGGGAGGUGGGUAUCUGAGGGUGGGGGGAUGGCAGGAUGGUGGAUAAUGGGAAGGAGAGCUGACAGGUGACUUCAAAAAUGUGUAUAAUGGGGCAAUAAAUAAAGCUGUGUGUAAUAGUAGAGAAGGAACAGGACAAUGUAUAACAAGGGGAGGGAUUGAAUACAAUGUCUUUAUUUAUUUGGACUUUGGAUUUAUUUUAUUCUGCCCCUUUAUUAUCUGCCCAUUCUCUCUUUUAUUCUGCCCCUUCAUUCUCUGCCCCCAGUGAAUCCCUGCGCGCUACUCAGGACCGCGGCAUUCAAAGAUCCAGGGAUCCUGAGCAGUGCUCGGGGAUUCACUGGGGGCCACAACAGAUAGGAUUAGCCAAUAACCUGUGGGGCUGUAUUAAACUGGAACGCGGGCCGCAAUUGGCCCGCGGGCCGGACUUUGGACAUGACUGACCUAGACAUACUGGGUAUUCUAUGUAUGGAGAAACAUAGAAACAUAGAAUGUGAUGGCAGAUAAGAACGAUUCGGCCCAUCUAGUCUGCCCAAUUUUUUAAAAUACUUUCAUUAGUCCCUGGCCUUAUAUUAUAGUUAGGAUAGCCUUAUGCCUAUCCCACGCAUGCUUAAACUCCUUUACUGUGUUAACCUCUACCACUUCAGCUGGAAGGCUAUUCCAUGCAUCCACUACCCUCUCAGUAAAGUAAUACUUCCAGAUAUUAUUUUAAACCUUUGCCCUUCUAAUUUAAGACUAUGUCCUCUUGUUUUGGUAGUUUUUCUUCUUUUAAAUAUAGUCUCCUCCUUUAAUGUGUUGAUUCCCUUUAUGUAUUUAAAUGUUUGUAUCAUAUCCCCCCUGUCUCCUCUUUCCUCCAAGCUAUACAUGUUAAGAUCCUUUAACCUUUCCUUGUAAGUUUUAUCCUGCAAUCCAUGAACCAGUUUAGAAGCCCUUCUCUGAACUCUCUCUAAAGUAUCAAUAUCCUUCUGGAGAUACGGUCUCCAGUACUGCGUACAAUACUCCAAGUGAGGUCUCACCAGUGUUCUGUACCAUGGCAUGAGCACUUCCCUCUUUCUACUGCUAAUUCUUCUCCCUAUACAACCAAGCAUUCUGCUAGCAUUUCCUGCUGCUCUAUUACAUUGUCUUCCUACCUUUAAGUCAUCAGAAAUAAUCACCCCUAAAUCCCAUUCCUCAGAUGCUGCGGUUAGGACUCAAUAAAAUAUUAUGUACUCUGCCCUUGGGUUAGACAUCUCUCUAAUUGGAGUCACUUACAGUGUACCCCUGGGAGCAUUAUCAGUAUGGAACUUUAUCACAUCAGUAGUAGGUCUUAUAAUGUAAAGAUAGAUAAAAGCGGGGAAAUUAGAAUCAAAAGAUAUAAAAGAAAACUUGAUGCAUAUUGUUUAAAACAUUUAAAAUCAGGUGUUAUCGAAGAGGGGAAAUGCUUAGACGGCAGUCCCAAGAACGAGUCCAGCCUACUCCUCUGAGUGGCAAAGCUGCUGCUUCGCUUGGACAAGUGUUACUCAGGAACAGGGUACCUCCUCGGCCCCAGGCCUGCAUGAGGACUGGCAUCUCUUUGACACAGACUUGGGUUCAUCAAGGGACCAACUGUAUCCCCUUCAGGGGGAGGGCGAAGGAGGUGAGUGGCUAUCUCCACUGAUAAUGGAUGUUCUUCCACCCGCAUGGACGAUGCUUGGAGGACUUUCCUUGGGUGGCCCCCGGCCUUGUUGAACGGUCAUGGGGUUGUAUCAGCUUUGUUUGAGGUAUUGCGCUCUGGGGAGACUUUACCCUGUGUGGCUGCUCCUUUCUCCGGUUCCCUUUCCGCGGUUUCCGCGGUUUCCGCGGUUCCAACUUUAGCAUUGUGGUGUCUGUUAUACGUGUUUAAGUCUUCGGCCAGAAGUUCUGGAAUAUCUGAUCUAGCAGCCACAGGGAGAAGGCAGUGGAGUUGCUGAAUGCCCCCUUGGUGGUAUUCGCGCCUUGUGCAUUUGUGCAUUUGUGCAUACGGCGUCCUCCAUCUUGGGACGUUAUUUUGCGAUGCGAUGACUGCACUGUUUGUGUGGAAAGCAGAGCUGGUGUAGCCCACUGCCCUCCAGAGGGGACCAGGAUAUAGCCGCUGGUAGAGAGGGGAGGUGGGGAGGGGGUAGCAGAGUUUCGUCUAGAGUGGUUGGAUUCAGAGGGAAGAAAGCGACCGUUUCUCCUCCACUCCGACUCUGCAGUUCUCAGAAACUCCGGGCAUCGAUUAAGGUGUCCACAUGUAGAGAAAGGUACCCCCAGCGUGGAAGUUACAUGAGGUAGAGGGCUCUGUCUCUGUAGCUCGGAUUAUCACCGGGUAAGUAGCGUUAGCAGCAGGAGCCCAUGCGAUGCACGUCUUGCCAGCUUGCAAUCCAAGCUCCACCCCCCUAUUUUUUCCAUUUUAGAAACAAACAUAAAACACAAUAAGUGCUCAAAAACAUCUCAGAUUACACUAUUUAUAUCCAAGCUCCGGGACAUCACGCUCUCUGACGUGAUAUAAAUAACAUUUUAAUACAAUAAUUGCUAUUAUUUGCUUCUUUUUGUAUGUACAUUUUACAGACCGUGUUUGUUCCACAAAUCACUAAAAAAUAUAUAUACUUUUUGCUUCGUCUCUCUCUCUCUCUGCAUGUCUGACCAUAGAUUCCAAACGAAAAAUAAAUAGGUACAUUGUGUUACUAUUAUAUAUGAUUACAUUCUAAUCGAACUAUAUAUUUUAUAUACAAAUUGAACUAAUAACAGGUCUUAUUUGAUAAGUCAUUUUUGGUCAGUUCUUUUCUACAGCUAUUUUCCAGGAGAAUAUAACAUACCAUAUAGCAUUUUAAGAGAGAUAAGGUUCAAAAAUACAUUUAAUGUAAUGUUGUAAAAUAAACAAGUAGACUAAACCGCCAACAUGGACCCUUUGUUUGUCUUUAAGUUCUACACGUCAGCUAUACGCAACAAACCACAAUUAAUUAUUUAACAGACAAAAGCAUUUACACAUAUAUACAUACAAAUGUACACAUAUACAAAUAUAUACAUAUACAAAUAUACACAUAUAAAUAUAUACAAAUAAAUAUACACAUAUACACAUAUACAAAUAUAUACAUAUACAAAUAUCCACAUAUAAAUAUAUACAUAUACAAAUAUACAUAUACAAAUAUACAAAUAUACACAUAUACAAAUAUACACAUAUAAAUAUAUACAUAUACAAAUAUACAUAUACAAAUAUACAAAUAUACACAUAUAAAUAUAUGCAAAUAAAUAUACACAUAUAUAAAUAUACAAAUAUACACAUAUACAAAUAUACACAUAUAAAUAUAUACAUAUACAAAUAUACAUAUACAAAUAUACAAAUAUACACAUAUAAAUAUAUACAUAUACAAAUAUACACAUAUAUAAAUAUACAAAUAUACACAUAUACAAAUAUACACAUAUAAAUAUAUACAUAUACAAAUAUACAUAUACAAAUAUACACAUAUAAAUAUAUAAAUCUAAAUAUACACAUAUAAAUAUAUACAUAUACAAAUGCACACAUGUGAAUAUGCAUAAGGUGACAAUGAUUAGUCAAUAUCAAAAUUUUUAACAAAUGCGCACAGUUUAAACAAACUUAAAAAAAAAGAGGAGAAAUAUGGAAUUAAGGGGGGAAACACAAGAAUGAAAAAUAAAUAAAUAAUAAUAAUGCUAUUUCUAUAUAAAUUCCAUACUAUGAAAAUACAGUUAUGUACUGUACAUGAUGUCCAAGGGGCAAUAGGGGGUAUGCCAGUGACUCUAUUAUGACUAUUAAAUACUUUUUCAUAAAGAAUAUUUUUUUUUAUUUGUUAAAUGAACGUUAUUGAACAUUUUUUUUAAUAACUUUAAUAUACUUCACACACAAUCGAUAAAAUAAGAUACACAACAAGACAUUUUCACUGUAGCCAGUCUGAUGAACACUUCUUAGGAACUUCAUUUUCAUUUAAGUAAUUGGGUGACCAAAACUAACCCCCAAGGAGGGGUUGGAAGUAACCUACAUAGGAAACAGAGAGGACAAUUUGAUUUGAUAUUACCCGACACAGCUCUCACAAGCCCUUUGUAAAUAGCCAAACCUUUUACAACUAAUACAUUCAGAACAUACUGUCUCACAUAUUUAUUAUUCUGAUCCUCAUUCAACAUCAUCUAAGCAUUGCACAAAACAGAAAAACAUUGAUAUAUAUUUCUGUUUACUUGAUGAUGAUGGCAGGUAAACCAUAGAAACACGUUUCUAAUAACUAAUUACAAAACAAUUUGCAAAAUGGUUUUUGCACACAAACACCUUGAGUAGUCGAAGUUUACGAGAAACAUCAACAAACUAACAAUUCCUCAUUAAUCAGUUAAAGCAAAACAAACUUAAACGAGUAUCAUUGCCAACACAAGGUUAUUGACAUACAUGCCACUUGUUAUUGUUAUUGCACUAUAGGAUGGGUCAAACAGGCAGGUCAGAUUUUCCCGGGAUAGAUUUUCAUUGUCGUUAACCUUGAGAUCUUGGAGUAUUAUGCUUGUGUUGGUCUCAUUUUUCACAGCCAUUUGACUUUCUUGUCUAGGAAAAGUUUGAGGGCUUAUUCCGAGUCUACGAUGAUUGCGUCACUCUGCAACUUUUUAAGAGUUUCCGAAGAGUACGGAUAAAUUUCAGCCACCCCAAGGCAGCAGCCCGAGCAAGGAUAGAGCUUCAUGAAACCCAAUUCAGAGGGAAAAAAUUAAAAUUAUAUUUUGCACAGGUAGGUGUGACAUGCUGGAAUUUUAAAUUUCAGUUUAGAUAUUUGUUUUUAUUUUCAUUUGACAUUUGGUCUUUUGUUAUCAUUGUAACACGUGAUAUGCUGUCUGUGUAAGAUCAGUAUGUAGAAUGCAUUUUGCCUAAUCUUUUACAUGUAUUAUUUAUAAACAGCUAGCAUAUUGUGCAGCACUGUGCAAUGGACCAACAAAAUGUACUAGUAACAGCAAUUUGCAGUAAGAAACUGUUACGUUUUACCUACCUUCUAGCCUUGCACACGAUGAUUGUCCUGCUUGAAAAUCUAAUGAUCUCAGCCAACACAAUGCUUUCCCAUAGGAGAGCAUCUGGAGCCUUUGGCGCAUGCACGGAAAUACUCUGCACUCCACCAAUCAAAGGCUGUUCUAUAAGCAACAUUUGAUCUGAUCUGAGUUGAACAUGGUUAUAAAAAAGGAAGUGCCUUUAGUGGUUGUCUUCAUGACCUUCAAUGUCAAUGUAAUGUUCUUACAUUGAGUUGAAGAGGCCUGGCUGCCUAUAAUGGGGGAAUGAGGAAACAGUCACGAGAGCACAAAGUACUGCCUGAUGCCCACUUUCCCUUGUUUUUCGAUGACCAAAUUUACCUCUACAACCCUCAGUCUGUUCCUUUGUCCUUCCAUGGCCCAACUACCAGUUCCUUUACUCUUCCUGUGUGGUUACUGCUUUUUUUUGACCAUUUUGUUUAGAGUAGCUAGUUAAACAUAGAGCACCCAUUGCUAAUUGACAAUCACUGCAUAUUAUCCAUGUAAUGGUACAACAUUCCUGACUUAUUUCUGAUGGAUUCAAACACAUAAGGGGAUAUUUAUGAAAGCAUUCUGAAAAGUGGCCGUUAAAUUCCAUAAUUAUUUCCAAUGUAUUUAGCGAAGUAAUCUAAAAAGUGACGGUUUGCAUUAUAGUAAAUCCUGACAGUUUUUGCAGAAAUUUCCAUUCCAGAAAACCGUGUUAAAUGUUUAGUCGAGAUACAACUGCGUGACUUUUCUGUCAGAAAAAGUGGAGGAAAUAUUCAUAAAUAUUUUUUAAGAUGAUGAAAAAAUUGCGCCUAUAUUAAAAAAUAACAAGGAGCAAAUAUAGCAAGAGAUCAAGAAUCCAAUAGAUUUAUUACAUUUCACCAAAAAUAACUGAACUUUUUUAAUUUUAUUCAUUUUUCUUUAUAGUGCCCUAUUGGCACUACUGUAUUUAUUAGCUAUCCCCCUACCCCCUUAUUAAGUUACAAAACACUAAAAUUAGGUUAAAACAUACUAGAAUCCAGCGCAAGGAUCAUCCAAGCCCCAUCCUGACAUCACACCUUGUCACGCCAUAUUUCCAUCAGGUACGGGAUUACAGGGGAAAAACAAUAGACAAAUAUGCAUCAAAUGCAGGGAAACCAGAAUGGAUCACAAAAGCUGGGAGGGGGGGGGAUAUUCAAGCUUCCCCUCGAAGGUGCCUUCACAGCUCUGCUGGAACUGAGUUCCAGGCUGACUAAGUCACGUGUGCCAGGGGUGCAACUAGCACCUGGUGCAAAACUGCAAAUAUCGCCUUAUGUGCAGAGUUUCAAGCAGAGACGCAGCAUAUAGAUUCCUUCCUCCGUGACCACUUAAAAAAAACAUUUAAAGUUUUUAACUUGAGAUUUUACAAAUUACUUUUAUUUUUCGAAAGGUCCAGACGCCAGAGACGAAUGGAGACAAACUUCACCUGGCGCCUCCACAACCCGCAAAACAGUUUCUCAUCUCACCUCCAGUGUCACCUCCCGUAGGCUGGCAGCCCAUCGGUGACGCCACGCCGGUUAUAAACUACGAUCUCCUAUAUGCAGUCGCCAAGCUGGGACCAGGUAAGAGUUGAUACUUUGCUUUUGUCUUAAUGACAAGUCAUUGUAGUUAAAAUUGGUACCAGGUCCAAUAACGUCAGCCACUGUGGAAGCAUCUAGAUGAGAGGUUCUCCUUAAUACUUGGCCAAAACAAAGAUAGGGUGUUCUUGACAAAUCUGCUCUUAACUGACUAUAAUAUAGACACCUCCUUAUAUACUGGGCACCCCAGUUGUGUUUUGUGCGCACGUACAGAUACCCUAACAUUUACUGUGCUUGCAGUACAAUAGAAACAGAAUGGCUUCAUCGAGGAGUUUAAUAAACUAGCUCCUACUUAUUCAGUUCUAAGAUAUUUAUCUUAUGGAGAAAAACUUAAGAAAAAAAGUGAGAGAAAAUUUCGUCAUUUAGACAAUGUUUUGUUGCACGUCUAUAUGAUGAUAUUAUUAUUAAGUAACCCUUAACAUAUGCCAAAAAUGUCUCUUCUCCUUCAGAACUCAAUUGCUAAUAGUUUUUGAUAUUUUAUAUGUAUACUGAUUAGCCACAACAUUAAGACCACUGAAAGAUGAAGUGAAUAUUAUUGAUUAUAUCGUUAUAAUGGCACCUGUCAAGGGAUGGGAUAAAAACAUGUGUUCAUUAUUCAGUCUUCUGAGUGCUUUCUUUCAAGUAUAUUAUGUCUUUCCCCGAAUAGAUUUGAGGGAUUCCAUGCCCUAGUGCAGGGGUAGGCAACCUACGGCACUAGUGCCAUGCACGGCACUCAAGGUGUCUUUGCAUGGCACUCAAGGCUGCUAGAGCCAAACAGGCUCUGGCCUAUCAGGAGUCCCAGUAAAACUUCAGAUAUCUACUAAUCCAAAAAGGUGGUGAAGGACAAUCCUCAAUUUAUGCAGCACGUAGAGGGGAUCUCAGAUCACUUCCUCCCAGCACUUGUGAAUGAGAAUCCUCACAGUCGUAGAGUAGCUCGCAGUUACUGUUGCAGCUCCUGUCCUUGACCUAUACCUGGCCGGCCUGGUCCCCACUGGAACCCAGGAAAGCCCGCCACACUGAUAGAUAUAUACAGAAAUGCAGAAUAACCCUCCCUUCAUACAAAUAAUACGGACAGCCCACACACAAACGCAACACCACUAACAAUCCACAUACAUGCACACAACCCCACAUGCAGCGUCUCACAUGCAAUACCCCAAACAGCCCCCACACACAAUGUGACAUAUCCAUCCACACACACAAGUCCACAUUCAUAUGUAUCAUACACAAUACCAUAAACUACUCAUGAACAUAUACAAUGUAAUACACAGGGCCGUCAGUAUGUCUGUGUGUGUGUCAGUAUAUCUGUGUGUGUGUGUCAGUAUGUCUGUGUGUGUGUGUCAGUAUGUCUGUGUGUGUUUGUCAGUAUGUGUGUGUGUGUCAGUAUGUGUGUGUGUGUGUCAGCAUGUCUGUGUGUGUCAGUAUGUGUGUGUGUCAGCAUGCCUGUGUGUGUCAGUAUGUCUGUGUGUGUUAGUAUGUCUGUCAGUGUGUGUGUCAGUGUGUCAGUAUGUCUGUUUGUGUGUCAGUAUAUCUGUGUGUCAGUGUGUCUGUGUGUGUGUCAGUAUGUCUGUGUGUGUGUCAGUAUGUCUGUGUGUGUGCGUCAGUAUGUCCGUGUGUGUGUGUCAGUAUGUCUGUGUGUGUGCUCGCAUAUCUGUGUGUGUGUGUGUCAGUAUGUCUGUGUGUGUUUGCCGUACGUCGUGUGUGUGUGUGUCAGCAUGUCUGCGUGCGUCAGUAUGUGUGUGUCAGCAUGCCUGUGUGUGUCAGUAUGUCUGUGUGCGUUAGUAUGUCUGUCAGUGUGUGUCAGUGUGUCAGUAUGUCUGUUUGUGUGUCAGUAUAUCCGUGCGCGUCAGUAUGUUUGUGCGUCAGUAUAUCCGCGUGUCAGUAUAUCCGUGUGUGUGUCAGUAUGUCUGUGUGUGUCAGCAUGUCUGUGUGUCAGUAUGUCUGUGUGUGUGUGUCAGUAUGUCUGUGUGCCAGUGUAUUUGUGUGUGUCAGUAUAUCCGCGUGUGUCAAUAUGUUUGUGUCAGUAUGUCUGUGUGUGUGUCAGUAUAUCUGUGCGUGUGUCAGCAUGUCUGUGUGUGUCAGCAUGUCUGUGCGUCAGUAUGUCCGUGUGUGUUCAUGUUUUUGUGUGUGUGUUAGUAUGUCUGUGUGUGUAUCAGUAUGUCUGUGUGUGUCCGUGAUAUCUGUGUGUGUGUGUCAGUAUAUCUGCAUGUCAGUAUGUCCGUGUCAGUAUGUCUGUUUGUCAGUGUGUAUGUGUAUGUCUGUAAAAGGCCAGCAUGUCUGUGUGUGUGUGUGUCAGUAUGUCUGUGUGUGUGUCAGUAUAUAUGUGUGUGUGUGUGUGUCAGUAUGUAUGUGUGUGUUUGUCAGUAUGUGUGUGUGUGUCAGUAUGUGUGUGUGUGUGUCAGCAUGUCUGUGUGUGUCAGUAUGUGUGUGUGUCAGCAUGUCUGUGUGUAUCAGUAUGUCUGUGUGUGUUAGUAUGUCUGUCAGCGUGUGUGUCAGUGUGUCAGUAUGUCUGUUUGUGUGUCAAUAUAUCUGUGUGCGUCAGAAUGUGUUUGUGUGUCAGUAUAUCUGUGUGUGUGUCAGUAUAUCUGUGUAUCAGUAUAUCUGUGUGCGUGUCAGUAUGUCUGUGUGUCAGUAUGUCUGUGUGUGUGUGUCAGUAUGUCUGUGUGUGUCGGUGUAUUUGUGUGUGUCAGUAUAUCCGUGUGUGUGUCAAUAUGUUUGUGUGGCAGUAUGUCUGUGUGUGUGUGUGUCAGUAUAUCUGUGUGUGUGUCAGCAUGUCUGUGUGUGUCAGUAUGUCUGUGUGUGUGUGUUAGUAUGUUUUUGUGUGUGUGUUAGUAUGUCUGUGUGUAUCAGUAUGUCUGUGUGUGUCAGUAUAUCUGUGUGUGUCAGUACAUCUGUGUGUGUGUCAGUAUGUCUGUGUGUGUUUGUCAGUAUGUGUGUGUGUGUCAGUAUGUGUGUGUGUGUGUGUCAGCAUGUCUGUGUGUGUCAGUAUGUGUGUGUGUGUCAGCAUGUCUGUGUGUAUCAGUAUGUCUGUGUGUGUUAGUAUGUCUGUCAGUGUGUGUGUCAGUGUGUCAGUAUGUCUGUUUGUGUGUCAGUAUAUCUGUGUGCGUCAGUAUGUGUUUGUGUGUCAGUAUAUAUGUGUGUGUGUCAGUAUAUCUGUGUGCGUGUCAGUAUGUCUGUGUGCGUGUCAGUAUGUCUGUGUGCGUGUCAGUAUGUCUGUGUGUCAGUAUGUCUGUGUGUGUGUGUCAGUAUGUCUGUGUGUGUCAGUGUAUUUGUGUGUGUCAGUAUAUCCGUGUGUGUGUCAAUAUGUUUGUGUGUCAGUAUGUCUGUGUGUGUGUGUCAGUAUAUCUGUGUGUGUGUCAGCAUGUCUGUGUGUGUCAGUAUGUCUGUGUGUGUGUGUUAGUAUGUUUUUGUGUGUGUGUUAGUAUGUCUGUGUGUGUGUCAGUAUAUCUGUGUGUGUCAGUAUAUCUGUGUGUGUGUGUGUCAGUAUGUCAGUAUGUCUGUGUGUCAGUAUGUCUGUGUGUGUCAGUAUGUCACUAUGUCUGUGUGUGUGUGUAUAUAUCUGUGUGUGUGUGUAUAUGUGCAUACAUCUCAGCAUUCACACACUAACACUACACACAAAUACACCCCUGCAUUCAAAUUUCAACACUACGUACAAACACAUGUCUGUAUUACACACCAAAAUUAUAUGUAAAUACACCCCUGCAUUCAAAAACCAACACUACACAAAUACAUGCUUGCAAUCACGCCAACACCACUUACAAACAUAUUCCAUACAAAAACCUGUUUACAUUCAAACACACAAAAACUGCUUAGUGCUAAAUACAGACCUGCAAACAUGGGUAAAUGGUUUAGCCCCAGCUGUCAAUGCAUUUCUGGAGUUGCACGACAGAUGGGGAUCUACCUUUUAAUCACCCGUGUGACAGGGAGGCCCAAAAAAAUUCUUGCACCUCUCUACUUUAGGUCCGCCACUGCGUUGGGGUGGAGGACGUGAUUGCAUGCCUGGGGAGGGGGGACAGGGUCCAGGGGGCCCCAAGCAAAUGCUUUGCCAAGAGUCCAGUCACUAUUAAAGACGGCCCUGCAUAUACGCACAAAUACAACGAUACAAAGCAAUUACAGUAAAAAUAGCACAAGCAGAAUACGGCAGCAUACACACCUCAAUUAAAAAAAAACAGGACCGGCACGGUAUGGGACAUCACAAUCCUAUAUCGGCACAGUGCUGCUAAAAGGUUGCCUACCCCUGCCCUAGUGAACUGGUCUAUGUUUGGGGGUAGUCCCCUGAACGUAGACCUGCUUUCAUGCCUACCCUGAAAUAAGACAUUCCCCGAAAAUAAGCCCCAGUGCAUUUUACGGGGCAAAAAUUAAAAUAUGACCCAGUCUUAUAUUCAGGGAAAGACGGUAUAUAGGAAGAUGAAGUGCUUUUGGUCUCGUAAAGUUUGGAUUGGCAUGAUGAAUAUCUACAUUAUUGGUCUGUAAGGAGUUAAAUGAUCUUGAAGCAGUUGAACGGUGCACCAGACCCAACUGAAUCAGAUACAAAUCCUAUCUGUAUUACCUACAGGGUUCCUCACUGAUGCUCUGCCAGAUUGUUUACUGUCUGUGUUAGUCUGGUGUCAAUACAUUAACCAAUUCAGGGCCAAAAAUUAUUAAAAUACAAAAAAAUAAGUCCUACGCUCAAACUCCCAUCACUCCUGGGCGGCAGCAACGACCAUAGUACACAUCAGCCCCAAUACAUACAGUAAAAACGAGAAAAGUUACCUGCGCUCUUCCCAAAUCCCUAUGCAUAUUUAAACAAAUGGAGGUCAUUUAGUUACUUCAAUGGCCAUAACUUUUUCAGGCUGUUUCCACAAAUUUAUUUGGGCUCCCUGCCGAUUCCAUAUGGCCAAUGCUUUUAUAUCACUCUGGACACCAUAACAACUUCAGAUAAAUAAAGGAGAAUACUGACGCCAGCUUACCCAGCAAGGUCAGCUGGGAUGUUCAUUUUCCAAGGUUGUGAAAUAAGUAGCAUUGGGUUGGAUGCUAGUAACAUCUAGUGGCAAUAAAAACUCUUCAUCUAACAAGGAUGCCUGACUUGUUGAGCUUUAAAUGUGUUACCAUCCUCAUUCAAGUCCUGGGAUUUUUUCAAGUUCUAUUGCUACAGGAUAGCUGUGUGGUGCAGGAGACCACUUCCCUAACACCCAAGAUCUAAAUUGACGAGUGGAUAUUUUAAUACACUCCUCCAAUAAGUCUCAUGCUUUUUGACAAAGGAAACUUGUGUUCCAUGGUAUUCUCAUCAUCUUAACUUCUAUUGCUGGUAAAGUCUAGACCUCUGGAUAUACUUGGAAAUUGGCAACAGCUGAAUGGAUAAAUAUCUUGGUAUUAUUAUUAUUACUAUUGUAUAACCUCCUUAAGUUUCCAAGGGCCAGAUUAAAAUGUUCCUUAUGUUCCUAAUAAAUUGGUAUUCUUUAUUCGUAGCCUUUUGAUCUGCAGCGAAUGGCUGCCCCGUAGAUUACUGCCAACUGUGAACCAUGCCAAGUUCAUAACAAAUGUCUUUUCUUUUUAUGUCCUUAGUGCGAUAUGAAUGGCAGAGUCUGGCGCUCGGUGCUCUCAUUGUCAACAUUUAUAUAUAGUUCUUUCUUUUGGGUUUUGCUUUUCAAAAAUUCAUGGGUUUGAUAACAAAAGCAGAAUAAGGGAAGCGGUUUGAAAUGUCAUUUCAGGUCUAUAAACUGGUCUUAACUCCUUCAGGACCAAAUGUAGCACUUUGCUUCCAUCCAAUCAAGUCCCAAAAUCCCCUAUGGCAGCAUUGAGCACCCAGAUUAUUUAGCCUUGGCAGCUCCAUGCAGUCCUGCUAUCAUUAAUUAAUAUUCAAUUCUGGAAUAGGAUCUGUAAAAGAACAUAAGAGCUACAUUUAAUUCACAGUUUAAGGGUUACUUCAAGCAACAUGACCACUUUGCUGAUUUAAAGUAGUCAUGGUGCCUGGAGUCUGUAUGUACAGCGUUUCACUAUGAAAAACUGCACAUACUGAGUUUAACCCCUUUUCUUCCAGAGGUGUAACUCCACCUCAUUGGAGCGUCAUUAGCCAGCCCCGAUCAAGAGUUCCGUGCUGCUUAGUGUCAAUUCUGUACACAUUCCGAUGCACAUCUCUACAGAAGCUGUAUGGUGCCAAACCCAGCCGGAGAGGACUCCCUACUCCUAGCGGGGCCAUAAGUAGGAGUGCAAGCCAUUGUGAAACACUUUGUGCCAUUAGCGGCAAAUGCUGCCAGGGUAUUCCUGCCACCAAAACCACUACAGCGGGCUGGUGUAACCCUUUUAUAUUAAUUGGUUUCUCCUCCUUCACAUAUUAUGCUCAACAAGAGAAAAAGGCAGAGUUUAUAACAAUGAUUGACAGGGAGCCAACUAGCGCAGUUCCAUAAUAUAUAUAAAAUGUGCUGUAGAUUCAUACACUUGAUUUAAUCAUUCAGAUCUCACACACACAUUUUUCUUAUAUAUAGAAUUAGUAAAAAUAAUAUUACAAAUGACAGGUGUGACAUCCCCCUAUAAUAAAUAAAUGUAAUUAUUCCAUAUGGUGUACAGGUGAUAAUUCUGCUUUAAAAUUGUCACUUUUUACGUCACCAUUUUACUCUACAUACCUUUUAAAAGUUUAAUCUGACUGUACGUAAUUAACAUAUGUAAAUUCUGCAUCGUAUGUAACAACACAAAAUAUGGCUGGGGAACCAGCUAAUGUCAAUUCUGUGCAUAUUGUAUGUCUGACAUCAACAAACACAGCAUUCUGGUGACAACGUCCAAUCGCCACAUUUUCCCACAUACUCCUUGCCACCAUUGUCCUCUGCUCAGCCUGGCCUGCCUACUCUUCCCUCCCCUGGAAGAAUUUGGCAUUGGUGCUGGUACAGAGAUAAAUGUAAGCCUUUCUUUGUAAUCUUUGACCAUGACCAGGAUUGUUAGGGUUACUCUAACCAAAACCAGUAGUUUUAUAUAUAAUAGCUACUUACCCUACUAGUUACUUUCCUUAACAAAUCGUUACAAACGUGCAGUUGACGCACAAAAUUAAAACGACAAUAUUAGUCUGUAGAUUGCUGUAGAUAAUUAGCCAUGUAUCAUCAUUAUACAGGAAUCGUCACACACCUUGCUGAUGGGUAUUAUCAAGUAAUCCAAUUUGGCAAUUUGGGGUAUUUCUUUUUUUAAUGUGUGCAUAAUGUCCCCUAACCGUAAAUAAAUCUGACUGACUAACCCUGUCUCUAUCUCACUGAGUGCUGCACACAUUCCCACAUUCAAGGUAUCUGCGGCAGUGCCACCCAGGGGCAUACGUCAGCGUCCUGUAUGUAUUAGUGAAGUAGCUGCUUCUAAAAAAAACCUGAUUACCUGCUGAGUGAGCUACUUACAAAAAAACCUCUCGGUAAAGUCAUUAAGUAAAUAUGGAUUCAAUAGGCAGCCUGAAUUUUUUGCAGUAAGCUAGCAGCAACUGUACGGCACCUUGGGUGCAAAUUUAUUUCAGCCUUACCAUUGACAGCCAAUGUAAGAUGUUCAUUUUGACCUUUCCGUUUACGGUUUUGCUGUUUGCAGGUCUGCGGAGCAAACCGUGACUGAUACAAACCCAGAUGGUCUCUGUUUUCUUAUGCAGAGAUUAAUGAGAAAUAUACCUUUCACUUUACAUCACUGAGAUUAAUUCCGAGCAGUGAGAUGAGGGAGCAGUGAGUCACGCUAACAUUUAUUAAUUAUUAAUUACAGCCUCUUGUCAGGCAAUAGGGGAGGCUGGAUGCGCAUACAGCAAUCCAGCAAAUGGAGGUCUGAGCUUGAAUGUAGUAUAAUAAUAGCGUAUAUUUUAUCUGUUACUCUUUCCACAAAGCUGGAAAACUGAUAACAACCUGUAAUCUGUAAGCACCAUGACCACUGUAGCUCAUUAUAGAGGUGUUUGUGCAAGGAGUCUCUGUGCCCUGUGCCCCAGUUAGUGCCAAGUCAGUAUUUAUUUAAAUAAAUGGUGUACCUUAAUAAGGUACACUUAGAAUCCUGCUGUAGGAUCCCUCUUCAGAAAUCGUACAUUGCAGAACCUUUGGAGCCAUUUGUCACUUUCAGAUUGAACUUUGAUAUAAGUAUUUUUCUUAUUGUAAUUCCUGAUCAUAAUUACUGGUUAUUUUUUAUUUCCUUGUAUUUGUUUACAUUUAUUCAGAAUCAUAUUUUGUAACAUAAGUAUAUUAUGAGUAUAUUCUGUACUUAAAAGGACUUCUGCACUUAAAAGGACACUAGAGGCAUCAAAACAACAUUUGCUUAAUGAAGCAAUUCCAGUGUAUAGAUCAUGCCCUUGCAGUGUCUUGCUUUAGCAGUUUAUAUCUAAUGCUCUGAAAAUUGAACUUUAAUCACAUACAGGGGGCUCCUGCAGGGUCUAGAAGGUUAUUAACAGUGCAGGAGAUAAGAAAUUAUAAUUUAAACAGACUGUGCAAUAAAGAAGUAUGAUCAUUAGAUCUCUCUAUACAGGAAGUUCAUUAAACUAAAGUUGUUUUUGGCGCCUAUAGUGUUCUUUGAAAUUAUAUCUGAUUUUCAUAUAGUCGUAUAGGAUUCUGUGACCCUUUUUGGAGCACGCUUGUUAAUCAAUAUUCUCACACGUGAGAUUUUCCUUUCUUUAGUUUAUUUUUGGAUCAAUGGCAGCAUCAGGAAUAUGUUAAAGGAUGUAUUAUGUUGCUGUGGCAAAUCAUUACAACACUCUGUUUUCCUCUUGAUUGCUGUUUCAGAGCAGAGUGUUCUAAGAUGUUAUGAGAGUAAGGCUGAGAUUCAUACUGUCUAAACUGCGUUCUACCUUCUAGAAAAUAAUCACCAUUUAAUUUGAGAUUUUCAAGUGCAACCAGGCAACUGGAGCUUUGAAACCUUUCCUUCCCAGAAAAGUGCUGAGAGCAAAGAUUUCAUCAGUAAAAGAAUGUGACAUUUGGGCUUCUAUUAUUAUCCGGAGAGAGGGACGGGGAAGUGAUUUCGAUGCUUUGCUGGAGAAUAGAGCUCCUUUGUGUAUAUAUAACCAGCGAGAUGGCUGCGAGUGACAGAGACCGAUUGGCCCUCGGCUCAGGCUAGGAGCAUUGACGUCAGAGGAGAAAUUAUUUGGAGACUGGAAUGGGUUCCUGAUACAGCAGAGCUGGCUGAAUUACCCCAGGGAAGCACUUACCCUGUACCUACCCUCUGCCCUUUCACUCUGCUCCAGCCAUAUUUCUGUUUAUUGCAUUUUUCCUUCUUUUAGAUGUAUUUUUUUUAUUACUUUCCUUUCACUCUGUUUUUUUCAUUUUAUAAUUUGUAUUGCUCGUUGUUCUAUGAUUUUCUCCUUGACUUACAUCUCUGAUUAUUUCUCUCACCUUUUCCCUGUUUGUACAGUGACAUUUACCUGAUUCCUUCCCCUAUUGCAGUGAUGGCGAACAUUUUUGAGGCCGAGUGCCCAAACUGCAAUACAAAGCAACUUUUUUUUCCUCAGAGUGCCAAAAAGCAAUUAAACACGACCAUUAUACACACUGACACUCACAGAUACACAGACAUUCACAUAUAUACACUGACACUCACAGACACACUUACACUGACACACAGAGUGACUGACAGACACACACACUGACAGGCAUACACACACUUUAACUGACAGACACACACACACUCACUGACAGGCACACACAGAGUGACUGACAGACACAGACUCACAGACACACACACUGACAGGCAUACACACACAUUAACUGACAGACACACACACUCACUGACAGACACAGACUCACAGACACACACACUGACAGGCAUACACACACAUUAACUGACAGACACACACUCACUGACAAACAUACACAGAGUGACUGACAGACACACACACUGACAUACAUAUACACACACACACACACACACAUUAACUGACAGACACACACUCAUACAUAUUUCCCCCAACACUCACAAAUUACUUUUAUUUUUUUAUUUUAAUUUAACUCCACCCAGUCUCCGUGGGAGAACUGGAGUGGAUUCCUCACCUGAGGUCCAGUAGGGCUGCAGGGGCUGCAUGUGCCGCUCGGCAGGUACGCGUGCAGGCAUGGGGCGAAUCAUAUUUGCUGGAAGUGAAUUAAAGGAACACGUGUAUUCCUGACCCUGUAGUGUUAAAACCACCAUCAUUUUCAGUGUGACAGAUAUGGAUUUAUUAACUGAUUUCCUGUCUUUGCUCCUCACAUUGCAGUUAAUUUGGGAUGUUCCUUGCAUCUCAGCACUCGAGUAUCGGUAGAGUAACUCAACCAUAUGGCACCUACAUAGAUCCAACCGAUUUAAAGGGAAAGCAAAUGUUAAAAAAAAAUCUUAUUUUUAAAGCAUUUCAACAAGGCAAUAAAAAAAAAAUAAGUACUUGAUUCUCCCCCAAUUUGCCCAGCACUAACCUCCCUCUUAUUGUUGGGCAGUAUCCAGCUUAAUGUUUCUCAUAUAGGAGCGUUAUUGACCUAUUGAGCACAUUUGGAAGUUCUAAAACCAUACAUGGAUCUUGGUAAAAAUAAAAUAUAACAAUAUGAACUAAUUAAAUACUGGAUGUUUUACCAAUCAUAUAACUGAAAUGAAAUAAAAUAGUUACAUUGCUUUGGAAUACGGCCCAGAGUGUACUUCUCUGUCGGUCUGUCUACUCUGUCUGAGUGCAGACAAGUUGGGAAGCACUCCUAAGGUAAAUACAGCAAGGACUAGGCUAAGACUACAUAAACCUACAUUUAACUCCGAAAUGGCAGAGUAUUAAGCGGUGAGAGUACAGGGGCACGAUCUACACACCAACACUGAGUCAUGAUGUGAAAUUGGUUUUGAUAUUUAGACUGUCCCUUUAAGCUUUGUUUUCCCUCUGAAACAAGCAUUGCAAUACUGUAUAUUCAAGUUUAAUUAAAUGUGAUUGUUUUUUAUUUUAGCUAUUGUAUUAAUAGAAGACAGGAUUCUAACAAUUUGAUGGACAUGUGAUCAAUAUGUUACGUUGGCUCCUGGUUGCAUAGAGCUGUCUGUGGUGCUGAAAUCCUCAGUGAAUUUUUAGAAGACAACUAUUGAAUUACAUAUAAAGAGCAUUCUGGGGCAAAGUGCUGAAGAAGCAGCAAUCUCCAUAAAAACUGUCAAAAAACAUUAGACUAUUUCCCAGAAUUCACAGCUAAGGCGCUUGCUAUAUGUUUUAUUCCAUUUUAAUGGCCUACUCUGCUUAGUAUCCUGUAUAAUAUCCUUAGUAUAAUUAUUGCAUGCCCCUAUAUCAGUGAUGGCUAAUCAUAGUAUCCAGAUGAUUCCAAUAACUAUUCCCAUGAUGUCCAAAGGCUGGCUAAAUAUCAUGGAAGAUGUUGCACAUGGCUGCGUUGGGCUAAAGCUAGCAAUGUUGCCUUUUCAUUAUAUAACAACUCUGAAAUCUGAAUAUAUGAAAGUGUGAAAGUGAAUUUGAUAAGAUAAGGUCACACUAUUGACACUCCUCUGUGCUCUUUUUUUUUUUUUUUUUUUACAAACAAUAUCCGUUUGUACAAAGUGCAUGUGUGACAGUGGGAGCAAUCUAGUGCUGCUUGCUGCGGUGCACGAUUUAUAUUACUGAAAUGUUUGAUUUGUUCUUACAUAAGAGAGAUAUUAUAUUCAUUUUUCCAUGAAUGUAUUGGCUUGCUUGGAGUGGCAGGCCGUCAACGGGGCAGAAAAGAAUGUUAGAUGCCCUUGGGCACCUCCAGUCUGAAUAUUGCAUAACGGAAAAACAAUAGAUUUUUGACUUUUUAUCAUGCAUGACAUCAUACAGAUAUGAUCAGUUAUUUAAUAAAUUGAGAAUUCAAAGCGAAUUCAAUGCAAAUUUCAAAUUUAAGGCUUGAUUCGCUAAACUGAAAGUGUAGCUGGCUUACAGAAUUUUUCCAUUAUGUCUAUUUUGACCUUGAAUGUAAAAAUUCUCUUUGAAUUCUCACUGUAGCGUAUAGCCCUAUAUAUGUUUUUAGAUUCCAUCCCCACCAUAAAAUCCUGUCUGUUGCCUUUUUUAAAGUGUCCCUGCAGCAUGUUUUACCAAUGCACUUCGUACAAGAAUGGCCAGAGUGCCUUGAUCAGCGUGAGCCAAAGAGACAUAAAGUAACCUAAUGUUUCAUGCUGAGCUGGCCGUCGGGUAAAUGCUAUACGGAUCAUAUUGCAGCAAACAUUUGUUGUCUUUCUGGUUUUCACAGUGACCUCUUUUGCCACCACUGUUUUUUUAAAUAUUUUUCAGUAAUUCAAUCAUUGGGGUUACAAUUGAUUUGAUUACAGUGGCUAUCAAUCUGAGAUGUGCAAUAAUUCACAUUAUGACAGUGUGCAUAUUUAGAAUGGGAAAGGACUUGCGGCAUUUAUACACGGAUAUCUGUGCAUAGUGUGCUUUAUGGGUAAUCCAGCACUGCAUAUUGUGUGCUACAUGUGACACAGAACAUUUUAUGGUAUGUCCCAUCUGCAUUCAUAAUCUUGUUUUUUUUUUAUUUUUUUAUUUUUUUUAUUAAAGGUCAGAAGUAUGAACUACAUGCGGGGACAGACUCCACCCCCAGCGUCGUCGUCCAUGUUUGCGACAGUGAUCUGGAGGAAGAAGAGGACACAAAAAAUUCACUGAAGCCUAAAAUCAUCCCAACACGGCGCCCUGGUGUGCCCCCUACAAAAUCUAACUGAUCAACCUUUCUGUACAGGGGUGAGCCGCCAGCGGCUGCUGUAGAACUACAAACCCAAUGAUGUUUUAUAUCUGUGGCCCAACACCACAGAAGCUGUAGUUCAGCAAAUGCUGGAGUGCUUUUGGUUGACUACCCCACUCUAGUAAAAUAUCAACACUGAUCAUUUUAACACAGCUUUUAUAUUUUUCACCCUUCCUUUAAAUAGUAGAAUUUCUCAUUUUUAUAGGAAAACUUUUGCCACACUGUAGCAUUAUGCAUGUGACAAUAUAAAAGCUGUAAUUAGGUUGUUAUUCACGUAUUCAGUGCUGGGGAACGAGGGGCAUUAUACGGCACAAUCCAGUGUCGAGUUUUAUUUAUUUUGUCUUUAUGGUUUUUUGGGGGGAGGGAGGAGAAGGGAACACGAUAUUCCAGCAAAAAACAAAAAAACAACACAAUCUUGAAAAUGAAAUUAUAAAAAUAACAAAAAAUCUAAUUUUAUUUUAAUGUUGUUUCCCUUUGUACACAAGAAAGUUGCUAUGGUUAAAGCCGCAUCAGGCUGAUGUUCACUUAAUGCUGUGCGUUCUUCUAUGUUUCGUAAGGCUGCAGGACUAGAGAUAUAUAUGACUCCAGACUAAGGAAGGAUCUAACAAUGUAAUGAUGAUAGCAGGAGAAGCAACAUUUAUAAGAUACUAUUUUAUUAUUGUAAUUUUUUACAGUUAUUGAGGUAAAGAAGACCCUGCUCAAAGGAGCUUACAAUCUAUGAAGAUUUGAGGUAGGUGGCUAUAUAUCGGUGGGUGUCUUGCCUUGUUUCAAACCCAGGUCUCCCCGUUCUAAGGUGGUGACAAUACCACUGCUCUAACCAGUCAAUGUGUAAUAAUUACAGGAAACAUUGUAUUAUAAAACUAUGCUUUGUCAGGUCUUUCUCAGGGCAGGAUGGCCCCAUGAUCACAUUAAGCUGUGUGCUUGUGUUUACACUAGUGGCACUUAGUUAUAUCUACACCUUGCCUGUCAUAUCUAAGAUGUAAGAUGGCCCCCAUUGUAUCUCUAUUUUAUGUAUUCCACAGUCAUUUUGCUUUCACUCUAUCAAAGCUUUAACUAUUUCCUUUUUUUGUUGUUGUUAUUGUUUGUAUGGAUGUAGUUCUGUUUGUUUUUAUUGUAAAUCUUUAUUCAUGACUCACUCCACACGUUAACGAGUCAGCAGGAAAAGACAAAAAUGUCAACAGUACAGUACACCAGGUACAACAGUAACAAUCCGAUAGACAUUCUAAUGGAGAGACGGUUUAUUUUUUUGUAUUGUGAUCAGAAGUAAAAUCGCGUAAGUUGAACAUGUUCGGAAGCUAACUACGAUAACCCAUAAGGCAGGAACUUACCCCAUUGCUGAGGCUAAUAGUUAUUUUUAUGCCUCUCAUGUCCCUUUUUUGGGAAGAUCUGUCGCACGUUAAGACCCAAAACUCACCUGUUUCUCCCUUUCUUCAAAUCAGUAUAAUUGUUUGAAAAUCAGUUUGGGUCAAUAAUGUCAUUUGGUCUAAUUAUAAGUAACUACGUUUCUCUUCUAGUUACAUAAGUGGAUUUUAGUAUGUAAUCAAACUGCCUUCACUAGCUUCCCUUCUGAUCACCUUCAGCUACACCCUUUAAUACAAAUGUAUCCGUCCUUGGUAAAUCGGAAUGUUGGGAGGGAUCCCUUCAUGUCUCCAUUUAUGUCUUUCUGUGUCUGUUUUAUGUCAUUGCUUCUAUCAAUCCCCAAUAUUCUAUUUAGUUCUUUGUAUGCUUUUUGUGACUGAUCACAUUGAAGUCUCUUUUACCCUCUAAUCAGAUCAGUGAUAUAAUCUCAGGUGGAUAUCGGUCUUCAUCUAUCUUUUCCAUCAAUGUUUCUCUCCUUAAAUCCUUACGUCUACUGUUCUUCCUCUCUCUUUUCCCAUUUGCAGUCAGUGCCUUUUAGUGUCCUUUUGUUUGAACUCUUUCCACUAACAGAAUUAGUAGUCGGCACCCAUGGUACGCACAAUAGGUUGGUGUCCCUCCCUGUAGGUAAAAUAUAUAUUUUUAAGACUGGGGUCAUUGAUUUAUACUUACUGUAUCAGUGUCGCUGUGCUAAACCCUGUCUGUUUUCCUUUAACAAGGAAAGCCUUGGUAAGCAAUACAUGACAGUACAGGGUACUUUUUAAGAUUUUACUAAACUUUCUACUGUGGAUCCCAAGCAAAGUUACAGGACAUAUCCAAAAUUAAGAGGUGCCCAAAGAAAUACACUUUGCAGAUCUGCAGUAUGCGAUUCUACUUAUGUCCAAAUAACUUUAAAUCACUAACGUGCUUCGAUGUGGGAUGUAAGAUCACUGUUGAUAUUAGCAUAUCGUCUUUGUAAGGGGUUAAAAUAUAACUUUCUAGGAUCCAAUAUCACUAUAAUGUGAGAAAAUACUAUUUUUCAGAAAGGGUAGUAUAAAGCCUGAUAAGCCUUUCAGGUGAGGUUGUAAAGACUGAAAUAGUUGAAGAAUUACUUGGAAUGUCCGAUAGACUGUCCUUAAAGCACAAAUAAGCAUCGGUCCGAGAUUUCAUAAUGGACUGAUUCAUUGGGCCAAUUGGUUCUUUGUUGCUUGCACAAUCUACGUUUCUGUACAUAUAAGGGCAUUGCAUUUUAUUUUAUGUUUUUAUUUUAAGAAUCUUGUAUGCAAACAGCCUUGUUGAAAUAGUGAUGGUUUGAUAAAAAAUAAAUAAAAGAUGUGAUGUUCCAGCAUUGAUAAACAUGGCAAAAUAGAGCCUAUCAGAGGAAGGCAUCCUGCUGUUAAACUCCGACUCCCAACAUCCACAUUCAGCAACAACUUAAAGGGAACUAUUACGGAGAAAUUACUUUUGACACAUAUUAAUAUAUGCUACUAGGCAAGUUAACAGUAGGUAUAAUAGCUCUUUAGUUUAAAAUAUAAUGAGAUUUAUAUUUAUUUUUUAGAUGAACUCACCAAAAUAAUUUAUCAAAGGGUGAGUGUCAGUGUCCCUUCUCUAUUUAGUGUAUUUACAGGAGUAUAAUGAUUGGAACAAUUGCAUAAGCUGAUUGCUGUCUGUAGAUACUCUGAGAACAAAGCAACUGGCACUGGAGAGAGAGGAAAAUAACCAGAAAAAAAGCAGAUUUUGUUUAAAAAAGUUUAACUAAGGGUCAAAAAAAUAGAAGUGUUGUUUUCAUAGACUAAAGAGAUAAAUAAAAAAAUUAUUGAAAGUUAAAACAUUUUUAAUAAAUAACAACUAAAUCAAUUAGCGAAGUCUAGGAAGGAAAAUCAUCUUUUUUUUAACUUAUUUUACUACUCUGACAAGUUCAAUUUUAGUAAUAUAUAGUGCAACAUAUAAAAAAAAUGUUUUCCAUGGUUGUUCCCCUUUAACCCCUUAAGGACACAUGACAUGUGUGACAUGUCAUGAUUCCCUUUUAUUCCAGAAGUUUGGUCCUUAAGGGGUUAAAAGUGCCAGGUUGCCUACCGCUGGCUGACACCAUAUUCUAGAAUUCAUGAGGACAUCCUUUUCACCUGCUACAAAUGAAAAAGAAUUCUGUUAAUCUACAUCUACACGGAUCGAUCCGUCUACGAUUUACAUGACAAAUUCAUUUGUUCAGAAUAAUAUGACUAUGAUUGGUGAAAAGGAUUUGUGUGCAAGUCUACUAGCCAUGCGUGUUAAGGGGUUCAAUCAGCACAUGAUGUAUGCUUAAAGGUAAUCAUUUGAAGUCUCUGUAUGAACAAACCAUUGUUGUGUGUUUAUUUCAGUGCUUCUUCAUUUUACAAAGUCUCUGCUCAACAGCAAAAGAUAAUAUUGACAAUGCACCAACACAUCCCACCAUAGCCUAACAAACAAACGCAUUUAGAGUGUUACAGAGAAAAUGGAAUAAAGCAGAUGCUUUUUUUGUACAUUUGUAUAAUUGUCUGAAUAUGAUGUUUUGUAUGAAUUAGUUAUCAUUUGAGUAGGAUAUAAAAUUGUGAUUAUUUGUCCUGCCUCCAGUUAAAGCAAUUUUGCUUGUCCCUUUUUAAAAAGCAAUGAAACGGGCAAGUGCGUUCACUUGUAACUGAAGACAAAUUAAAACAGAUUUUCUCACAAAA